CUGGGCCCUCCUGAGCAGUUGGAGCAUUCCCAGCCUUGCCUCGGGUGGAGGGAUUGCAAGGAGGAGGGAAAGCAAAGCUACACUACCUCAGUGUGUAGUUUUGUUUUAUUUUUUUGAGGGGGAUAUUUUGAGGCUCAACCGUUCUCCUCUGAAAUUUUUGUAGACAAACGCUUCUGGAUAAGGAGACUUGUGAGAUUCUUCAGGGCCCCGUCCCAUCAGAACCAGGCACUCUUGUGGAAACAAGGUGCCGACUAACAUGUCAACACAGGCGCCAACGUUCACGCAGCCGCUGCAGAACGUUGUGGCACUGGAGGGUAGUGCCGCAACGUUCCAGGCUCAAGUUAGUGGUUCUCCAGUUCCCGAGGUGAGCUGGUUUCGUGAUGGCCAGGUUCUUUCCAUCGCCGCUCUGCCCGGUGUUCAGAUCUCGUUCAGCGACGGCCGUGCUGUUCUGAAGAUCCCUGCUGUGACCGCCGCACACAGUGGGAGAUUUUCUGUCAGAGCCACCAAUGGAGCUGGACAAGCCACGAGCACCGCCGAGCUGCUUGUCACAGCGGAGACAGCGCCUCCAAAUUUUCUUCAGAGACUGCAGAGCAUCACAGUGAGACAGGGCAGCCAGGUGAGGCUGGAUGUCCGAGUCACUGGGAUCCCAACGCCUGCGGUGAAGUUCUACAGAGAGGGAGCUGAGAUCCAGAGCUCAGCCGACUUCAGGAUCCUCCAGGAUGGAGACCUGUACAGUCUGCUGAUUGCUGAGGCCUUCCCAGAGGACUCUGGGACGUAUUCUGUCAUCGCCACCAACAGCAGUGGACGGGCCACGUCGACCGCUGAGCUGCUGGUUCAGGGGGAAGAGGCUGUUCCAGCAAAGAAGAGCAAGACGGUGGAGGAUGCUGAUUUGACUCAACCUCUGGCUCACAAGACACCACCCAGAGUCCCUCCCAAACCUACAUCCAAAUCUCCAACUCCAUCCUCAUUGGUCACCAAGGUAACCGGUGGACGCCAACAGUCGCCAUCACCAGUCAGACACGUGAAGGCUCCUACACCCCCCACACCUGUCAGACCUGCCAAGUCUCCCAUCACAACACACAGGCAGGCAGCUGCUGCUGAUGUUUUGCCGCCAUGGAAGCAGGGAGAUGAGGCUGGCACCACCACACCCAGUACCCUCCAGUUAGGCCAGGAGCAACAAGUCCCUGGGGUGGCGGAGGCAGCAGCUGUGCCAUCCACUGGGGGGGCAGCACCACCAACAGUUGUGUCUGGUUUGAAGAACACAAAUGUGACAGAGGGGGAUUCAGUGACCCUUCAGUGCCAGAUCAGUGGACAUCCAGCUCCCGCUGUCAUGUGGUUCAGAGAGGACUACAAGAUCGAGAGCUCCAUUGACUUCCAGAUCAGCUACGAGAACGGUUUUGCCCGGCUGGUGAUCCGCGAGGCGUUUGCUGAAGACAGUGGACGUUUCACCUGUACAGCCACCAAUGAAGCUGGAACCAUCAGCACCUCCUGCUUCCUGCUUGUACAGGUGUCUGAAGACAUUGAGAGCAGAGGGGAGAUGGCUGCCGUACGAGAACAAAUUGAACCUGUACACGAGAAACUUGUAUGUGAAGCCAAACAUGAGUCUGAAGCUGCUGCCACCGCUCCCUUCUUCAUCAAGACACCUUGCGUCCAAAAGUUGGUGGAAGGAGGAAGUGUCGUGUUUGAAUGCCAGGUUGGUGGGUGCCCCAAACCACACAUCAUUUGGAAGAAGAGUGGCAUACCACUCACUACUGGAUAUAGAUACAGAGUUGCUUAUAAAAAGGAGAAUGGCCAAUGCAAACUGGAGAUCUCUAUGACUUUCUCUGAUGAUGCUGGAGAAUACUCCAUUUUUGCCAAGAAUCAGCUUGGAGAGGUCUCAGCCUCUGCCAGUCUGCUGGAGGAAGAGGAAUAUGAGGCCUACAUGAAGAUACAGGAACCUACCUUUAAGACUGAAGUGACAGCCAUGGUAGAGGAGCCCAAAGAGGGAGACGUUCCUCCCAUUGUUACUUCAGCAAAAGACCCGACCACCACUGUGAUCUCCGGACAGGAGUUCCACCUUUCUGCCAUUGAGCAGAGGAUUAUUCAGGAGCUAGAACUUGACAUCAUGAAGAUUACCUACAGGGAGAUAGUGACAGAGGAUGGAGAGCUGAUGGUGACUGCCACCCCCACAGAAGCUAUACAGCCUGAUUUUGACACUACUAUUAAAAACUACAGGAUCAUGGAAGGGAUGAGCGUCACAUUUCACUGCAAAAUGUCUGGAAUGCCUCUUCCCAAGAUUGCAUGGUUUAGAGAUGGUCAGCGGGUCAAGCCUAGCGAUCACUACCUGAUGGAGACUCUUCAGGAUGGACGGGCCAGUCUUCGUUUACCAGUUGUUCUGCCGGAGGAUGAAGGUGUAUACACUGCCUUUGCUACCAAUGUAAAAGGAAAUGCUGUCAGCUCUGGGAAGCUUUAUGUCGAGCCCUCUGAGGCUAGAACACCCCAGAGAUUCCUGCCACAACCUGCAGUGCAGAGAAUCAGGUCCACAUCUCCACGUUCUCUGAGCCGCUCACCCGGACGUUCCCCCAGCCGCUCACCCGGACGUUCUCCAGCUCGUCGUCUUGAUGAGACAGAUGAGGCUCAGCUAGAAAGACUCUACAAACCUGUUUUUGUCUUGAAGCCUUCCCCAUGUAAAUGCACCGAGGGGCAAACUGCCAGAUUUGACCUGAAGGUUGUUGGCAGACCAAUGCCUGACACUUACUGGUUCCACAAUGGACAACAAAUACUUAGUGACUACACCCACAAGAUAGUAAUUAAAGAGGAUGGUACUCAGUCGCUGAUCAUUGUCCCAGCAAUGCCCCAAGACUCUGGAGAGUGGACGGUCGUUGCUCAGAACAGAGCUGGGCGUACCUCCGUGACUGUUACACUCACUGUUGAUGCAAAAGAAACCCUGGUGCGACCACAGUUCACUGAGAAACUGAAGAACAUCAGUGUAAAGCAGGGCACUCUGGUUGAGUUGGCUGUUAAAGCCAUUGGAAACCCCCUGCCUGAUAUUGUCUGGCUGAAAAACAGUGACAUCAUCACUCCACACAAGCAUCCACACAUAAACAUUGACGGCACCAGGGGGAAGGCCAAGGUCCAGAUUUCCUCAGCAGCUGGCUCAGACAGUGCCUGGUACACAGCCACAGCCAUUAACAAGGCUGGUAGAGACACCACUCGAUGCAGAGUCAAUGUUGAAGUGGAUGUUGAACCUGAACCAGAGAGGAAACUCAUCAUUCCUAAAGGAACAUAUAAGGCGAAAGAGAUCGCUCCUCCAGAGGUAGAGCCUCUUCAUUUAAGGUAUGGUCAGGAGCAGUGGGAGGAAGGCGACCUCUACGACAAAGAGAAGCAGCAGAAGCCACAGUUCAAAAAGAAGCUGACUUCUGUUCGCAUGAAGCGUUUUGGCCCAGCUCAUUUUGAGUGUAGACUGACUCCUAUUGGCGACCCCACCAUGGUAGUGGAGUGGCUCCAUGAUGGCAAACCCCUGGCAGCUGCAAACAGGUUGCGCAUGGUCAACGAAUUUGGCUACUGCAGCCUUGACUAUGAAGCUGCUUAUGCUAGAGACAGUGGUGUCAUCACCUGCAGAGCCACCAACAAGUUUGGAGUUGACCAGACUUCAGCUACCCUGAUCGUUAAGGACGAGAAGGGACUCGUUGAGGAAACACAGCUGCCUGAAGGCAGGAAAGGAGCUCACAGAAUUGAUGAGAUUGAGCGAUUGGCUCAUGAGGGAGGACCAUCUGGAGUCACUGCAGAUGAAGAAACAGAGAAGAUGAAACCUGACAUUGUCCUCCUUCCUGAAUCAGUCAGAGUUUUGGAGGGCGACACAGCCCGGUUCCGCUGUAGAGUGACUGGUUAUCCAGCCCCCAAGGUUAACUGGUACCUCAACGAACAACUUAUCCGCAAUAGCAAAAGAUACAGACUUCGUUAUGACGGUAUUUACUACCUAGAGAUCACUGAAAUCAAAUCUUAUGAUUCAGGAGAGGUCAAAGUAGUGGCAGACAACAACCUUGGUUCUGCCGAGCACACUGUGAAGCUAGAGAUUCAGCAGAAAGAGGACUUCAGAACUCAUUUGCGUCGUGCUCCAGAGGCCAAAGCAGCUGAAGCCAUGCCUGAACCUGGAAAAACACCAUUUGAGGUGGUAAAGGCUGAGAAAUCUGAGGAAUCUCAGCUGAAAGAAGUGAUUAAACUCAGAAAGGCCCAGCGAAUUGUUCAUGAGAAAGCUACAGAGGAGUCAGAGGAGCUGCGGAGCAAGUUUAAGCGCAGAACUGAGGAAGGCUAUUAUGAGUCCAUCACUGCAGUGGAGCUCAAGUCACGCAAAAGGGAUGAGUCCUAUGAGGAUCUGCUGAAAAAGACAAAGGAAGACCUGGCUCACCGUGCCAAAGAGAAGGAAGAGGCUGAGAGAAAGAAAGAGGAGGAGCGGCAACAUAUUACAGCAAAACCUCUAAAGCCAGAGAGGGUCAAGCUCUCAGCCAGCAUGGAAGCUCCCAAAAUCCUGGAGCGCAUCACUAGCCAGACAGUUGCACAGGGCGACGAGGUAAAGUUCAGACUCAGAGUUGUUGGCAGACCAGAACCUGAGUGCCAGUGGUUCAAAAACGGAGUUCAGCUGGAAAAGUCUGACCGUAUUUACUGGUACUGGUCAGAGGAUCACGUCUGUGAACUGGUCAUCAGAGAUGUAAUAGCAGAGGAUUCUGCCAGCAUCAUGGUUAAAGCUUUCAGCACUGCUGGGGAGACAUCAAGCCACGCUUUCCUGCUGGUGCAAGCUAAACAAGUCAUCACUUUUACUCAGAAGCUAGAGGAUGUAGACGCUAAGGAGAAGGACACAAUGGCUACUUUUGAGUGUGAGACCAACGAACCUUUUGUUAAGGUCAAAUGGCUGAAGAAUAAUGCCGAGAUUUUCUCUGGGGACAAAUACAGGAUGCAUUCUGACAGAAAGGUUCACUUCCUGUCUGUGUUGAUGAUUGAAAUGAGGGAUGAUGCAGAAUAUUCCUGUGAAGUAGUAGAUGAAGAUGUCAGAACAACUGCAAAACUCAAUGUUGAAGGAGCCCCACUGGAGAUCCUGAAACAACUAGAGAGUACUGAAGUUCCAGAGACGUAUUCAGGAGAGUUUGAGUGUCUAUUGUCCCGUGAGGAUGCUGAAGGUAUCUGGUUUUUUGAAGACGAGCUGCUCUCUCCCAGCAGUAAGUAUGUCAUGACAUCUCGCCGUGGAAGACACACCUUGUCUGUCAAAGAUGUCAAGAAGGAGGACCAGGGCAAAUACACCUUCCAAGUGGGAGUGUUCAAGACAAGUGGCUCACUGAGGAUGAAAUUGCGUCCAGUGACCCUGAUUCAGCCUCUGUCUGACCUGACAGUCUGUGAGGGUGAUAUUGCUCAGCUGGAGCUUAAGUUCUCCCAGGAGAAUAUUGAAGGAACCUGGAUGAAAAACGGGCAGCCAAUCACAGCCUCCAACCGUGUGCACAUUGUUAUUGACAAACAGGUCCACAAACUUCUAAUUGAAGACACCAGCAAGGAUGACUUUGGAACAUACUCCUUUGUUGUUCCUGCUCAGGAGAUCUCAACUUCUGCAAAGCUGGCAAUUCAGACUAUUGGGAUUCUUAUUCCACUGAGGGACAGUAUGGCUGUUGAGGGCACAAAAGCUGUUCUUGAGGCCAAAAUCUCUGCUCAGGACAUCAGCUCAGUCAAAUGGUACCAUGACAACCAACUGCUGGUUCCCAGCGAACGGGUCCAGAUAGUAGCAAAGGGAGUCAAGCAGCGUCUCGUCUUUACCAGGACCUAUGCUUCAGAUGAAGGACAAUACAAACUGGUUGUUGGCCGUGCCGACACCAGUUGCAAAUUAACUGUUGAGACUGUCCAGAUUGUGAAACCCAUAACAGACAAAGAGUGCUCUGAGUCAGAGAAUGUUACCUUUGAAGCUGAGGUUUCUCACCCGGGCAUCGAUGCCUUCUGGACCUUCAAGAGGCAGUCACUUAAAGCUGGACCCAAGUACAAGAUGGAGUCCAAGGACAAGUACCACAUGCUGACAGUUAUAGAGGCAAUGAAGGAUGAGGAGGGCGAGUACAUGUUUGCCGCUGGUGAGAAGAUGUGCUACGCGGCACUCACAGUCACAGGUGGCGCUAUAAAGAAGCCCCUGCAUGAUUUGGUGGUAGCUGACUCCCAGACUGCCGUGCUGCAUUGUGAAGUAGCCAACCCAUCAGCAGAGGGAAGGUGGCUGAAAGACGGGGAGCCCUUUAACUUGAACGAGAAUGUGGUAAGCGAGGUUGACGGUGCUGUCAGACGCCUCGUCAUAAUCAUCACCAAAGCCACAGAUAUUGGAGAGUACACCUAUCAGGUCGCCACCUCCAAGACCACAGCCACCCUGAAGGUUGAGGCUGUGAAGGUGAAGAAAACACUGAAGAACUUAAAUGUGGUCCAGACUCAGGAUGCUGUAUUUAGUUUGGAGCUGACCCAUGAGGAUGUGAGGGGGGCACAAUGGAUCAAGAAUGGUGUGGAGAUCCAACCCAGUGAUAGAUAUGAAAUUAGCAUUGAAGGCACAGUUCACACCUUGAAGAUCAAGAACUGCAACACACAGGAUGAGUCUGUUUACUCUUUCAAACUGGGAAAACUGUCAGCAAAUGCGAGGCUGAACGUUGAGACUAUCAAGAUGUUGAAGAAGCCAAAAGAUGUGACGUCACUGUUGGGUGCAACUGCUGUGUUUGAGGUUGGCAUUUCGGAAGACAGCAUCCCUGUGAAAUGGAUGUUCAAUAAUGUGGAGCUGAAGCCAAACGAGCACUACACAAUACUCUCUGAGAAGAAGACCCACAAACUGAUCAUCCUAGAUGUGGACAAGAGCAAAGAGGGAGAGUACACCGCUGUGGUGGCCCACCUACAGUGCAGCGCUCACCUCUCCGUCGAGUCUCUACAAGUCACCAAACCCAUGAGGAGUGUGGAGGUGGCAGAGACCCAGGUGGCCACAUUUGAGUGUGAAGUUUCCCACUUCAACGUGCCGUCCACCUGGCUGAAAGACGGCGUGGAGAUCGAGAUGAGCGAGAAGUUCAGGAUCGUGGUUCAAGGGAGACUCCACCAGCUGAAGAUCAUGAACACCAGCAGAGACGACUCAGCAGAGUACACCUUUGUCUGCGGGAAUGACCGAGUUUCUGCAACGCUAACCGUCAGCCCCAUUCUGGUUUCAACAAUGCUGCAGGACCUAAACGCUCAAGAGAAAGACUCAGUCACUUUUGAGGUGAACCUCAACUAUGAGGAUAUCACAUAUAAAUGGCUGAAGAAUGGCAUGGAGAUUCGAUCCACUGACAGAUGUCAGGUUCGCUGCAAACAGCUCACUCACACUCUGAGCAUCAGGAAUGUUCACUUUGGAGACAGCGCAGAGUACUCCUUCAUGGCCGGCUCUGCAGUUACUACGGCCAACCUCUAUGUUGAGGCACGUGUGGUUGAAUUCACCAAACACCUUAAGGACCUGAAGAUCACAGAGAAGAAGAGGGCGACUUUUGAAUGUGAAGUUUCUGAACCAAAUGUCCAAGUGAUGUGGAUGAAGGAUGGCCAGGAGCUGGAGAUGUCUGACAGUUAUAAAAUGACCUCAGAUCAGUUUGUUCACCGCCUGGUUCUGCCAUCUGUACGCCUGUCUGAUGCUGGAGAAUACACUGCUGUGGCUGGGUCCAGCAUGUCCAGGGCCCAUCUUGGAGUGGAGGGACGGGAUGUCAAGAUUGCAGAGCCUGCUAGCAGGGACAUCACUGUUGUUGAGAAACAAAGAGCAACGUUUGAGUUUGAGGUGAAUGAGGAUGACGUGGAAGGUCGUUGGAUGAAAAAUGGAGUGGAGAUACAGUUCUCAGUGGAGGAACGAUUCAGCUAUGUCACCAUCAGGAAGCUUCACCGUCUCACCAUCUCAGAGACCUACAGGAGCGAUGCUGGGGAGUACACCUUCUUAGCUGGCAAAAACAGAAGCACCAUGCAGCUUUACGUCAGAAUACCAGAGCCUCCGCAGAUAAUCCGCCAGUUGGAGCCCCAGACAGUUAUGUCAGGUAGAUCUGUUCGCUUCUCUGUAAGCGUGAGCGGCCUUCCUCAGCCUCAGGUGUUCUGGUACAAAGACUCCCAAGCUCUGUCCACCAGCUACAACUGCAAGUUCCUGCGUGAUGAAGACCAGCACACGCUGUUGCUGCUGGAAGUCUUCCCUGAGGAUGCCACCAUCUACAGCUGUGUGGCAAAGAAUGACUAUGGAGAGACAACAAGCUCCGCCUUCCUCACAGUGGAAGAGCCUGAGGUGGUUGAAACCGUAGCUCAGGUAUUGCCACCCGCCCUCAUCUCCCCCAUUCAAGACAUCCUGGUCACAGAGGGACACUCGGCCCAGUUCCAGUGCACCGUCUCUGGGGAAGAUUUGCAGAUUUCUUGGUUCUGUAAAGACAGAGAGAUCAAGCAGUCAGACAACUUCAGAAUGUCGCAGUAUGGGGACACCUGCCAGUUGGAUAUUUCCAGAGUUCUCUCUGCGCAUGAAGGAGAAUACUCAUGUGUUGUCACAAACCUGGCAGGAAUGGUCACCUGCUCUGCUGCUUUAAAUAUUGAAGAUGAAAAAGCUUUAGCUAGUGUAUCGAGCACUGGGGAUAAGACUAAGCCUCACACACAAAGUUUCCGCUCUCUGCCGGUUAAACAAACAGUCCAGAGGUAUGAAUUGACUGAGAUGCUGUCUGAGAGUUCCUCCAUGUGUUGGAGCAUGGUUGAUAUUGAGAGGAAAAAAUUAAGCUCACUCGAGAGGAGCUCUGAGAGCAGCUUUGGAAUCAAAGUCUCAGCCAGGCCCAAGCUGAUAAUGGAAAUGAGUGACAUCCAGGUGAAAAGUGGUGAGAUGGCCAAGUUCAGCUGCUCCUUUGAUGGGCAGCCCUUCACUGGGGUGAUGUGGGAACAUAACGGCCAGAGCCUGGUGGACACUGAUCGUGUAAGGAGCUCUCAGAGUGGAAGGCGGUUCUCCCUGCUCAUCCAGGAUGUUGGCGUGGUGGACCAGGGCAUGUACCAGUGCACUGCCACCAAUCAGUAUGGCCAGAACAGCUCCUCUGCCCAGCUCACAGUUAAAGCUAAGGAAGCAAGUCUCAAAGCAGAAACCCCUAUCCCUACUGAUUCUGUGCAUAACGUGAUUCGAGCUGACAGGGAGACCCCUAGAGAUCCCUUUGAACAAGACAAGCAGGAUGUGGUGGAGAAGCCAGGACUGUUGCCUCAAUCUUCUCAGAGACAUUACGGUCUCAUCAGCCACCUGUAUUUCCCAGAUGUUGUGCCUCAUGAUGAGCGAGGCCAACACCUCUUCAGCUGCCCCGAGUUCCUGUUCCAACUCCCCCAAGAGCUGCUGACCAGAGAUGGAAACAAGUGCUCCUUGUAUUACGUUAUGAGGGAGGUUCCCACUCCGUUUGUCAUUUGGUUAUACAACCGUUUGAAUGCCGACGACUCUGUUACUUACUCUCUGAAACAUGAUGGCCCCCUCUGCUGUGUAAAUGUUAAAAAUGUGGGACCUGGACAAAGGGGCUCUUACACUUGUGCGAGUGUCAACUCAGCUGGGGAUGCUGAGUGCAACACAGGGAUGAAAGUAAAUAGAGUGGAAGAAGAACCUAUCGUUCAGAUACAAGAGGAAGUCAAAGCCUUCUCUACCUCAACCAUCACAUUUGAGGAGGAAACCCAGAUGUCUUACUGCACUGGCCUAAAGUUAACAGACAAAAUCAGAACACCUGAACCUAGGCCAGAGUACAUACACUGUUCAAGCACUCUAGAAAAGAAAAAAGAAAAGCCAGUUUUCCUCUGCAAACAUUCUCCAGCAGCUGUGGCUGUUGGCAAAACCGCUACCUUCACUGUUAAAGUGUUUGCCUUCACUAAGCCCACUGUUCAGUGGUUCCACAAUGGGCAGACUUUAAGCGAUUCAUCCAUAUAUUCAUUUGUUAAUAAUCAAGAUGAGUAUAGUUUGAUCAUUAACAGGGUUCAAAGGGACUUUGAAGGAGAGUACACCUGCACAGUCAGCAAUAGGUUUGGCCAGUCAACAUGCACGUCUUACCUGCAUGUUCAGGUCAAAGAGCCAGUAAGAGAAGAAAAGCUUAACCCCCCAGAGUUUAUUAAAGCUAUACAGUCUUGUCAGUUGUCCGAGGGAGGUUCUGUGUUUUUCAGGUACAUCGUAAGUGGAAAUCCUCUCCCUGACAUUCAGUGGCUCAAAGGGAGUUCUCACAUUCAACCCAACAAGUUCUAUGUCAUUGUGAACAACCCAGAUAGAUCAGGCUUUCUUCAUUUCAAAUGUGUCAAACAAAAUGACAGUGGUGUCUACACCUGCAAGGCCUCUAACCCAUGUGGGGAAGCGUCUUGUACUGCUGAGCUGCUGGUGUUGAAAGAGACAGUUCACGAAGAAAACACAUUAGUUAAAAACACGAAAGCUUUAAAGAUAUCUAUGAUGGAACAAACCUCGGAAACCAGUAAAUAUAAAGAAAGAGCCCAGUCUGAUCCAAUGAUCUACACCAUUAGUAUUGAACACCAGCAAAUUAUUCCAAGUGAGGAGGUGGGAGCCCUUCGAAAGCUUGAUAUCUCUGCAGCCACCAUUAAUCGAGAGCAGCUUACUCAGCAAGCAGCAGUGCUGCAAUCUCAUGAAAUCCAGGAAAGGGUUUCUUUGGCUCCUGACUAUCCACCUCAAGUCUCAGCUGCCCCUAAUAAACAGCUUUACUUUGAGACUUCACUGUCUUCAGUCCAGGAGAGACAAAGGAUCACUGAGCAACACUCUGAAUGGAUCCUAAGCCCUGACGUGAUUGAACUUGAGUUAGCCACAGAGCAGCCGUCUACACUUAUGUCGGUUACAUCUGAAGAGGUCCUCCCCCUCUCCACAGUGAAAACCAAGGCUUUGACUCAUCAGGCUCCAGAGCAAGCAAGGACCUUGACUGAACCAAGGCAGCCUGUCAGUGGUCACCAGGUGGAGUCUGCUGUACCUAUUUGUGACCAAACAUCAGCCAUAAUUCACAGACCAGAGGAAAAGAGGAGUUUUAGAGUCACAGAGGGAGUUAAGAUUUUGUACUCAGCUCAGACUACAGUAAAAUUGACACUCAUAGAAGAACACUGUGUGGCCCUGCCAAGUUUAGAUGCAGUCAUGCAACCUGUGACAGCGAAAGAGCCAUCUAAACCAGUUGUAGCAACAGUCAUGGAAGCCAGGGUGGCUUUAUUCAAAGAACAGAAAUUUGAAAUACCCAGACCAGAGCAGGAGAAGAUCACCCCAAGUAAAGAUAUGGUCUGCAUGUCAGCUUUAACCACUGAAGUUAAAUAUGAACAUUAUAGCGAACAGUUAGGACCUGUCCCAGGUAUCACAUCAUCUGUGUCUGUGCAACCUCAGCGGGAGAGGGAACAAUUCCUUAACCUUCAGGUCAUUAAUGAGCAGGAUGUUUUACAGUCUGAGUGGCUGUUCAGCAGCAAGAAGCCCUGUACAGUGAAGGCAGAAAUAAGAGCGAGUCCCACUUUGCUGCACUCACUUGCUCAAGAAGAAGCGAUGACUGUGAUUUGUGAGGGAGCUUCAGAUUUUGAGGAAAAUAUGUCUUCUGUAUGUAUUCAACCAAGGAAAGAGGUGCCUCAGUCAACAUUCCUUCAGUCCAUUCAUAUCUUAUCACCUUUAACAAAAGAAGGCAUCAUUCGCAUUGACACAGCUGACCAGCAGGUGGCAGCACAGAAAAAGGAAAACGUUAGAAGACACACAGCUACCUCAAAGGAAAGCAGAGAGAUCACAGGUGAUUAUUACAAAGAGCUCAGGGCUUCGGUGAUAGGCUUUGAGCCACAGCUCCGAACUGAACCCACACCUUCAAACAUCCUCUCAGUCUCUUCCCAACUCAGGCAGCUAACGAAGGAGGCCCCUUUUGUUUUGGACAUCAAACAGCAGCGUUCACUAGUCCAAAAAGAGGAUUACUGGAAUAUUUUGCAUGCCUUUAAAGUCACAGAGCCUCAAGUUCUUGAGGAGGGUCACACUGCUGCCCUUAAAACAGAUGGGAAAGUCAAGCCCAGGAUAAGUGUUGAGCCCAAAAUCCCUGUAAAGCCUGUUUACAUAGAAGAGAAAGCAGUUCCUACAGAAAGAUGUAGUAUGUUAGAAGCUGCUGAGCAGGAGUUUCGAGUCCUGAUCCAGGAGGGUCAGUCAGUCCGGCAGUCAGUGUCACUAGAAGAAAAGCUGUUCCUUUUGGGAGAGAGGUCAAGUGAAAUAUGUAAGGCUGAAGGCUCGUCUGUCAGUGUCAUAACACAACCUAAAGAGGUUAUGGUAGUCCAUGAGUCUCAGGACCCUCAGACGCUGUCUAAAGAGCUCAGCUUUUGCAUUUACAUCCCAAAAGCUUCAGGUUUAAAUAUACGACACCAGCUCAGAGAUGCUCUUCAGUCUGCUGUGGCAGCUGAACAGGCCGUGUUCCUGGCUGAUGUUGUAGGAAAAUUAGAGUCUGUAGCCAUUCAGGAGGUGAAGGUUGUAAGGGAGCAAAAACAUUUCACAUGUUCAUAUCUGAUCACAACACCAAGUGCACCCUUCGAGAUCACUCUGUGUUUAGAGGGUGAAUAUCCUCAGACAGCUGACCUCUGCACUGAACUCCAGGUAGCUCUGCAUGCUAUGUUUUUUCAGGAGCAGGAAGGGCUUAUUUCAGUGCAACCGGGUACUAUGCAUAGUGACAAGCCGCAGAAAGUACAGGAUAACUUAGUACCAUCUAAAGAUGUGUUUUCAUCUGUGGUGGAGAUUGUGAUGUUGGCUGAGAGCACUGUUGGCUUCUCCCCUGCCGAAUCUCAGUUAGCAGUCAUCAAGACUGAAACUAGUGCUUCUUUCCGAAGUGCAACAGUUCAGAGGCAUUCUGAGAUCCAUGAGUACAAGCAGGUGAACAGGCAGAUUAACAAGUCAACUUCAUCUGUAGACCAAGUUGGCAUGUUUAUCCAAAAAGAUGCCAGAAAGGAGUAUCUUUCUGAGGCAGUCAUGAUCAGUGAGUCCUCUGACAGUCUGCUGAAGUAUCCUGUUGUUGCUGAUUCUCUGGAGGAUGUUUGCAUUGAGGAAAAUGGUAAGGCAAUUUUUAUAGCCACCAUAAAGUACGCCAACAAAGUCACCUGGUUGUUCAAUGGACAACUGGUAAAAUUUGGCAAAGAACUGAUGUGUUUCAAACACCAUGACACCUACACACUAGUCAUUGAAAGAGUCGUCAAGGAGAAGCAUCAAGGAGAAUAUGUCUGUAGGGCUGAGAAUGAAGCUGGCAAAGCGACAACAUCUUCAAGACUCUCUGUGAUCUCAAGAGUGAAACCUGUGUUCAGGCACACAAUUGUUCCUGUGGAGAUCAACAUUGGCCAUGCUGCCAAGUUUGAUUGUGAAACUGAGGAUGCUCCCAGCGUUAGUUUCAAAUGGUUCAAAGAUGGACAUCUCAUUAAGGAGGGUGAUAAGUACAGGAUUAUCAGUCGCUUCAGCACUUCGUCCUUGGAGAUUCUGAGUGCAAACAAGGAUGACAGUGGUGAAUACACCUGCAAGGCGUCCAAUCAGCACGGAAGUGAUGAAUGCUCAGCCUCUCUCAGCGUCACGGAACAAUAUGCUCCUGCCAUUAUCUCUAAACCAGACCCUCAAACUGUGUAUGUUGGGAAGAGGGCCAUCUUACAGUGUGUAAUAACAGGGUCUGCUCCUCUGAAUGUUGUCUGGCUCAAAGACAAGCAAAUCUUACCCAAAGUGCCAACUCACUACCAGGCCUCUUUUGAGCAGAAUAAGCACACUCUUGAGAUAGUCAAACUUGAGGCAGCUGACAAGGGUCUUUAUGUGUGCAAAGCAUCUAAUAAUGUUGGCACAGUUGAGUGCAACAUUGAGCUGCAUGUUGUUAAUAAGCCCAACUUUGUGAGGCUCCUUAAUCCAGUUGCUGCUGUUGUCGGAGCCCCUCUGCACCUGGAGUGUCAAGUGGAUGAGGACACUGGAGUAAGUGUAACUUGGACCAGGGAUGAAAGAAAAGUCCACCAGUCUCCAGAAUGUAAACUGUCUUUUGAGGAUAAGACAGUCACUCUUGAUAUCCUGAAAACCACUCUGAAAGAUUGUGGAAAUUAUAUGUGUAUGGUGACGAACGAAGCUGGGAGUACAACUUGUUCCACUUUGGUCAAGGUACAAGAGCCACCUGUAUUUUUAAAGAGGCUGGAAGCCACAACAGUUUGGAAGCAAGGCAGCACAGCGCGACUGCAGUGUGUGGUCAAAGGGUCCCCUGAGCUUCACACUUCAUGGUUCUUUAACAACAACCAUCUGUCUGCUGGUGCCAGACAUGGCAUCAGUCUGAAGGAUGGUGUCACCACUCUUGAUGUACAAGAAGUUGUAUUGAGUGACAGUGGAAACUAUACCUGUGAGGUCCUCAAUGAGUCUGGGUGUGAAAGCUGCAGCAGUAAAGUAACAGUGAAAGAGCCACCGUCUUUCAAAAAAGACUUAGUUCCCAUAGAGGCAGUGAGAGGAACCGUUGCUGUACUGGACUGUGAAAUCUGUGGUUCUGCACCAUUCGAAGUGACCUGGAAAAAGAAUCAUAAACGCUUGUCCACAGAUAAAAAGUACAGAAUAGUGUCCCAGGGAUCCCUGUCUUCUCUGGAGAUCCAUUCCUUCGAGAGCACUGAUUCUGGUGAAUACCAAUGUGUCGUAUCUAAUGAGGUGGGGUCAGUGACCUCAAAGUCAGUGGCUAAACAGAAAGAGCCACCUAUGUUCGCAAAGCGGAUUGAGAGUUGCACAGCAGUGUUUGGAAAUACAGUAAAACUUCAGGGAACCUUAAAGGGCUCAGCUCCCAUUACAGUCAAAUGGAUAAAAGACUCUGAAGUGCUAAGAGAUGAUGAUCCAAAUGUUAAGAUGACACUUGAGAACAACGUUGCCAGUAUUUCCUUUUCGUCUGUUGAGAUUAAGCAUGGCGGAAAGUAUACUUGCCUUGCUGAAAAUGAGGCUGGACAGCAGAAAUGUGAAGCACUGCUAACUGUUCAAGAGCCUGCUAGGAUCUUGGAGAAUGCAGUGUCCAUUAGCGUGACAGCAGGGGAUUCAGCCACAUUGGAGUGCAGAGUGUCUGGAAGUCCUGACCUCAAGGUGAAUUGGUUUAAAGAUGGCAAAGAGAUGAUCAGUGGCCGUAAAUAUAAAAUGACACUGAAGGAGAAUGCUGCCAUCCUAAAGAUCCUCACAGCAGAUAAAGGAGACACUUCAGAAUACAGGAUGGAGGUGUCAAAUAAAGUUGGAAAAGACCAGUGUACCUGCACUGUCACAGUCAUAGAUCGCGCAGUUCCACCAUCUUUCACAAAAGCUCUAAAGAAGGUGGAUGGGAGUAUCGGUAGUAACGUUACCUUGGAGUGCAGAGUCGCUGGUUCUCAGCCAAUGGUUGUUUCUUGGUACAAAGAUAAUAAAGAAAUUCACAGUGAUAACAAAUUUCAGCUUGCUUUCAGCGAAUGCACAGCUUGUGUGUCAAUAAUUGACCUUGACCAAAGUGAUGCUGGUGUUUACACCUGCAAAGCUUCUAAUGACUGUGGGGAACAAGUGACCAGCGGCACUUUGUCAGUCAAAGAACCUCCAGUCUUCACCGUGGAACCUCAGUCCCUGGAAGCUUCACCAGGAUCAAACAUUGUCAUUAAAUCCAGCUUUACUGGAUCUGCUCCUUUGCUUGUGAAAUGGUUUAGAGAGGAGAAAGAGGUUUUUACUGGAGGAAAAUGUUCCAUAAAGAAAGAGGCCACCUCAAGCUGGUUGGAGCUUCAUUGUGUGAAACCCAGUGACUCUGCUAAAUACACAUGCCAAGUAUCUAAUGAUGUUGGGAAGGUGGCAUGCUCUGUGGUUCUCUUUGUAAAAGAAGCCCCAACAUUUACAAUGAAAACUGAGCCUUCACUGCUCCUCAGAACUGGACAGCUUCUGAAGCUGUCCUGCAAAGUCCAGGGAUCACCUGUUAUUGUCAUCACUUGGUUUAAAAAUGGUUCAGAAAUCAGUUCAGACCACAGACAAUCAUUGUCCUUUGACAGUUCAGUGGCAUCUCUGGAAAUAGAGAACUGUUGUAUUAAGGACAGUGGAGAGUACGUUUGUGUGGCAUCAAGCGAAGCCGGCAGAGUUGAAUGUAGCAGCUCUGUAACAGUGAAAGAGCCUCCAGUGUUUGUGAGGCCUUUUGAAUCCACUGAACAUGUAAAAGGAUCAGACGUUAUCUUGGGGGGAAUGGUUUCAGGAUCCAUUCCAUUUGAAAUAAGUUUUUACUUGAAUGACAAGCUGAUAAGAAAUGACAAAAGGCACCAGAUAAGUGCUAAAAAUGAUACAGUCAAUCUUCAGAUAAUGAACUGCGAAACCAGAGAUGCUGGGACGUAUCAGUGCAUCGUUGCAAAUGAUGUUGGGGAGACAUCUUGUUCUUUUCAAAUUUCACUGAAAGAACCGCCAUCAUUUGUUCAGAGACUCGAGGAUAUAUCCUGCAUGGUGGGCUCUGACGUUACUAUGAAGUGCAUGCUAUCUGGAUCACUUCCCAUGACUUUCUCCUGGAUCAAGGAUGAUAAUGAGCUCACUGAGGAUGAGCAUGUUAAAAUGUCCUAUGAUACCAGAAGUGCCAUGUUGAUUUUGAAAAAUACUCAGUUAUCACAUUGUGGAAAAUAUAUAUGUCAGGCUCAGAACAAAGCCGGGACUCAGAGAUGUGCCGCAGCAGUUAUAGUGACAGAGCGCAAAGUCCCUCCAAACUUCACCAAGAGGCCCCCUGAGUCCAUUGUUGAUUCAGUGGAUAAGACAGUGAAGCUGGAGGCUCGGGUGUCUGGCUCCCAGCCUCUGGCCAUCACCUGGUACAAGGACAACAAUGGAAUCUAUGCCUCUGACAAAUAUGAGGUAUCUUUCAAGAAUAAUGUGGCCGUGCUGUGUAUCAGAGACUGUGUGAGCUCUGACAGCGGCGUAUACACAUGUGAGGCCUCCAAUGAGGCAGGAAAAGCCUCAUGCCAGGUGUCUGUCACUAUCUCAGAAACUGGCCAGGCUCCCAAAUUUGAUGUGCCUCUGGAGCCAAUGACAGUGAAUGAGGGCCAGGAGCUGAGCCUCAAAUGUCAUGUCACUGGCUCUCCUCCCCUGAACGUUCAGUGGAUGAAAGAUAGGAGGGAACUGAAGUCUAGCGGAAACACCAAAAUCACAUUUGCCAGUGGCACAGCCUGCCUGCAGAUCAGCUCAGCCUCGAAGACCGAUGCUGGAGAUUACCUUUGCAAAGCUAGCAAUGCCACUGGCAGUGAUUUCUGCAAGUCCAGAGUCACUGUGAAAGAUAAAGGUGCAAAGGCAGCCCCCACUGAGGCUGCUGCUACAGCUGCUCCAGUAAAAAGACUUGACAACCUUUUCUUCAUCGAGGAACCCAAAAAAGUUUUGGUCAAUGAGAAAGGCACCGCAACCUUCAUUGCAAAAAUUGGAGGUGAUCCGAUCCCCAGCGUGAAGUGGAUGAAGGGCAAAUGGAGACAGAUCACUCCUGGUGGUCGUAUCUCUGUAGAGCACAAGGGUCAGGAUGCCAAACUGGAGAUCAGAGACGUAACCAAGUCCGACUCUGGCCAUUACAGAUGUGUUGCCAGCAACAAGCAUGGUGAGAUCGAAUGCAGUGCAGAGAUGGAGGUCACCAAAAAGGAGGAAGUUGAAGCAAUUGGAGACUUGAGGACAAGGCUGAAGAAGACUCCCUCAAAGCAGAAAAGUCCAAAGAAAGAAGAAGACGUUAACAUUGUGGAGCUGCUAAGAGGUCAUGACCCCAAAGAAUAUGAGAGUAUCCUGCGGGAACAUGGAAUCCAUGACUAUCGAGCCAUCCUACAGGCCGUUGAGUUCCUGAAGAAGGAGAAGGAGAUGGAGGCUGGAAAAGUGGAGCUGGACCAUGGUGCUCGAGUGGAGGAAGAAGACAUGGCCCACCUGAUCCAACAGCUGGAGGGACGCGUUGGCACAGAGCCUGUCACUGUACUGGAAGACAUUACUGACCAGGUGACCACUGAGAAUGAGAGUGUCAUCUUCGAGUGCCGGAUCAGUAUCAACUACCCAGAGAUCACUUUGACCUGGUACAAGGGAACCCAGAAACUAGACAACAGUGACAAAUACAGCAUCAGCAGUGUGGACGAGCGCCAUUACCUGAAGAUCAAAAACUGCCAGGCCAAAGAUGAGGGCAGCUAUCGCGUGGUGUGCGGUCCUCACAUCUCUAGUGCCAAGCUCACAGUCGCCGUUGACCAAAUUCAGUUCACUAAAUGCAUCCAAAGCAUUGAGGUCAGCGAACGCCACACUGCAACCUUCGAGUGCGAGUUGUCCUUCGAUAACGCCACCGUCACGUGGUACAAAGACUCGUGGGAGCUCAAAGAAAGUCCAAAAUAUAACUUCAGGACUGAGGGCCGACAGCACUUCAUGACUAUCCGCAAUGUAACUGCAGAGGACGAAGGUGUUUACUCUGUGAUUGCUUGUCUGGAGCCGAUGGGAGAGGCUCGAAGCACAGCAGAGCUUUGUCUGUCAGGCAAAGAGACUGUGUUAGCAAAGGUUCCACAGGACACCCCAGAUAUGUCAGUUCAACUACCACCAACACACUCAAUGGUUGUUUUCGAAGAUCUUUCUGAAUCUUAUCACUAUGAAGGGAGAACCGAAGCCCAAGAAGAGAAAAGGCCUGUUGAAGAGAUAGUUGAGAAGACUCAGUUUGAAACAAUAGAAGAAAUCUCUGAAGUUUCCAAGGUGUACAUGAGACCAGGGGAGAAAGCCUCUGAGCCGUCAGCUCUGCCUGCAGCUCCAGUCAAAGUACCUGAAGUGAAGGAGUUAAAGCCUGAGGUAACUGUUGCUGCUCUGCCUCGGAGAGAAGAACCCACAACUCCACAAGAGUCUAUGGUAUACACUGAGCCAGAGCCCAAGCCACCAACAGCAGAGCUAAAAAUGGUUCUUCCCCAGCCCAAAGGGGCCAAAGUGAAGCCUGAACCUGAAUCACCUAAAAUUGAACCUGUCAAGAAACCUAUGGAAUCUCCUAAACCAAGAGCACAAGAACCACCAAAACCAAAGGAGCCUGCUGUUCAGCUGCCUACAACCAAGAUUACUCCCUCAACACUGGAAUGUGUAAGCACUAAAGAUUUAUCCGGACCAGAGGAACCUGUAGUUUAUGCAUCGGCACCAAUGGUCAUUCCAGCCAAGGCUGAAGCUGGGACAAACAAAGUUAUCUCACAGCCAAAGACACUGGAACCGGUAGAAAUGAAGUAUUCUGCUGAAACUGAACAAGGAGAAUCAAAGACAGUUCUUCAAGUUAGAAAGAAAUUGCCACAAGCACUGAAAAAGCCUCCGGACGAACUAAAGAUAAUGAAAGCUCCAGAAGCAUCAAACAAGAUUCCUGAAGAACCAAAGAAUGUUCCAGAAGCAUCAAAGAUGGUUCUGGAGGAACCAAAUAGGGUUCCAGAAGCAUCAAAGAAGGUUCUGGGAGAACCAAAGAAGGCUGCAGAAGCAUCAAAGACGAUUCUGGAAGGACCGAAAAAGAUGCCAGAAGCAUCAAAGAAGAUUCUAGAAGCAUCAAGCAAGGAUCUGGAAGAGUUAAAAAAUGUUCCAGAUGCAUCAAAGAUGGUUCCGGAAGAACCAAAGAUGGUUCCGGAAGAAUCAAAGAAGGUUCCAGAAACAUCAAAGAAGGUUCUGGGAGAACCAAAGAAGGCUGCAGAAGCAUCAAAGACGUUUCUGGAAGAAACAAAAAAGCUGCCAGACACAUCAAAGAUGGUUCCAGAAAUAUCAAAGAUUCUAGAAGCAUCAAGCAAGGUUCUGGAAGAGCUAAAAUAUGUUCCAGAAGCAUCAAAGAUGGUUCCGGAAGAACCAAAGAAGGUUCCAGAAGCAUCAAAGAAGUUUCUGGAAGAACCAAAAAAAGGUCCAGAAGCAUCAAAGAAAGCUUCAGAGGAACCAAACAAGAUUCCAGAAAAACUAAAGACAAAGCAGAAAGAGCCACUAAUGGUCAGCGAAAAAACAAAAAGGGAUACAGAAGAACCAAGACAGACAGUGGUAGAAAAAAAGGAUUCAGAAGAACUGACAGUUGUUCCAGUACUAAUGAAACCAGUCACAUAUCUUCCAACACAAGCUCAAGAUCUUCAGCAACAAGUAAAACAGAGGGAGCUGCAACAGGAAACAUCAGCACUGGCAAAACAACUGCUGGAGAUGGAAGCACCUGUCAAAGUUUUCCUGAGGAGUAAUCUUACACAAACAACAGGAGUGGUUGAAGGACUGAGCAAAGCUGUGGCUGAAGAGGAAGGAAUGUAUAGAGAAAAACUAAAAGUCAGAGACCUAAUGGAAGAAGACCUCUCUACAAGAAACACCAAUGACCAGCAGAAACUGAAGGCCUUUGUACCACAUGAGGGAGACAACUUAAAAGACAAAGCUGUGAACUGGAGGUCUGUCUCUCCUCAGCUCAAGGACGCUAAUGUCCUUUCACGUCAUUGCGAGCACACAGAACACACUGAAUCACUUGUAUCACUACAUCAUCAAGAAACACAAGAGGAAACUGUCUCUACAUUGGAGGAUCUUGGUAAUCUAAGAGUCCCACAAACAUCUAAAGUAAAAGUUGUGCAUUUAAAGAAAGCUGACUCUGUUGAACUGGUCAAAGUUUCAUCUAAAACACCCAAAUCUGAGUCAACAUUUCUUCACAAAACCACCAUCUGUGCUGAGACAAACCUGAUGCCAACUAAAUACACUGAGUCUCUGAAGGACCAUAUCAUGUCCAGAGUUUCAGGAGACACAUUAUCUGUGGAGACACAAACACCUCAGUUAGAAGCUAAAUCAUUUAAAGAGGCAGCUUCUCUAGCAGGUAGGAAACUAUCACACCCGCUAUCUGUUUCAAUCCAUAUACCUGAGAAAACAGUCUCUGUUGACGAAGAAAUCUCACUACCAGAGAAAAGUGGUCUGUCUACAAAAGUGCCUGUCACACCUUCUAAAUUAGAUGUUCCUGAAGAAAUUACCUUCUUCAAGAAAACAUUUCUAAAAGACAAAGCUCCUCUCACUGAGAAAGAUGUUUUACCUAAACAACCCACACAAGUCUUGGCCCCCACUGUUGGUUCUUAUGAAGAGACACAAUCUACUUUACUAAACUUCACUAAACAAGCUUCAACUGAACUUCCAUCAUCAGCAGAUCAUCAGGAAGCACAGCCAUCUGAAAGACAAAGUGAUCAGAAAGUGUCUCCUUCAGAAGAGAAGAAAGCACCAGCACCAAAACCUUCACCUCCUCCUGUUCCAGCUCUGACAGGAAAAGUGGCUCCUCCUGCAGUAUCUCCCCUGGGGGAGAAGAAACCAUCUGUGCCAGCACCACCAAAGCCUUCUCCACCUCCUCCUUCAGUGUCCCCUCCAUUAGAGAAGAAACUAUCUGCCCCAGCAUCACAGCCCGCAACUCCUGUAGCCAAAGUCGUUUCUCCUGCAGAGGAGAAGGAACCAUCUCCACCAAUAAAAGAGCCUUCAGCAGAAAAGGUCCUUUCUCUCGCAGCUCAAGCUGCACCUGUGGAGAAGAAACUGUUUCCACCAGCCAUAAAGGCUGAACCUUCUCCUGUGUCAGAUGAAUUAUCUCUACCAGAAGACAAAGAACCAGUUUCUGCACCUGGACCAACCAAAGUGACACCUCUUGGAAAAAUGGGUAAGGUUUCCAUUGAGGAGAAAAAAACACCUAAAUCACCUAAGAUGGGAAGCAGAUUUACUAGACUAUCUACAGAGAAAGAACCAGAACCAGAGUUCAUUAGGCUGAAGAAGAUUCCCAUGAAAGCUCCUGCACCUGAGAAACACGUUGUAACUCAGAAAGCUGAAGUGACAAGGCACUGUACUUCAGAAUUAAUAGUUCAUGGACUUCACGACAGAGAAGACAGAGAGAUUAUAACACUUGGAAGAACUGAACCGGUCUUCACAGCAGAAGAGGAGUUGAUUAAUUUAGGCCAGUUUGAGGAAGUUGAAAAAGUUUUAUUUAAACAAAAUGCUGAGAAAGACAUUCGGACAACAACUCUAAAAUCAAAUAAAGUGGAGGAGCUUGAAGUGCAAAGUGUAGACAAGAAGAAAAUUACUACAUUGCCAAAUGCACAGGAGCAGAAAAAAUCAGUUAAACUAAAAUCAUUUGAAAAACCUGGAAAGCCAGAAGAAGAACCCCCCAAGAUAAUGCUGAAAAAGGUUUCAGCAAAGCCCAGAGAGGCCAAAAAGGAAGUCACAACUCAUAAUGUUGGAGUGACAAGGCAUCAUGACACUGAAUCGAUGGUUCAAAAGCUCCAACAGAGAGCAGACAGGGAGGUAGUAACAUUUAGCAGGAGUGAACAAGUCACAGGCCCUGAAGAUGCAUCAGUACUGGAUCAUAUGGAGAAACCUGAACAACUAAGGCCAAAUAAUGAGAAAUCAACAUGGAAAAGAACUCCCAAACCACUGAAGGAUGUCGAACCUGGCCUUCAUUUAACUAAAAAGAAAAUAAAGACAUUUCCUAAGAAAGAUGAGCAAAAAGAAGUGACACUUAAACCAUUUGAAAAGCCUCCGAAAUCCAAAGAACUUGAGUCUCCAACACCUAAAAUGGAAGCUGGGUCAAAGACACAUACUGAAUAUAUUCUAUGUAAGAGAGGUGAGAUGCUUCAGAGAGAUCAACCCACUGCUGCCACAAAACAUAGAAAAGAUGCUCCCUCAACAGCUCCAGAUUUCAUUCAAGACAGGAAAGAGAUGUCAGUAGUUAAGCGUGAAAAGCAUAGACCUGCAGCCCAGGUUCAUAAAAUAGGAGAGAAAAAAAAGCCAAUAGAACCGGAAAUAUCCAGCCUCUGUGAAAUUCCUCUGGAGCAAAAAGAACCACCAGUUAGGCAAGUUGAAAAGACUGCAACACCCAUAAAGGAGAAGGAAAACGUACUUAAAAAAGAUAGUGAAGUCAAAAAGAAUCAAUCUAGAGGAGGUAGGGAUGAGAUAGAAAAUAAACCCCUCAACUCCACUAAGCAGCUUAAAAAGACACCAUCCCCAAAAGCUCAUAUGACAAAUUCUAUAGACACAGAAGAAGAAAUUGCCAUUGAGGAAAAGCCAAGUGCUGAAAAAGCCACAAGGAUUAACACAACAGUUUCACCGCAGGACUCUAGAGAAGGUGUAAAACUCCAAAAACUCCCCAAAAAGCCUUCACAGCAUGAUGUGUCAGAACAAGAGGAGCUCAGUAGAGCAUCUGUGCCCCUGGUGAAGGAGGUCUCUCCUCGUGCUGUGCAGUUAAAAAAAGUGCUGACCCAGCCAGAGGAGGAAGUGCAGGCUGAAGAAGGGCCAGUCGAGGAGGAAGAGGAGGCCUGGGGCUGGGAGCUAGUUCUUUCAGAAAACUGGGAAAGUGAAGGGGUGAAUGGGGCGUUGGAGGCUCCAGGCAUGCCCGGCGGUAAACGAGAGGGAAAACCAACAGAGGAGCCACCAAAAGGCAGAGGCAGAGGAUUUGGGGCAAGACAAACCCCGUCCCCCGGUGAUGGUGGGAGGGGUCGGGGCCUGAAGCCUGGCGGAAAAGGUCCAUCACCUCCCGAAGAACCCUUUGGAGGAUUCAAGCUCAAGGCUGUACCUCUGAAGUUCAUCAAGAAGCUUCAAGAUAUUGUGCUGCAGGAGGCCGAGUCCAUCGGCUCAUCUGCUGUGUUUGAGUGUGAGGUGUCGCCCUCCACUGCCAUCACGUCCUGGAUGAAAGACGGCAGCAACCUACGUGAGGGCCCCAAGCAUAAGUUCACUUCUGAUGGUAAAGACCGCAAGUUGAAUAUUAUAGAUGUCCAGCUGUCAGACACUGGUGAAUAUACCUGUGUGGCAAAGAAUGCUGGAAAGGAAAUAUCAUGCACAGCCAAGCUCAUUGUUGAAGAGCUUCCUGUAAAAUGGCUGAAAGAUCUGGAACCCGAGACAACAUGCAUGAAGGGUCAACCUAUGUACCUAACCUGUGAGCUGAACAAAGAGCGAGAUGUCAUUUGGAAGCGUAACGGUCAAGUCCUGAAGACACAGGCUGGAAAAGUGGCCAUUAACAUCAUUGGCAUGCAGCAGGCAGUAACCAUCCAGAACGCCACAGACGAGGAUGCUGGCAUAUACACUUGUGAGGUAGACGGACAGGAGGAUGUCAAGACUACAACCAACGUCAAAGUGAUGGAAAUCAUCAAAGACUGGCUGGUGAAGCCUCUGAGAGACCAGCAUGUGAAACCAAAGGCCAAGGCCACAUUCAAAUGUGAGCUGUUCAAGGACACUCCCAACUGGAAGUGGUUCAAAGGGGAGAAUGAACUGGCUCCCUCUGACAAGGUGGAGAUUAUUAAAGAUGGAAAGGACAUGACACUGGCCAUCAACAGCUGCCAGCCCGAUGAUGUGUCAGACUACACCAUAGAGGUUGAGGACCGCAGAUAUACAGCUAAACUGACUCUUGGAGAGCGUGAAGCAGAAAUCUUGAAGCCUCUGUCCAGCAUGGAAGUGUUUGAGAAAGAAGAAGCACACUUUGACACUGAAAUAUCUGAGGACGAUGUUGUUGGUGAAUGGAAACUCAGAGGCCAGGUUUUGAUAAGAUCUCCGACGUGUGACAUCAAAGCUGAAGGCACAAAACGCUUUCUUACACUGAAAAACGUCCGGCUGGAUCAGGCUGGUGAAGUGUCCUACCAGGCUCUGAAUGCCAUGACCAGCGCUAUGCUCACGGUCAAAGAGAUCGAAAUGGGCUUUGUCAACCCACUGACGGACAUUUCUGUGGCUGAAAAGAAACAGGCUAAGUUUGAAUGUACCAUCAACAAGGAUGUGCCAAAGGUCAUGUGGUUCAGGGGGACGGAAAUUAUCACCCCAAGUCCUAAAUAUGAAAUAAUUGAUGAUGGAAAGAAACACAUGCUGGUCAUAAAUGGCUGUGAGUUUGACGAUGAGGCUCAGUACACGAUCGAGGUGUUGGGUCAAAAAAGUACUGCUCAGUUGCUGGUGGAAGGCAUGAGGUUCAAAUUUGUCCAGCACAUUAAGGACCAAACAGUCAAAGAAGGUAAUACGGCACGGUUUGAGGUCGAGAUGAGCCAUGAAAACGUGCCGGUGGUUUGGUACAGAAAUGAAGUCAAACUCCACGUAAGCCGAAACGUGGUGACGCAUGUGGAAGGAAAAAAACACACUCUGGAAAUGAGGAUGCUCACUCUAGAUGAUACCUGUCAGGUUAAGGCCGAAGCCAAAGGAAUUUACUCCAUUGCAAAACUGACGGUUCUAGAGGGCGACGCCGUCUUUGUGGUGAAGCUACAGGAUUACACCGCCACAGAGAAAGACGAGGUGACUCUGGACUGUCAACUUAGCAAAGAUGUCCCCGUUGUAUGGUAUCACAACGAGAAGGAGAUCAUUGCGUCAAAGAUGAUUGUCAUGAGGUCUGAGGGCAUUCAUAGGUCUCUGGUCCUAAGGAAGGUUGAGCAGAUCAAUAAAGGCAAAUACGUAUGUGACUGUGGAACAGACAAGACGUCGGCCAACAUUAACAUUGAAGCUCGCGACAUCAAGGUGGUUCGGCCAAUUUACGGCGUGGAGCUGUUUGAUGAAGAAACUGCUCGUUUUGAGGUGGAGAUUUCUGAGGAUGAUGUCCAUGGCCAGUGGAAACUGAAUGGAGAAGUGCUCAGUCCUUCUUCUGAUGUUGACAUCAUUGAGGAGGGAGGCAAACACACACUGAUCCUGUACAAUUGUAAGGUCUCCAUGACCGGUGAAGUGGUGUACACCGCCGCUAACGCCAAGUGUUCCGCUAACCUGAAAGUCAAAGAGCUUCCACUGAACUUCCUCACGGCUCUGAGUGACGUUCAAGUCUAUGAAAAGGAUGAGGCCAGGUUCGAGAUUGAAGUGUCCAGAACUCCAAAGACUUUCCGCUGGCUUAAAGGCUCCCAGGAGCUGCAGAAUGACAACAAAUAUGAAAUGAUCCAGGAGGGAAACGCUUACAUUUUGUUGAUUCGGUCAGCUGCUUAUGAAGACGAGGCAAAGUACAUGUUUGAGGCUGAAGACAAGAGAACGACUGGCAAACUCAUCAUACAGGGUAUUCGUCUGGAGUUUGUCAAACCAAUUAAGGAUGUGACAGUGAAAGAGCGUGAAACAGCUGAAUUCAGUGUUGAACUCUCCCAUGAAAAGAUCCCAGUGGUCUGGUACAGAAAUGACGUCCGUCUGCAUCCUAGCAAGGUGGUCCACAUGUCAGAUCAAGGAAAGGUCCACACACUGGCCUUUAAAGAGGUCACCAUCGAUGACACGUCUAUGAUAAAAGUGGAGGCUAUGGACAAGACUGUGACCGCUAUGCUCACUGUGAUCGAGGGUGACAUUUAUUUCACCACCAAGCUGCAGAACUACACUGCUGUGGAGAAGGAUGAGGUGAAGCUGGUCUGUGAGCUCAGCAAGGCUGUUGCAGACGUCAAAUGGUUCAAGGACGGAAAGGAAAUCACUCCAUCUAGGAACAUUGCUAUGAGCACUGAUGGCAAGAAGCGCGUCCUGACUGUCAGGAAGGCAGAGAAGGCCAACAUUGGCACAUAUGCCUGCGACUGUGGCUCAGAUAAAACUUCAGCAGAUCUCAAUAUUGAAGAACGGGACAUCAAGGUUGUUCGUCCUCUAUACAGUGUUGAGGUCACAGAGACAGAGACGGCUAAGUUUGAGACAGACAUUUCAGAAGAGGAUGUCCAUGGAAAUUGGAAACUGAAGGGAGAAGUUCUGCACCAGUCGGCUGACAUUGAGAUUAAGGAGGAAGGAACCAAGCACAUGUUGAUCCUCUACAACGUUCGUAUGGACAUGGCUGGGGGCGUUGACUUCUCAGCAGCCAAUGCCAGAUCCAAUGCUCAGCUCCGAGUCAAAGCUCGCUCCAUCGGGUUGAUGUGUCCUCUGAAGGAUGUGACUGUGACAGCAGGAGAGACGGCAACCUUUGAGUGUGAACUAUCAUACGAAGACAUUGCGGUUGAAUGGUUCGUGGGAGGACAAAAGAUGGAGGCCAGUGAUCGGGUAAAGACUCGGGUGGUUGGUAGAGUCCACACACUGACAGUCAGAGAUGUGAAGCUCUCAGAGGCUGGCGAGGUCAAACUGACUGCAAAAGACUUCCAGACUCAGGCCCAGCUCAUCAUCCGAGAGCCACCGGUGGAAUUUACCAAGCCUCUAGAGGACCAGACGGUGGAGGAGGAAGCUGCAGCCACACUCGAGUGUGAAGUUUCCAGAGAGAACGCAGAGGUCCGCUGGUUCAGAGAGGGACAGGAGCUCAGAAAGACCAAAAAGUAUGACAUGAUAGUCGACAGCUGCAAGAGAACAUUGGUCAUUCACGACUGCACUCCUGACGAUGCUAAGAUGUACACAUGCGAUGCCAAAGAGUUCAAAACCACCUGUUUCCUGGAGGUCACACCUCCUCAUGUAGAGUUUACCAAGCCUCUACAGGAUGUGGAGGUGAGAGAGAAGGAAUCUGCCAAGUUUGAAUGUGAAGUGUCUCGUGACUCUGCUAAGGUUCGUUGGUUCAAGGAUGGCAGCGAGAUCAGGAAAGGAAAGAAAUAUGAGAUAAUUUCUAAAGGAGUCCAGAGGGUCCUUAUCCUGCACAAGUCUGUGUUUGAUGAUGAAGCUGAGUAUGAAUGCGAUGCCAGAACAUCCAAGACCUCUGGCAUGCUCACUGUCAUUGAGGAAGCAGCCAGGUUUACCAAGAACCUGUCUAAUGUGGAGGGGACAGAGACAGACAGUGUGAAGCUGAUCUGUGAGGUUUCAAAGGCCAACGCUGAGGUCAACUGGUACAGGGGAGAUGAGGAGCUACCGGAGAGCGGCCGCUAUGAGCAAGUCAUGGACGGACGCAAAAGAAUCCUGAUCAUCCAAGAGCUCAGAAUGGAGGAUGCCGGCGAGUACAACUGCAGGUUGAGCCCAACUGUCAAGACCUCUGCUAUGCUCACACUCAAUGAACUGGCAGCUGAAUUCAUUGCUCGACCUCAGAACCAGGAGGUGGUGGAGGGAGAGAAAGCUGAGUUUGCUUGCUCUGUCUCCAAAGACACCUACGAUGUCAAGUGGUUCAGAGGCGACAAGGCGGUGGAAGCAGGGGAGAAGUACAUUAUUAUCAGCGAGGGAAAGAGGAGAGCUCUUAUUGUGAAUAAAUGUGAACUGAAGGAUGAGGGAGGCUAUGUUGCUCACAUUGGCAGCGUUAAAGCCUCAGCUGACCUCUAUGUGAUGGAAAAACUGAGGAUUAUCACGCCCAUUAAAGAUACUGAGGUGAAGGAAGGAAAUGAAAUUAUGUUCAACUGCGAAACAAACAUAGAUGGCGCGAAGGCCAAGUGGCUGAAGAACGAGGAGAGUAUCUUCGAGAGCAGCAAGUACAUGAUGGCUCAGAGAGACAACGUUUUCUCCCUGAGGAUCAGAGACGCACAGAAGGCUGACGAUGCCAGCUACACCAUCAACCUGAGCAAUCAGAGAGGAGAACAGGCUAAGAGCACUGCCAGAGCCAAAGUUGCAGAGGAGAAGCUGAAGUUCCUGGAGCCCAUUGAAGACAUCGAGACUCAGGAGAAAAAGACUAUUAGCUUUAUUUGCAAGGUGAACCGUCCAGAGGUGACGGUGAGGUGGAUGAAGGCGGGUCAGCAGGUGACACUCAGUAAACGCAUGGUCUACAGGGUAGAUGGUCUCAAACACACCCUGACCAUCAAGGACUGCUUAAUGGAUGACGAGGGUGAAUACACAGCUGUGGUGGGAGACGACCAGUGUGCAGCUGAACUGAUCAUCAGCGAGGCACCAACAGACUUCACUGCACAGCUCAAAGACCAGACCAUUACAGAGUUUGAAGAUGCUGAGUUCACAUGCAAACUGAGCAAAGAAAAGGCUGUAGUCAAGUGGUACAGAAAUGGACGAGAGAUCAGAGAAGGACCCAGAUAUCAUAUGGAAAAAGAAGGCAAGAUAUGCAGACUGACUGUCAAGGUGUGCAGACCUGAUGACGAAUGUGAAUAUGCUUGUGGUGUGGAUGAGAGAAGGACCAGAGCAAGGCUCUUUGUUGAAGAGACCCCAGUGGAGAUCGUCAGACCUCCUCAGGACAUGUUUGAGCCUCCAGGAUCAGACGUUGUGUUUGAGGUGGAGCUCAACAAAGACAGAGUGGAGGUGAAGUGGAUGAGAAAUAACAUGAUCAUUGUCCAAGGAGACAAAUACCAGAUGAUUAGUGAUGGUAAAGUCCACAGACUGCAGGUCUGUGAAAUCAGACCCAGAGACCAGGGAGAAUACAGGAUCAUAGCCAAAGACAAAGAUGCCAGAGCCAAGCUGGAGCUGGCAGCUGUUCCAAAAAUCAAAACUACAGACCAGAACCUGGUGACAGAUGCCGGCAAACCCUUUGUCAUAAGUGUGCCCUACGAUGCAUACCCUCGUGCCGAUGCCGAAUGGUUCUUUGAGGAAACCAGUCUGCCUGUCCAGAACAUCGACACUUCUGUUGACAAAACAGAAUAUCGCAUUAAGUGCCCCAGCAAAGCAGAGCAGGGCCGGUACAAGGUAGUCAUCAAGAACAAGCAUGGAAAAGGAGAAGCUUUUAUCCACCUGGAUGUGAUUGACGUGCCUGGACCUGUAAAGAACCUGAGAGUCGUUGACACCGCUGAUGGUGAAGUCAGCUUGGCUUGGGAAGAGCCUGAGAGGGAUGGUGGAAGUAAAAUUAUAGCCUAUGUUGUGGAAAGACGUGAUGUGAAGCGUAAGACCUGGACUCUGGCUACGGAUCGUGCUGAUAUCCCAGAGUACUGCGUCAGUGGUCUCCAGAAAGACUCCAUGUACCUGUUAAGAGUCUGUGCUAGAAACAGAGUUGGCAGUGGACCCACUGUUGACACCGAGGAUGCUGUUCAAGCAAAGAACAAAUUUGAUGUUCCAGAUGCUCCAGAGGAUGUUUCUGUUGACAAGGUGAGCAGGUUUGGUGCCACAGUUUAUUGGGAGCCCCCCAAGUUUAAUGGUGGCUCUGAGAUCACUGCAUAUGUGAUCGAGCUACGCGACAGGACCUCUGUAAAAUGGGAGGCAGCCGCGGUAUGUGGUGCCAGUGACCGCUCAGCAAUGUUGAAUGACGUGGUGGAGAACAAGGAGUAUAUCUUCAGAGUACGUGCCGAGAACAAGGCUGGCAUCGGCAGACCCAGCACUGCCACAAACCCAAUAAAAAUCAUGGAUCCUAUCGAGAGGCCAAGCCCACCCCUGAACCUGAACUUUUGCGACCAAGUCAGCACAGCAGUCACACUCACAUGGGAGACGCCUACCAGUAACGGCGGCAGCAUGAUCACUGGAUACAUCAUUGAGAAAUGUGACGAAGGCACUGAAAAGUGGCUCCGCUGCAACGCCAGACUUUGCCCAGACCUCUCCUAUCGAGUGUCUGGUUUAAAACCUGGUCAGAAAUACCUCUACAGAGUUUGUGCUGAAAAUGCGGCUGGCAUUUCUGACCCAGCCGAGCAGCUGGGACCCCUGCUCGCAGAUGACCCUCAUGUUGGUCCAUCCGUGGACCUCAGUGCCUUCAGAAAGGGCCUUGAGGUGAUUGCUCCUCAGGCUCUCACCAUCAGAAUACCCAUCAAUGGAUACCCAACUCCUGUGGCCAAGUGGAGCUUUGGAGAGAAACAAAUGACCAGCGCAGAUGAACGGGUCUUCAUGGAGACAAAGGCCACGUACGCAGAACUGAUCAUCACUCCAAGCGUCCGUCCAGACAAAGGCACCUACAGCCUGCAGCUGGAGAACGAUGUGUCCUCUGUCUCUGGAGACAUUGACGUCAACGUCAUCGCAUGCCCUAGUGCUCCCAAAGACUUUAAAGUGUCUGAGGUGACCCGGCACCAUGUGCAUCUGAUGUGGGAGAUUCCAGAGCAUGAUGGAGGAAGUCCAGUCACCCACUACCAAAUUGACAAGAGAGAAGCAUCCAGAAAGACCUGGGCUAAGGUGGCUACUAGUGUUCUUGACCUGGAGCACACUGUAACUGAUGUGAUAGAGGGAAAAGAAUAUUUGUUUAGUGUCACCGCCUGCAACAAGUGUGGACCUGGAGAGCCAGCCUACAUCGAUGAGCCAGUUAAUGUAUCCUCUCCUGCAACUGUUCCUGAUCCCCCAGAAAACCUAAAGUGGCGUGAUAAGAGUGGCAAGAGCAUUUUCCUGUCCUGGGAGCCUCCAAGAUAUGAUGGGGGAGCCCACAUCAAGGGUUAUGUGGUGGACAGGUGCCAGCGUGGUACUGACAAGUGGGAACCAUGUGGUGACCCCAUCCCUGAACUGAAGUUUCAGGUGACUGGCCUUUCUGAGGGUCAGUGGUAUGCCUACAGAGUCAGAGCUUUUAAUAAGUUGGGAGCCAGCCGGCCCUGCAGAGCCACUGAUGAGAUCCAAGCUGUGGAUGCUAGAGAACCACCCGAGAUCCAGCUGGACGUCAAGUUGUUGGCUGGUCUGACUGCCAGGGCUGGAACCACGAUCGAGUUUCCAGCAGAAGUCAAAGGAAAGCCCGACCCCCGAGUAAAGUGGACCAAGGCUGACAUGGUCUUGCGAGCUGAUGACCGCAUUACUAUUGACUCUGAGCCAGGAUGCUCCAAGCUUUCUGUUGCCAAGACGACCAGAGAAGACACUGCUACCUACAUAAUUGAGGCAGUAAAUGACUGUGGGCGUGCCACGGCCACUAUCGACGUGAACAUUCUUGAUAAACCUGGGCCUCCUGCUGCUUUUGACAUCUCAGAGAUAACCAAUGAGUCGUGCUUCUUGGCCUGGAACCCACCAAGGGAUGAUGGUGGUUCGCCCAUCACCAACUACAUUGUUGAGAGUCAUCAGACAGACAAAGAAGAGUGGGUGAAGCUGUCAGCCACGGUAAAACAUACCACGUUUAAUGCGUGCAAGCUCACAGCUAUGAAGGAGUACAUCUUCAGGGUCAGCGCAGAGAACCAGUAUGGCAUUGGCGAACCUGCAGAGCAUGUUCCAAUCAUUGCCAAGUAUUCCUUUGAUCCUCCGGGUCCUCCAACCAGAGUCUCUCCCUCUGACAUUGCCAAGGAUGCCGUCACUCUGACCUGGUUUGAGCCAGACGAAGAUGGCGGAAGCCCCAUCACUGGGUACUGGAUUGAGAAGUUGGAUCCAGAGAGUGACAAGUGGCUUAAAUGCAACAAAUUACCGAUCAAAGACACAACCUUCAGGGUGAAGGGACUCACUACCAAAAAGAAGUACCGCUUCCGUGUUCUAGCCGAGAAUCUGGCUGGACCUGGAAAACCCAGUGCUGAGACUGAUCCACUCCUCAUCAAAGAUCCCAUUGAUCCUCCGUGGGCUCCCGGCAAACCCGUUAUUAGAGAAAUUGCUAAGACCUCAGCCCUACUUGCAUGGACCCGGCCAGAGCAUGAUGGCGGGGCUAAAAUCGAGGGCUACAUCAUUGAGUUCCAGAAGACUGGAACUGAAGAGUGGAUCAAGAUCGCAGAAGAUAUUCCUCAGACCGAGCACCAGUUGACAGGGCUAAUGGAGAAACAGGAGUAUUCAUUUAGGGUCAAGGCUGUCAACAAGGCCGGCGAGAGUGAACCCAGUGAACCCAGUGACCGUGUGGUCUGCAAGGAGAGACUUUACCCUCCAUCUCCUCCUCAAUGGCUAGAAGUUACCAACGUCACUAAGAUCAACGCGGACCUGAAGUGGCUGGCCCCCAGCAAUGAUGGAGGCUCGCCCAUCACUAACUAUGUGGUGGACAAGAGAGACGUCAGGCGAAAGGCCUGGCAGGCUGUUGACACCACUAUCAAGGAGCUUAAGUACACAGUGACUCCCCUCAAUGAAGGUUCUCUGUACGUGUUCCGCGUUGCUGCUGAGAAUGCCAUUGGGAUGAGUGAAUUCUGUGAGCUGGAGGAUGCUGUGCUCGCCAAAGACACCUUUACAACUCCUGGACCACCAUAUGCCCUGACUGUGGUGGAGGUUACAAAGAGAUAUGUGGAGUUGAAAUGGGAAGCUCCCAAGAGUGAUGGUGGAAGGCCUAUAACUAAGUAUGUGAUUGAGAAGAAAGAGAAGGUGGGAACACGUUGGCUGAAGUGCUGCAAAACUCCAGACAGAAAGACUCAGUUCAAGGUGACAGAUGUGGAUGAGGGAACUGAGGUUCAGUUCCAGGUCAGAGCUGAGAACGAGGCUGGAGUUGGAGAUCCCAGUGAACCCACAGAGAUCCUUACCGUGGAGGAUCCAACCAGUGCUCCAUCUCCUCCUCUUGAACUAACCGUUCCUGAUGCCAGCCGGGAGCACAUCAGUGUGACCUGGAAGCCUCCAGCUAAGGACGGUGGCUGCCCAAUCACUGGCUACCACAUUGAAGUGGCCGAGGCCCGUCCAGAGCUGAAAUGGUUUAGAAUCAACAGCAGACCCAUCAAGGAGCUCAAGUUCAGAAUAGAAGAUGGAAUAAAACCAGAGAAGAAAUAUGUUAUUAGAGUUCGCGCCAUCAACUCUGUUGGCUUAAGCGACCCCUCUGAGUUGUCUGACAAGGUCUUCACCAAGGAUCCUGACUGUGCUCCAACUAUGGAUGUGAAGGCACAGGAUGUGGUUGUGGUUGAGGGCGAGAAGCUGCAUCUAAACAUCCCUUAUAGGGCAAUUCCAAUGCCUCAGAUGUUGUGGCAGAAAGACACAGUGGAGUGCAAGACUGACGAUCGUCUCUCCAUGACAGUUGAAAUGAACAGUGCUCACCUGGAGCUGCUGAAGUGCACGCGGGCUGAUGCCGGCACCUAUGCAAUCACCCUAGAGAACAGUUUGGGCUCUACCACUGGAACUGCCAAUGUCAAAGUCAUUGGACUCCCUGGUAAGUGUAAAGACAUCACCUCAAGUGACAUAACCAAAAACUCCUGCAAGAUCAGCUGGGAAGCCCCAGAAGACGAUGGCGCCACCCCGAUUGUCAGCUACACUCUUGAGCGCCGUGAGGCCACUAAGAAGACCUACAUGCCCAUCACAUCAGGAGAGCACAUAUUGACGUACUCUGUCAAAGACCUCUUUGUUAACUGCGAGUACUACUUCAGAGUGAAGGCUGUCAACAAGAUUGGAGCUGGAGAUUACCUGGAGCUGCGCAACCCAGUUAUCGCAGAGGAAAUUAAACAGAAACCAGAUCCACCCAUCCAGGUGGAGGCUCAGGACCCAACCUGCAGAUCCAUCACAGUCACAUGGAAGGCUCCAGAGUAUGAUGGCGGCUGUCCAAUCCAGGGCUACAUUGUAGAGAAGUUUGAGAAGGAUAGCGAUCGUUAUGAGAAAGUGACUCCAAACCUGGUUCCCAGUUUCUCCUACGUGGUGACGAACCUGAAGGAGGAUGUGGAGUACCAAUUCAGGGUACGAGCGGAGAAUGCUGCUGGACUCAGUGAGCCAUCACGCAGCACACAGCUGGUCAAGGCUGCAGACCCUGUUGAAAAACCAAAGGUCACUCUCCAUGCCAGUGUGCAGUCCGGUCUGUGCGUCAAGAAAGGUGAGGAGAUCCGGAUUGACGCUUACAUCUCUGGCUCCCCAUAUCCCAAAGUAUCCUGGCUGAGGAAUGAUGAGGAUGUCACCAAAGAGCCGACCAAGAAGAUCGUCCCUGUGGUCAGGAAAAAGAAGACAAAGGCCAAGGUUCCAGAGCCAGAGGAAGAGUUUUUGACGCCCUUGCGGGAGCGUCUGGGUCUGGACCAGACAAAGAGGGGCCAGUCUGGAUUGAUGAUCCGUGAUGCCAUCAGACCUGACCACGGAAACUUCACCAUCAAGGUGGAGAACAUUCACGGUGUUGCCACUGCCUCUUGCAAUGUCAAUGUCCUUGACAAACCUGGCCCUCCGGUCAACUGCACCUUUGAAGAUAUACGAAACACAUCGCUCAUCUGUAACUGGGAGCCUCCCGAAGAUGACGGUGGCAGCGAGAUCCUGAACUACAUCCUAGAAAAGAAAGACAACCAAAAUGAUGAAAUCGGCUGGAUUACUGUCACCUCCACACUAAAGGGCACGAGUUGUCCUGUUACCAAACUGAUCGAAGGAAAGGAAUACAUCUUCAGAGUCACAGCAGAGAACAAGUAUGGCUGUGGACAUCCGUGCAUCUCUGAACCAGUGGUUGCCAAGAACCAGUUCAAUCCUCCCGAUGCUCCUAAUUCCCCCAGAGUCCACGAAGUGACAGCGAACACUGCCCACAUCUCCUGGCAUGAGCCAAAGGACAACGGCAGCCCGAUCCUGGGCUACUGGGUCGAGAGGAAGGAGGUGAACAGCAAACACUGGACCCGGGUGAAUCGCACCCUCCUCAGCUCUUUGGAUGUAAAGAUCACUGGAUUGAUGGAGGGCCUCACUUACAUCUUUAGAGUGUGUGCUGAGAACCUGGCCGGACCUGGGCCCUUCAGCGAGCCCUCUGACCGCACCAUCACCAUGGAUGCCAUUAUGCCUCCUGGUCCUCCCUCUCCAUGGAUCGUGGACACUGGGAAAGACUUUGUGAUUUUGGCCUGGAAGCCCCCACUAUACAAUGGGGGAGGAGACAUCCUGGGAUACCACGUUGAAAAGGUUGUGGUUGGAGAGAAGAACUGGACUCGAAGCACAGAGUUUCGGUGUAAAGAGCUUACCUACACUGUGACAAGUCUCAAGGAGGGAGGUGACUAUUAUAUCCGUGUUAUCGCUGUUAACGAUGCUGGUCCAGGAGCUCCUGGUGUGACUGAACCUGUAACGGUCAAAGAGCCUCAAGAGCCUGCUACCGUGAACCUGGACGUUUCAGUGAAAAAUGGCAUCAUUAUCAGGGCAGGUGAUCCUCUGAGGCUCCCUGCUGUGGUAGUUGGCCGACCUCAGCCAGAGGUAAAAUGGACCAAAGAUGACACAGAAAUUGAUAAAGAAAGGAUGAUUGUGGAGACAGAGGGCAAGAACAGCAUUCUGUGCAUCAAGAAAACUCUGAGGGCAGAUCACGGACUCUACAAAAUCUCCGGCACAAACACCAGUGGAACACAGACUGCAGAGACCAGAGUGGACAUUAUGGACGUACCUGGACCAGUGGUUGACCUGAAGGUGGUCACAGUCACCAAGAAGAACAUUACCCUCACUUGGUCUGAUCCCUUGGACAACGGUGGCAGUGACAUUGUAGGCUAUGAGGUAUUGAGAAAGGAUACCAAAAAGAAACUGUUUCGACAGCCUAUUGAGACGGCAUCCUGUAAGUGCGGUGUCCAGGGCCUGCUGGCUGGUGAGGAGUAUGACUUCAGGGUUGUCGCAAGGAACAAGUAUGGUGAUGGAGCUCCAGCUGACCUGGGACCAAUCUUGGCUGAAGAUCCUAAAGGUACUCCAUCUGCCCCGGAGAAACUGCGCUACACUGACAGAAGCAAGAACACCAUCAGUCUGACCUGGCAGCCGCCUCAAAGUGAUGGCGGAAGCCCCAUCGUAGGUUACUAUAUAGAGAAGAUGCGGUCCGAUAGCACUGAGUUUGAGGUGGCCAAUCGCAAGGUCUUUUGCCAGUGCUGUGGAACUAUUGAGAACCUGUCAGAGGAUCAGGAGUACCAGUUCCGUGUCAAAGCUGUAAAUGAAGUUGGGGACGGAGAACCCUCCAAGUCAAUCACAGUCACGAUUCAGGAUGAUAAAAUUGUUCCUAUUAUUGCAAUACUAAAGUACUUCAAGAGUAAUUCCAUUGUUGUAAGGAAGGGAUCAGCUAUAGACAUCCCAGCUGAAGUGAGGGGACUCCCUCUGCCAGCUGUUCAGUGGAUGAAGGACAAUGUGGUGAUUGAAAAGCCUGAAGAUGACAAGAUAAUGAUGGAGACUGAAGAGGUUGACAGAACCACUAUGAGGACAAAGAUUGCCAUCCCAGAAACCAUCAGAAAGGACAAGGGUAGCUACACGCUGGUGGCUGAAAACUGCCACGGCACAGCUCAGCAGAUUAUUAAAGUUGAAGUCCUUGAUCGGCCUCUUCCUCCAAGGAACAUUGUGGUUUCGGACAUCAAGGCAGAUUCGUGUUAUCUCACCUGGGAUGCUCCAGAGGACAAUGGUGGCAGCGACAUUACAAACUAUAUUGUUGAGUUCAGAGACGCCAGCAAGAAGAAGUCUGACUUUGACACCCUGACCAUCAACAUUGUUGACAGGAGAUACCAGGUUUACAAACUGGACUUAAAUGGUGCUUAUCAGUUCAGGAUCAAAGCUGAAAACAAGUAUGGUGUCAGUGAUGGCUGUGACUCAGACAAAGUCCAGCUGAGGGAACCGUUUGGUCUUCCUGGACCUCCACGUAACCCCACAAUUAUUGCUGCCACAUCGAGCACCAUGACCUUGACCUGGGAACCCCCUCUUGACAACGGGGGCUCCACCAUCCAGGGUUACUGGCUGGAGAAGAGGGAACGUGGUGCAGUAUACUGGGGCCGUGUAAAUCGGUCCCCAGUCACCAAACCAGCAGUGAAAGGCCUUCAGUAUACCAUACUCAAACUCAUUGAAGGGACACAGUACCAGUUCAGGAUCUCGGCUUGCAACGCGGCUGGAGUCGGACCUCCCAGUGAGCCGUCCGAGUGCCGCAUUACUGAGGAUCCAUGCAAUCCCCCCAGCUCACCUGGCAACCCUCUGGCCAAAGACAAGAGCAAGAACAGUAUCACUCUCACCUGGAGCCCACCAGACAGGGAUGGAGGCAGCCCCCUCAAAGGUUACAUCAUCGAAGUCCACGAGGAGGGUUCCCCUGACUGGAGAAGGGUGAACCCUGCCGACAAGCUCCACGGAUCUACUGAAAUCACUGUCCCUGACCUGAAGGAAGGCAAGAAGUGCAAGUUUAAGAUUUAUGCCGUGAAUGCUGCUGGAAACUCUGAGCCUGCCAGGACAGGUGACAUUCUGGUCCAGGACAUCCUAAUUGAACCGACUGUGACAUUGGAUGUGAGCGCAAGUGAACUGUUGAACUGCAGAGCGGGAAUGACCAUUAGGAUUCCAGCCACCGUCACUGGGCGACCUAUGCCCAAAGUCACCUGGAGCUUUGAUGGACCCGCAGAGACUGAGAAGAAGAACGAACUGCACACGCUGCCUGUGGACUCGGAGAUCCAUUCUACCGACACAACCUGGGUGGUUGUGAUCCCACAGAGCAAACUGUCUCACAGCGGCAGAUACAUCAUUAAUGCUGAGAGUCCCGCUGGGCACAGGGUGGUUAAAGUCAGAGUCAACGUUCUCGAUCUACCAGGACCUCCCAGAGACAUAAAGGUGAGCGAUGUUACAAGGGGAACCUGCAGACUGACCUGGAAACCCCCGGAGUGUGAUGGAGGAGACAGGGUGAAAAGCUACUUCAUUGAAAAGAAGACAGUGCAGGGCAAAGCCUGGACCAAGGUAAACCCAGCCUGUGCUUCUCAGUCUCUGGUUGUUCCAGACUUGAUAGACGGUGAGGAGUACCUGUUCCGUAUCCGUGCUGAGAAUAGCUUUGGCUUUGGUCCCUUUCUCACAUCCAUUGAAACGACCAAAGCUCGAGAUCCUAUCUAUCCUCCUGAUCCUCCAACAAGGUUGAAGAUUCAGAAUGUGAGGAAGCGCACAGUGACUUUGACCUGGAAGGCACCAAAGAAUGAUGGUGGUUCACCUGUGACUCACUACAGCAUUGAUCUGCUCUGCUGGGGCGCUGGCGGAACACAGAAGGAAUCCUGGAGGAGGUGUAAUAGACGAGAUGUGGACACCACCAGCUUUAAGGUGGAGGACCUGACAGAGGGAGACGAGUAUGAGUUCAGAGUAGUGGCGCACAAUGAGGUUGGAGCGAGUCGACCUUCAUCUACCGCUGGACCCAUCAUCAUCCAAGACCAAAUUUGUGCACCAUUCAUCGAGCUGAAUGAAUUCAUGGAGGCUGAGCAGGGCAGCGACAUCAAUGUUGUGGCCAGAAUCCGUGGCUGUCCAUUUCCCACACUUACCUGGUACAAAGCUCCGCCACACAAGCCUGACGACAAGGUGGAGAUUCAGUAUGAUGAGCACAUCAACAAGAUAGUGUCAGACGACAGCUGCACACUGCUCAUCCAGCAGGGAAAACGUCCCGACACUGGCUUGUACACGCUGGUGGCUUCCAACAGUCUGGGCAAGGCCUUUAAGGAGAUGAGGCUCAACGUGCUUGGUCGUCCCGGGCCUCCAUCUGCUCCCAUCAAAUUUGAGGAGAUUGGAGCAGAGAGGAUUACACUAGCCUGGCUGCCACCAAAAGACGAUGGCGGCUCUAAAAUCACAAACUAUGUCAUCUGGAGGAGGGUGUCCAACAGAAAGACCUGGGUGCCUGUCACCAAUGAGCCCAAAGAACGUGUUUGGAUGGUGGAGAACCUGAUGGAGGGUCAUGAGUAUGUGUUUCGCAUCAUGGCCCAGAACAAGUAUGGAGUUGGAGAACCUUUGGACAGUGAGCCUGAGGUGGCCCGAAACAUUUUCACCAUUCCUGGCCAGUGUGAGAAGCCAGCAGUUACCAGUAUCACUAUGGACUCAAUGACCGUGAACUGGGAGGAGCCAGAGGAUGACGGCGGCAGCCCAGUCACUGGCUACUGGCUGGAACGUAAAGAGACCACGGGUAAACGCUGGACCCGGGUCACCCGUGACCCCAUUCGUCCGAUGGGGAUGGGCGAGUCAUUUGUGGUUAGUGGGCUAAUAGAAGGCUCCCAGUACCUAUUCAGAGUUACUGCCAUCAACGCCGCAGGACCUGGACCCGCCAGCUCCCCCACAGAUCCAGUUUUUGCCAGAGAUCCUAUUUCUCCACCCUCUGCUCCCACCCCCAAGGUUUUGGAUUGGACAAAGUCCACAGUGGAUCUUCACUGGAUCCCUCCACUGAAGGACGGUGGCUCUAAGAUAAUGGGUUACUGGGUGGAAUUCAAGGAAGAGGGCACAGAGGCAUGGGUGAAGGCCAAGGAGACUGAAAUCCGUGGCACUCGAUUGGUUAUCACCGGCCUGAAAACUGGUGGUCAGUACAGGUUCCGAGUCAUUGCUUUCAAUGCUGCUGGUAAAGGUGAGCCAGGCGAAGUUCCUGAAGUACUGGAGGUCAACGACAGAAUAAUUGCUCCUGAAGUUGACCUGGAUGCCUCAAUGAAGGAAAGGAUGGUGGUCCAUGCCGGUGGCGUGAUACGCAUCAUUGCUUAUGUGUCAGGUCAACCGCCACCAGAGGUCACCUGGAGCAGAGAUGGAGCUGUUCUGCCUCUCGAGGCUAAAAAAGAGACAACGGCUAUCAGCUCAUCCCUGGUGAUCAAACCCUGCACCAGGAAGCACCGCGGUGUUUACACGCUGACAGCCAAAAAUGCUGGAGGGGAGAAGAUGAUUAGUGUCACUGUGGAAGUCCUGGAUGUCCCUGGGCCUGUUGGCAUUCCAUUGACUGCAGAGAACCUGACGAUCGACUCUUGUAAGCUCAACUGGUUCUUUCCUGAGAAUGACGGCGGCUCUCCUAUCAGUAAUUAUAUUAUAGAAAAGCGUGAGGCUGAACGCAAGUCGUGGACCUCGCUCUCCUACACGGCCAGCAGACAGAACGCUGUUGCUUAUGACCUCACGCCUGGAAAGUCCUAUUUCUUCCGAGUGGCAGCUGAAAAUGCAAUCGGCAUUGGAACAUUUGUAGAGACGGCAGCCGACAUUAUGAUCAAAGAACCCAUGAGUGUGCCAGACCGUCCCGAAGACCUGGAGGUCACAAAGAUCACCAGGGAUUUGAUUAGUGUUGCUUGGAAGGCACCAAAGAAUGAUGGUGGCUCAGAGAUCACCAUGUACAUACUUGAAGCACGGAUGAUUGGCAAAGACAAGUUUACCCGACUCACAAAGGAGCCGUUGUUGGAGAGGAAGUACACCCAUGAUGGUCUGAGGGAGGGCGAGUCCUACGAGUUCAGAGUCAGUGCCGCCAAUGAGGUUGGACCAGGCAAACCAUCGUUCUGCACAAAACCCAUCACAUGCAAGGAUGAAAUGGAGCCACCAACCAUUGAACUGGAUUUCCGGGACAAGAUCAUCAUUCGUGUGGGUGAGAGUUGUCUGCUUCAGGGCCGUUACACUGGCAAACCGUCUCCAUCCAUUGUCUGGUACAGAGACGACAAGGAGCUGAAGGCUGACAAAUAUGUCAUAUUGAAGAGCACACUGACCACCAUGUCACUGGGUCUGAUGAAGGCAAAACGCGAGCACAGUGGCAGAUAUGUGGUAGUGGUGGAGAACAGCACUGGAUCCAGGAAGGGAGUCUGCAACAUCACAGUUGUUGACCGUCCAACUCCUCCUGUUGGCCCAGUUGUUUUUGAGGAGGUGCACAGGGAUUAUAUGGUCAUCUCUUGGAAGCCUCCUCUGGACAGUGGGGGGGUAGAUGUCUCCAACUACGUUGUUGAGAAGAGAGAUGUCAACAGAGACAAUUGGAGCACAGUGACAGCAGCCACUACCAAGACCACUUGCAAGAUACCUAAGCUGACAGAGGGAAGGGAGUACAUCAUAAGAAUCUCUGCUGAGAAUAUGUACGGUAUUAGUAAUCCACUGGAGUCUGAGGAGAUGAGAGCCAAAGAUCUUUACAGAGUCCCUGAGGCCCCAGAGAUGCCAACAGUCAGAGAGGUGUAUGCCACCAACGCACUGGUGCUGUGGACCCGCCCUCGUGAUGGCGGGAAGCCGAUUACCAACUACAUCCUAGAGAAGAAGGAACCCAUAGCCAAGCGGUGGUCCAGAGUAACUAGAGACACCCUGUACCCAGCUACUCAGUAUCGAGUCCAGGACCUUGUAGAAGGAUGUGAAUAUGAGUUUAGGGUGAUGGCUGAGAACGAGCUUGGAACCGGAGACCCCAGUGUCCCCUCCAAACCCAUUCUUGCGAAAGAUCCCAUUGUGCGCCCCAGCCCUCCAAUAACCCCUGAGGCUUAUGAUAAGACCAAAGACUCGGUCAGCCUGAGGUGGCAGAUGCCUCGCCAUGAUGGAAAAGGCAGGAUAUUUGGGUACAUGGUUGAGUACCAGAAGCCUGGUGCUGUGGAGUGGAUUCCAGCCAAUGAGAGCCCUGAGCAGUGUCCAGACCUUCAAUAUGUGGUAAUGGGCUUGACAGAUGGAAAUGAGUAUGCCUUCAGGAUCUUCACUGUCAACGCUGCAGGCAAAUCUGACCCUGCCUAUGUCAAACAGCCAGUCACGGUUCAUGACAGACUGGAGGAGCCUGAGUUGUUGCUGGAUGCUAACAUGGCUCGUGAUCAUCUUGCCAUGUUGGGCACAGAUAUCACACUAAGUGCCACCAUUAAAGGUGUACCAACACCCACUGUCAGUUGGAAGAAGAACAACGAAGAAAUGCCUUCUCACAUCGCCGUUGCUGUCAGUGCAACCAGCAGCAAAGUCUGUAUCCCCAAGUGUGUCCGCCCUGAUUCAGGCAACUACACCAUCACUGUGGAAAAUGCUGCUGGAACGAAAUCAGCAACUGUUGCGGUCCUGGUCCUGAACAAGCCUUCUCCUCCCAGAGACCUAGUGGUCUCUGAGGUGACCAGCGAGUCUGCCUACCUAACAUGGAAAGCUCCUGAAGAUAAUGGUGGUGCUGUCAUCUCCCACUAUGUUGUUCAGAAAAAGGAUGUGGCUGCAGAUCAGUGGGUCCCCGUCUCUGCAGCCAAUAAGAAGCUGAGUCUGAUGGCCAUGUACUUGAUGGAAGGAAUCCAGUACCUUUUCAGAGUGGCUGCUGAGAAUCAGUUUGGCAGAAGUGACUUCGUGGUGACCAAGUUUCCCAUCAAAGCUGUUGAUCCUCUAUAUCCUCCUGGCCCACCCAAAAACUUGCACCACACUGAUGCUGAGAAGACAGAGGUCUGGUUGGAGUGGGAGUGGCCUGAUCGUACUGGUGGCAGUGAAGUUACUGGCUUCAUUGUGGAGUACCAGGAAGAGGGUCAGACAGACUGGAUCACAUUCAAGACUGUGACUAAUAAUCACACCCAUGUUACCAGCCUAGAGGAGGCUAAAACAUAUCGCUUUAGAGUCAAGGCUCAGAAUGCCAUUGGUGUGAGUCGUCCUGACACUAGUAUUCCCAUCACUUGCCAAGAGAAGACAUUGCCGCCAUCUAUUGAUGUAGAUGUAAAACUUAUUGAGGGGCUUGUCAUCAAAGCUGGCAGCACAGUUUUCCUUCCAGCCAAGAUGUCAGGCAUCCCUAUUCCCACUGCUAAAUGGAUGACUGAUGGCAAAGAAAUUUUAUCAGAGGGUCGUUAUAACAUUCAGUCACCUGGAUCUUCAACCAUCCUCAGUAUCCCUGAAUGCCAGAGAGGAGACACUGGAGAGUAUAUUCUUGCUGUCUCAAAUGCUGCUGGCAGCAAGACUGUUGCCCUGCAUGUCACCGUGCUGGAUCUUCCAGGUCCACCCAUCGGACCUAUCAAUAUUUUGGAAGUCACUCCUGAUCACAUGACGAUCCAGUGGAGGGCACCCAAGGAUGAUGGUGGCACACCCAUUACCAACUAUGUGGUGGAAAAGAAGGAUGUGAAGAAGCCAUGGGAGCCCUGGUCCGUUGUUAGUUCUAGUGGUAUGAACACGAAUGCCAAGGUGUCCAGGCUAGAGAAGGGCCGUGAGUACAUUGUGCGUGUCCGUGCAGAAAACAAAAUUGGAAUUGGUGCCGGUCUUGAGAGUCCUCCUACUAUUGCCAAACAUAUGUUUAAUCCCCCUGGACCACCAGGACCACCAGAGUGGUCUGACAUCACAGAGAAUGCUGUGACAGUGGAAUGGACUCUACCAGAUUAUGACGGAGGAAGUCCCAUUAGUGGUUAUGUGGUUGAACGUAGGGAAAUGACUGGAAAGUGGAUCCGGGUUAACAAAACACCUGUGUUGGACCUCAGAUACAGAGUGUCAGGCCUAUUUGAAGGCAACAGCUAUGAGUUCCGUGUAUUUGCUGAAAACAUUGCUGGCAUCAGUGAACCUUCUCUAACCUCUGACCCCAUCAAGGCCACUCGAGCUAUCACCAAACCUGCACCUCCUUCAAAUCUUAAACUAAAGGACUGGAGCAAGAGCUAUGCUGACAUCUGCUGGACCAAACCGACAAGAGAUGGCGGAAGUCCUAUUCUUGGCUAUGUGGUUGAAGCUCAGAAAUCAGGAACUGCCCAGUGGAACAGAAUCAACAAGGAUCUCAUCACGAUCUGUGCCUACAGAGUGCCGGGCCUGAUUGAAGGAAUGGAGUACAGAAUCCGUGUGAGAGCCACAAAUAAGGUUGGGGACAGUGAACCCAAGGAAUUGGCCCAGACUGUCUUGGCAAAGGACAUCCUGGUUCCCCCUGAAGUUGUUGUUGAUGUAUCCUGCCGUGACUCAGUGACUGUUAGGGCAGGUCAGGUCAUCAAUUUGAUCACUAGAGUAAAGGGAAGACCUGAUCCAGACAUCACAUGGACCAAGGAUGCCAAAGCCUUGACUCGAGAAAAGCGCACUGAAAUUAACAACAACUAUCCUCUUUGUGAACUUGUAAUCAAUGAGGCACUCAGGACAGAUUAUGGUAAAUAUGCCAUUGUUGCCAAAAACAGCAGUGGACAGGCACAGGCCACAAUUCUUGUAAACGUCCUUGAUACACCAGGGCCUUGCCAAAACUUGAAAGUAGCCUACGUGACCAAGAACUCUUGCAUGGUGUCCUGGGAGAACCCUGCAGAUAAUGGCGGUUCUGAGAUCACUCAGUACAUUAUUGAGUGUCGCCAACCCAGCCAGAGAGGUUGGACCGUUGUUUCAAAUGAUUGCACAAAACGUCUCAUAAAGGCUCCUCUUACUGAAGGCUGUGAGUACUUUUUCCGUGUGAGUGCAGAAAACAAGAUUGGUUCUGGUGUAGCCACUGAGACCAAGACACCUGUGUUGGCGAUUGAUCCCAUUGAAAAGCCCGGGGAGCCCAUUGAGUUCCAUAUCUCUGAGAUUGGCAAGACCUUCUGCUUCCUCAGGUGGAAGAAGCCGGACUAUGAUGGUGGUAGCCGGAACCUGGGUUAUCACGUUGAGAAAAAACCAAAAGAAGCUGAGGAGUGGGAAAGGCUGCACAAGGGUGCCAUAAAGGAGACUUACUUCAUGGCUGAUAGGUGCUUUGAAAACCAGAUUUACCAGUUCAGAGUACAGACAAAGAAUGAGGGAGGUGAAAGUAUCUGGGUAACCACAGCUGAGGUCCUGGUUAAGGAACAACUUGUUGAACCUGACGUCAAGAUUAAAAUGGAUGGAACCCUUGUAGUAAAGGCAGGAGACUCUAUUCCAAUCCAAGCAACAGUGAAAGGCAAACCUCAGCCUGAUGUAAAGUGGACAAAAGAUGAGAGCAAAAAUGAGAUUAGGAAGGGUCCCAGACUUCAGAUUGAAACAGGUGCUGACUUCUCCAAGCUGUUACUUACUGGUGCCAGGCGCACUGACAGUGGCAACUAUGUGGUUACUGCCUCAAACACUGCAGGAACCUGUUCUGCUAAUGCUAAGGUCAACGUACUGGACAGACCUGGGCCCAUUAGGGACCUCAAGGUGUCUAGUAUUACCAUUGACCGGUGCCAUCUGACCUGGGAAAUCCCAGAGGAUGAUGGUGGCUGUGAUAUAUAUAACUACAUUAUAGAAAAAUGUGAGACAAAACGGGGCGUUUGGUCAGUCUACUCAAAUGCUGUCAUCACCAACAAAGCUAAAGUUACCCGUCUUAUUGAGGGUAAUGAGUACAUCUUCAGAGUUCGUGCUGAAAAUAAGAUGGGUCCUGGCUCAGCAGUGCAGAGCGAGGCCAUUGUUGCUGGCACUCAGUUUAGUGUACCUGAACCUCCUGAAGCACCAGAAAUCAGCAAGAUUGCUAAGGAGGAGAUGACUGUGGAAUGGGCAGAGCCUGAAAGAGAUGGAGGGAAGACGAUCAUUGGCUAUUUGUUGGAGAAGAAGGAAGAGCAUGCUGUUAGGUGGUCUCCUGUCAACAAAGACACAAUGCCCGGAACUCGUAUGACAGUUACUGGACUCCGGCCUCUCCAUGAUUACCAGUACAGAGUCAAGGCAGUUAAUGAAAUUGGUAUCAGCAGUCCAAGCAAGCCUUCACGUGCCAUUACUGCCAAGGAUGCAGUUGAACCUCCGGCACCUCCCACCAACCUGAAAGUUUUAGACAGCACCAAGUCCUCCAUCACACUGGGCUGGACCAAACCUAUAUCUGAUGGUGGAGCUCCCAUCAUUGGUUAUGUUGUAGAGAUAAAGGUGCAGGGAACCACCAAGAAAGGAGAGGAUGGUUGGAAAAGGUGCAAUGUAGCAGCUCAGCUCGUCGUGUGUGAGUUCACAGUCACAAGCCUGGAUGAAAAGCUUGUUUAUGAAUUUAGAGUGUCUGCUCAGAACCAAGUGGGCAUGAGCCUGCCUUGCAACAUGGAGGGGGCUGUGAUCCCAAGGGAAAUUCUAGAGGCACCAGAGAUUGAUUUAGAUGCCCACUUGAAGCAGGGCCUGACAGUCAGAGCAGGUUGUCCUAUCAGACUGUGUGCCACCAUCAGAGGCAGACCACCUCCCAAGGUGACUUGGAGGAGGAUGGGCAUUGACAAUGUAGUCAGAAGAGGAAAGGUCGACCUCAUUGACACCAUGACCUUCCUCAUCAUCCCUGACAGCACCCGCGAUGACUCUGGCAAAUAUUGCUUGACCCUGCAGAGUCCUGCUGGAGAGAAGGCUGUGUUUGUCAAUGUUAAGGUUCUAGAUACACCUGGGCCAGUGAUGAAUCUGGAAGCUGGCGACAUCACACAGACAUCAGUAAUGCUGUCCUGGACUCUUCCAGAAAACAAUGGCGGCAGUGAAGUCACUCAUUACAUUGUUGAGAAGCGUGAGAUUGACCGUAAGACAUGGGCAACUGUCAAGGCUGAAGUUGAGAAGGAUAAGGUUCCCUUCAAAGUGGGUGGUCUAAUUCCUGGCACUGAAUACUACUUCAGAAUAACAGCUGUCAAUGAGUAUGGUUCUGGAGUUCCCAAAGUGACACCUACUUCUUACCUUGCUACCGAUCCACUCAGUAAGCCAGAUCCUUGUAUCAAGAUUGAGGUCCUGGAGAUCACUAAGAACAGUGCAACAGUUGGUUGGGUGAAGCCUGCAAGGAAUGGUGGGGCCAAAAUAGAUGGUUAUGUAAUUGAAUAUAUCGAGUUCAAACCUCCUCCACCACCUCCAGUCCCUGUGGAGGUUCCAGAUGGACAGGAAGCUCCACCACCACCGCCACCUCCUGCAGUAGAAGAAGAAGAGGAAGCCAAACCUGCAAAGGAAGAGUGGAAUUCCUAUACCACAGUGAAAGGUUUGACUGUCUCCAUCAGUGGUUUAAAGGAAGGCAAGACAUACAAGUUCAGAGUUGCUGCCAAGAACAUCAUGGGUCUGAGUGUGUUCACUGAAACUAGGCAGCCUGUUGAGAUCAAGGAACAAAUGUUGGAGCCAAAGAUUGUCAUGCCAGAGACAGUGAGUGCCAGAGCUGGAGCCAAACUCAGAGUGGAGGCACUGGUUUCUGGAAAACCAGCCCCGACCUGCAAGUGGAUGCGUGGCAAGAACGCAGUUGUUCCAUCCAGCCGUCUGGCUGUGCAUCAGUCUGGAAACCUGGGUGUGCUGAUUGUCAAAGACGUGUCACGGACUGACAGUGGCGAGUAUAGUCUGGUAGCUGAGAACAGCUCGGCAAAGGUGGUUCAGACCCUGAAGAUUGUCAUCAGAGACAUUCCUGGUCCUCCUGAGGGUCCUGUGGAAAUCAGUGACAUUGAUUCUGAUGCAUGCUCACUGUCCUGGAACAAACCACUGGAAGAUGGAGGAAGCAAUAUCACCAGCUAUGUGGUGGAGAAAUGUGAUAUCAACAGAGGCGACUGGGUGACGGCUGUUUCUUCUUGCUCAAAAACCAGCUGCAGACUUGGAAAGCUCAUUCCUGGAAAAGAAUAUAUUUUCCGCAUUCGUGCUGAAAACCGCUUUGGCGUGUCAGACUCCAUUCACUCUGGCAGAAUGAUCGCCAAGUUCCCCUUCAAUGUUCCCAGUGAGCCCCUCAACUGCCGCAUCAACAAAACCAACAAGGACUGCAUGUUUGUGGCCUGGGAUAGGCCAGAGAGUGAUGGUGGCAGUCCCAUCACGGGUUACUACAUUGAGCGUAAAGAAAGAAACAGUCUGCUGUGGGUGAAGGCCAAUGACACAGUUGUCCGCAACACGGAAUACCCAUGUGCGGGACUCAUUGAGGGCCUAGAAUAUACCUUUAGAGUGUCAGCCAUCAAUCGUGCUGGCCAGGGCAAACCAAGCAAGAACACUGACUUUGUCACUGCCAGAACUCCUGUUGACACUCCAGGUAAACCUGAGGUCUUGGAUGUAACCAAGAACUCUGUCGCUCUGGUGUGGACCCGUCCCAAAAAUGAUGGUGGAAGCAAGAUCAUUGGGUACUAUGUUGAGGCCAUGCGGGUGCCAGGAGACAUUUGGGUGCGCUGCAACACCAGCAGCCAGAAUGUCCCAAGAGAGGAAUAUACAGUGACUGGCCUAGAAAGAGACCUGCAGUACCAAUUCAGAGUCAUUGCCAAAACUGCUGUCAACUUCAGCAAACCUUCAGAGCCCACAGAUCCAAUCCUGGUCUGUGCUGAGAACGUUCCUCCAAGGGUGGAGCUCAAUGCCAGGAUGCAGAAAGGCUUUAAAGUUAAAGCUGGCUCCACAGUACUCCUUGAGGCUGAGGUGUUUGGUAAACCUAUGCCCAGAGUGACAUGGAAGAGAGGUGAUGAUAGCUUGAAGUCAGGGUACGGCCAGGUUAUCACCCAACAAAGGAAUCUUUUCCAGUUGGAGAUGCAAGCUGUCACUAAGGAGCACACAGGAACCUAUACGAUCCUUGCCGAGAAUGCAAGUGGAUCUAAGAUAGCUGUGAUCCAGGUCAACGUCCUGGAUGUGCCAGGCGCUCCUGCCAGUUGGAAAUAUAUUGAGGUGCUUGCUGCCAGCAUCAAGCUGUCUUGGGAACCUCCUGUGAAGGAUGGUGGUUCAGCUAUCAGAAGCUAUAUUGUGGACAAGCGUGAAACAAGCCGAGCUAAUUGGGCCCAAGUCUCCUCCAAGAUCAAAGGUGAUGUCCUAGAGUUUAAUGUGGAGAAGCUCAUUGAGGGUCAUGAGUACCAGUUCCGAAUCCGUGCUGAGAACAUGUGGGGAGUUGGAGAUCCACUUACCACCAACCCUGUUGUUGCCAAAAACCCAUUCACUGUCCCUGGCCCUUGCGAGGCCCCAGUAAUCACUAAUGUGACCAAAGACCGUAUGACUGUGAGCUGGAAGGAGCCUGUCGAUGAUGGGAAGUCUGCCAUUUUGGGAUACAUGCUGGAAAAGAAGGAGACUAAGGAACUGAACUGGACCAAGAUGAACAGAAAACUCAUAAUUGACAGGACCCUGGAUGUCAUAGGUCUCACGGAGGGAGCUGAGUAUGAGUUCAAAGUCUUUGCUGUUAACUUAGCAGGGACUGGAAAAGCUAGCGAACCUUCCUCUGCCACAAUUGCACAGAAUCCUUUCACACCUCCUGGCCCAGUUGUGAAUCCAAGCGUGACAGAUACUGCCAGCAGCACCAUCAGUCUCACCUGGACUGUACCCACUAACAAUGGUGGAAGUCCUAUAAUUGGAUACUUGGUGGAGUGCAAGAGGACUGACACAACAGACUGGAUCCGCUGCAAUGUCCCCAGGAACCUGCAGGAGACCAACUAUGUCAUCCAGAAUCUCAUUGAAAAGGCUGAGUACCAGUGUCGGAUCACUGCUGUUAACAAGGUUGGCUUUGGUGAACCAGCUGAAGUACUGGGCAAACAUGUUGCCAAAGAUAUAAUUAUUGCUCCAGAGGCAGAGCUGAGUGCAGAGCUAAAACAUGGCCUAGAGUUGCACGCUGGUGCCACGAUGAGGCUGAGGGCUGUCAUCAAGGGGCGUCCCAAUCCCAAGAUCACUUGGGCAAAAAUGAACACCAACAUCAAAGACCGUCAGGGCAUAGUUAUCAAGUCUACAAGCACUGACACCAUGGUGAUGGUAGAGAAUGUCAACAGAUAUGACGCUGGCAAAUAUGUUCUUAACCUUGACAGCGUGGCUGGCAUGAAGAUGUACACCAUCACUGUCAAGGUCCUUGACACUCCUGGACCUCCAGUCAAUCUCAUAGUGAAAGAGACAACCAAGGACAGUGCCUCCAUCUACUGGGAUGCUCCUCUAAUUGAUGGUGGUUAUGAAGUAACCCACUACAUCGUAGAGAAGCGUGACACUGAAAGGAAGGCAUGGUCCAUUGUCUCCAACAGCUGCCCCAAGACAUUGUUUGAUGUUCCAGACUUGGAUGCUGGACGGUCCUAUUUCUUUAGAGUGUCGGCAGUUAACCAGCUUGGUGUUGGAGAGACCUGUGAGACAGCUGACUCUGUCAGAGCAAUGGAGGAACCUGGGGCUGUCAUGGACUUCAAGACCCUGCUGGUUACCAAGGACUCCUCUACUUUGAGCUGGAAGAAACCCCUUACUGAUGGUGGCAGUCGGAUCACAUGCUACAUCCUAGAGGUUCUUAAUGGUGAAGACAAGUAUAAGGAGCUUAUGAGAUCAAAGAACAUGCAGUACAGUGCCAAAGACCUGGUGGAGGGCAAAGAGUAUACUUACAGAGUCAAGGCUGUGAAUGACUCAGGAGAGGGCACUGCAAAGGAGCUGAAGGUGGUUGCUAAGGACCAGAUCAUUCAUCCCAACUGUGAUUUGAAGGACCUGCCCAACAUGUGCUACAUUGCCAAAGAGGGCAGCACUGUCCGUCUGAAAAUCCCAAUCACUGGCAAACCUGCACCCAAGGUCUCUUGGAAGAAGGGAGAUGAUGAAGACCUUACAGACACUGGGCGGGUGUGUGCAGAGUCUUCUGCAGUCAACACUACCCUCGUCAUCAGAGACUGUCAGAGGAGUGAUGCUUCCAAGUACACCAUCAACCUGAGAAACAGCGCUGGAAGUAAGGAGUCCACCAUCUUCAUCAGGGUGGUAGGUAAACCUGGCAUCCCCAUUGGACCCAUUAAGUUCAAAGAUGUUACAGCUGAUGGUGCUAUCCUGAAGUGGGGCGCUCCCAAAGAUGAUGGUGGCUCAGACAUCACAAACUACAUCCUGGAAAAGAGAGACUCCAUCACCAAUAUGUGGGUGACUGUGUCCUCUGCUGUGGAGACGAACAGUAUGCAUGUGACUGGCCUCCAUGAGAGCACAGAAUAUAUUUUCAGAGUAUGUGCUGAGAACAAGUAUGGUGUGGGAGAAGGACUCAAGUCUGACCCUGUUGUUGCUAAACAUCCAUUCAAUGUUCCAGAUGCUCCUUUACCUCCUCAAAUUAUGAGCAUGCGCCAUGACUCUGCUUACCUAGCCUGGUCUGACCCCAGGAAAACUGGAGGAUCUCCAAUCACAGGCUACCAUGUUGAUGUCAAAGAGAGGAACAGUAUUUUGUGGAAAAGAGCAAGCCCUGCUGCCUUAAAAAUGAAGGAGCACAAAGUCACUGGGCUGACUGAAGGCCUUGAAUAUGAGUUCAGAGUCAUGGCUGUCAAUCUUGCUGGCAUUGGCAGACCAAGCACCCCAACAGAUCCACAGGUGGCUCUUGAUCCCAUUGAUGCUCCUGGUAAACCUGAAGUAAUUAGCAUCACCCGAAGCACUGUAACCCUUCAGUGGAGCGAACCACAGUUUGAUGGUGGCCACAGGUUGACAGGCUACAUUGUUGAAAGGCGCGACCUGCCGUCUAAGGUCUGGGUGAAAGCCAAUAAUGUGAAUCUUGUGGAGCCUGCAUUUACUGUCACUGAUCUCCAGGAGGGUUGUAAAUAUGAGUUCAGAAUCAGGGCAAAGAAUGCUGCUGGUGCUCUCAGCCCACCUUCUGAACAGACAGAUACAAUUAUCUGCAGAGAUGAAUAUGCUGCACCAACCAUUAUUAUUGAUGCGCAGGUGAUGGAGGGACUGACUGUCCGAGCUGGUGAUACAAUUGUCAUCACUGCCACAAGCAUAUUAGGCAAACCUGCACCGACCUCAUGCUGGUCAAAGGCAGGGAAAUACUUUAAACCCUCUGACCUUGUUCAUAUUGAAAACACUGUAAAUUCCUCUACUCUGUCCAUCAAAUAUGCCAGUAGAAACGACUCUGGAGAAUAUACCAUUACUGCCAGCAACCCCUUUGGUGUAAAGGAGGAAACCGUAAAAGUCAAAGUUCUGGAUGUUCCUGGGGCUCCUGGACCAAUCGAAUGUAGUGGUAUUUCUUCCGAAAAAGUUACACUAACAUGGACAGCCCCAACUGAGGAUGGAGGUUUUCCAAUUAAGUAUUACACCCUGGAGAAAAGGGAGACCAGCCGCCUACUCUGGACUGUUCUGGAAGAGAAGGUCAUCGAAUGUCACUACGUGGCCAACAAGCUCAUCCAGGGCAAUGAAUAUUUCUUUAGGGUAUCUGCCAUUAACCAGUAUGGUGCCAGUGAACCUUCUCAUUCUGAGGCGGUAAAGAUGGUUGAUAGAUUUGGUCCUCCUGGUCCACCAUCCAAGCCAGAGGUUGAAAAAGUUGAUGGGCAUUCAGCUACUGUGACCUGGAGGAGACCCACUGAAGAUGGAGGAAGUGAUAUUAUAGGCUACAGUGUUGAAAGGAAAGAGAAAAGGGGAAUGAGAUGGAUCAGAGCAUCUAAGAAAUCUGUUGCUGAGCUCAGCUAUGAAGUCACUGGUCUCACUGAGGGUGUUGAGUAUGAAUUCCGUGUUAUUGCUGAGAAUAGAGCUGGAUUUGGAGAGCCCAGUGAACCAUCUAUGUCUGUCAGGACGGUUGUUGCUGCUUUUGUGCCUGGACCUCCAGUGAAUCCACGAGUCACAGAUAUAACCAAGACUACUGCCACCCUCAACUGGGGAAAACCUCUUGACAAUGGUGGACUUGAAGUCACAGGGUAUCUAAUAGAGCACAAAAAGGAAGGAACAGAAGUCUGGAUUAAAGAUACUCCAUCUCCACUUAGGAUCACAGAGUUUGUUGUUUCAGAUCUGCAAACUCAUGCAAAAUAUUACUUCAGGAUUAGCGCUGUGAAUGCAAAAGGAGUUGGUGAACCUGCUGAGACCCUGGAACUAGUAGAGAUUAUAGAAUGUGCAGCUGAACCAGACUUAGAGCUGGAUGUUGAGCUGAGAAGAACUCUUGUGGUCAAGGCUGGUUGCUCCAUUCGACUCUUUGUACCAAUCAAGGGACGUCCUACACCCACAGUUACCUGGACCAAGGAAGGUAGUCCUGUCCUACGUGCGGUCAUCGACAGCACUGAGUCCUUUACAAUGCUGCUCAUUCCUGAGAGUUCAAGGAUUGAUGCAGGGAAAUAUGAGCUUACCCUCGAAAACUCAGCUGGGAAGAAGAGUGCUGAUAUACACGUGAGAGUUCUUAGUUCACCUGGACCUCCACUCAACCUAAAACCAUUCAGAAUUGACAAGGAAAGCAUUACUCUUGAGUGGGAUUUGCCUCUUAUUGAUGGUGGAUCCAAGAUCACAAAUUAUAUAAUUGAGAAAAGAGAAUCAACACGCAAAGCUUUUGCUACUGUUAUAACAAACUGCCCAACCACUUCAGUCAAUGUUGGGGAGCUGGGUGAAGGCUGUGAGUACUAUUUCAGAGUGUCUGCUGAAAAUGAGUAUGGAAUUGGUGAGGCUGUUGAAACGGCAGAUCCAAUUCGUGCUUCCCAGGCACCAACUCCACCAGGAAGUAUUAUUCCUACUGACAUAACUAAAAACUUUGUGAGCCUUGCUUGGACCAAACCAAAGCAUGAUGGUGGAAGCAGAAUUACAGGAUAUGUCCUGGAAGCCCAAAAGAAGGGAAGUGAUCAAUGGAGCCAUGUAACAACAGUCAAGGCGAUGGAUUUCACAGUGAAGAGUCUAAAUGAGAAUGAGGAAUACAUUUUCCGUGUAAUGGCUGUCAACCUGUCUGGUAGAAGCACUCCUCGUGACAGUAAACCCAUUGUUGUCAGGGAUUCUACUUCACUGCCGGAGUUUGAUCUGCGGGGUGUUUGCCAGAAGACAGUUAUUGCCAAGGCAGGAGAUGACAUCAAGGUUGAAAUUCCAGUUAUGGGACGUCCUAGACCGACAGUCUCUUGGCUGAAAGAUGGUCAAGCCCUGAAGCUUACACAGAGAACCAAUGUUGAGACUACUGCUGCUACUGUUAUCCUCAGCGUCAAUGAGUGCACCAGAGCAGACAGUGGUACUUACACUAUGACAGGAAAGAAUAUUGUUGGCUCAGUGACAGACAACAUCUUUAUUAAAGUACAAGACGUCCCUGGUCCACCUAGGGGACCAGUCAAGAUUGUGGAGAUAGCUCGUACUUAUUGCAUUUUUGCAUGGGAGACGCCUGAAAAUGAUGGAGGUGUUCCAAUCAACAAUUAUGUUGUUGAAAUUAGAGACACCACUUCCCAGACAUGGACAGAGCUGUCUACCCAAGCCAUUCGUACUAUGUUCAAAGCCACAAGGUUAACCACUGGAUCUGAGUACCAGUUUAGAGUGAAGGCUAAGAACAGAUAUGGUGUUGGACCACCCAUCACUUCAGAGGCAGUAGUGGCUGCCUAUCCAUUCAAAGUGCCUGGACCUCCUGGUACUCCUAAUGCUGUUGCAUUUACCAAAGAUUCCAUAACAAUUGGCUGGAAUGAGCCUGUGUCUGAUGGUGGAAAUGAAGUAAUUGGUUAUCAUGUAGAGAGGAAAGAAAGAAACAGUAUUGUGUGGAUUAAGAUCAGCAAGAGUAUUGUAAAAGGAAAUAUCUUCAAAUCCAGUGGGCUUGAGGGUGGAAUUGCCUACGAGUUUCGUGUUAUGGCUGAAAACAUGGCUGGAAUUGGUAAGCCCAGCAAGGCUUCAGAACCAAUACUGGCCUUGGAUCCUGUAGACCCACCAGGUCAGCCUGCACCAAUAUUUGUCAACAAGAAUGUCAUUACGGUUCAGUGGACAAAGCCAGAAUAUGAUGGUGGUUUUAAAAUCACCGGCUACACUGUAGAAAAGAGAGAACUGCCUGCUGGUCGAUGGAUUAGAGCAAACUUUACUAACAUCAUUGAGACGUCCUUCACUAUCAGUGGACUGACUCAAGAUGCCUCCUAUGAAUUCCGUGUCUUGGCUAGAAACUCAGCAGGUGCAGUAAGUAUGCCCUCUGAGCCUUCAGAUCCAAUUAUUUGCAAAGAUGACAUCAUUGUACCACGUAUUAUGGUGGAUGCCAUUUUUAAGGAUGCUAUUCUAGUAAAGGCAGGAGAGUCCUUUAAGCUUGAUGCUGACAUUGCUGGUCAACCAACACCUUCUAUGGUUUGGAACAAGAAUGGCAAAGAGGUUGAAAACACAUUGAAACUAGAAGUGAAGUUCACUGAACUGACUACAGCUUUAACCAACAAGGACUCUGUCAGAUCAGAUGGAGGAGAAUUUGUCUUGACUGCCACUAAUGUCGGUGGAUUUGCUAAGCACAUUUUCAAGGUUAAAGUUCUUGACAGACCUGGACCACCAGUUGGACCUCUUGAGGUAUCUAAUGUCACAGCUGACAACUGUGUACUCACAUGGGCUCCACCUGCUGAUGAUGGUGGUGCCAAUAUUGAAGGUUAUGUGAUUGAGAAGCGUGAGUCAAGCAGAUUGGUUUGGACCAGUGUGGUUACAGACCUACAAGUAACACAGUAUAAGGUGACCAAACUGCUCAAAGGAGAUGAAUACAUCUUUAGAGUAAUGGCACUAAACAAGUAUGGAUUGGGUGAGGCUCUUAUUUCAAAUCCAACCAUUGCAGACAACCCAUAUGUGAUUUCAGAUCCUCCAGAAAAUCCAGAGGUGACGGCCACUACUAAAGAUUCGAUGGUUGUUAUGUGGCAAGCACCAAAAAGUGAUGGUGGAACACCUAUUAUCACCUACAAUGUUGAAAGAAAAGACAGAAUAGGCCUACGCUGGGUCAAAUGCAACAAGAGAAAGGUCAAAGAUCUACAAUUCAAGGUAACAGGCCUUGUUGUUGGACAUGAAUAUGAAUUCAGAAUCACUGCUGAGAAUGCUGUUGGUGUGAGUAAUCCAAGUGUUAACAGUCCAUUCUACAAAGCAACUGAUGCGCUGUAUAAGCCAGGUGCUCCAUGCAAUCCCAGAAUUUUGGACACAACUAAGUCCUCAAUUACUGUUGCCUGGAACAAACCUGUAUAUGAUGGUGGCUCUGAAAUUAUUGGCUACAUUGUUGAAACCUGCAUCCUAUCUGAAAACAAGGAAGAGGAUGAAUGGACCAUUGUGACACCCAAAGGGGUUUUAGUUGCCACUUCAUUCACCAUAAUCAAUCUGAAAGAGAAUCAGGAGUACAAGAUUAACAUUUCUGCAGUAAAUGGUGAAGGAAUUGGAGAAGCAGCAUACGUACCUGGUAAUGCCAAGGCAGAGGACAGGCUUCUCCCGCCAGAGAUUGAUUUGGAUGCUGAACUCCGCAAGGUUGUCAGUCUUAGAGCUUGUUGUUCACUUAGACUGUUUGUGCCGAUCAGAGGCAGACCGGUCCCUCAAGCUAAAUGGACAAAAGGAGAUGGGGAGCCUAUUGAAAGGGCAACCAUUGAAAGCACAUCGUCUUAUACAUUACUUGUAAUUGAAAACGUCAAUAGAUUUGACAGUGGAAAGUAUAAUCUUACAGUUGAAAACAGUUCUGGCUCUAAGACUGUUGCGGUUCAUGUCAGGGUACUUGAUACUCCAAGCGCUCCACAGAAUUUAAAGAUUACUGCUGUGACAAAUGAAGCUGUUUCUCUUACUUGGGAACCACCACUGAAUGAUGGAGGAGUAAAGAUUAAGAACUAUAUUGUUGAAAAACGUGAGUCCACAAGGAAGGCAUAUGCCACAGUCAGCGCCAACUGCCAUCAUACUACGUUCACAGUGAGCCAGCUCCUGGAAGGUUGUAACUAUUACUUUAGAGUUCUAGCUGAGAAUGAAUAUGGUAUCGGCUUACCCAUUGAGACUGGGGAAUCAGUUAAAGUGUCUGAGAAACCACAGCCACCAGGCAAAAUAACUCUUAAGGAUGUUACCAAAAAUAGUGUCACACUCUCCUGGGAAAGGCCAGAGCAUGAUGGUGGUAGCAGAGUGGGGUGCUAUGUUGUUGAGAUUCAGCCUAAAGGAGUUGAUAAGUGGACCCAAGCUAUGAUUGUUAAAGACACAGAAGCUACAAUAAGUGGACUUAAUGCAGGGGAAGAAUAUAUGUUCCGUGUAGCAGCAAAAAAUGAAAAAGGAACGAGUGACCCACGUCAAAUUGGCGUGCCUGUAAUUGUAAAAGAGCUGGUGAUAGCACCUUUUGCCAAAAUACUGUUUAACACAUUCAGCGUGUUGGCAGGAGAAGACCUAAUAGUGGAGAUCCCAUAUGUGGCACGCCCCAAGGCAGCCGUCACCUGGGCUAAAGAUGGUCAGCCGUUAAAAAGAACUACCAGAGUAAACUUUGAUGCAACAGACACAAUGCUAAACCUUAGCAUUAAAGAAGCCACUAAAGACGAUGUUGGUCAGUAUCUUAUUAGUCUUGGCAACACAGCAGGACAAACAACUGCAGAUAUUGGAAUUGUUGUUCUUGACAAACCUGGCCAGCCAGGGGGGCCAGUUGAGGUGGAGGAAGUCACUUCUGACAGUGUAACCAUCUUAUGGAACGCACCAGACUAUGAUGGUGGUUGCAGUAUCAAAAACUACAUUGUGGAAAAGAGAGACACUUCUACGACUAACUGGGUGGUUGUAUCACCUAACCUUGCAAGGACCAAAAUAAAGGCAGGUAGACUGAAGACUGGUUCUGAAUAUCAGUUUAGAAUCACAGCAGAGAACAGAUAUGGAAAAGGUGCAAGUCUUUUAUCAGGGUGUAUUGUGGCUCAAUACCCGUACAAGCUCCCAGGAUCUCCUGGAACACCAUCUAUUGCAGCUUGGACCAAAGAUAGCAUGCUGGUGGCUUGGAAUGAACCAGUGAAUGAUGGUGGAAGUCCAAUAUUAGGCUAUCAUCUUGAACGCAAAGAGAGAAAUAGCAUUCUUUGGGUCAAACUAAAUAAGUCUCUUAUUACUGACCAAACAUUUAAGACCAGUGGUCUGGAAGCAGGCAUGGAGUAUGAAUACAGAGUUUAUGCUGAAAACAUUGUUGGAAUAGGAAAAGCAAGCAAAGUGUCUGAGGGUCAUGUUGCAAGAGACCCAUGUGAUGCUCCAGGCACCCCAGAGGCAACCAAGAUUACCAAGAACUCUGUGACUAUUGCCUGGACAAAGCCUGAGUAUGAUGGUGGUGCAAAGGUUACAGGUUACAUUGUGGAAAAGAAAGAGCUUCCUGAAGGGCGCUGGCUGAAGGCUAACUUCACUAAUGUAAUUGAAACAGAAUAUGUUGCAACUGGACUUGUGGAAGACAAUCAGUAUGAGUUCCGUGUUAUAGCAAGAAAUGCUGCUGGGGUUUUCAGCCUCCCCUCUUACAGCAGUGGUCCAAUCACAGCCAGGGAUGAGAUUGAGCCACCACAUAUAAGCAUUGACCCAGAGUACACACAAGCUAUCGUAAUUAAUGCUGGCGAUAAUUUCAAGAUUGAUGCAGAUGUUCAAGGCAAGCCAUUGCCCUCUAUACACUGGAUGAAAGGAGAGCAAGAACUAAGUAACACUAUUCAUAGAGAAAUUAAGAACAGUCCCACAAAAGCUAACAUAUGUGUGAAGGAAGCUAAACUUUCUGAUGGAGGCCAGUACACACUGCUGUUAAAAAAUCCUGGAGGUGAAAAGACUGCACAGGUCAAUGUAAUUGUUCUAGAUAAACCUGGAGAACCACAAGGACCUCUUGUCAUUACAGGAAUAAUGAAAGACCAAUGUUGUCUUUCAUGGAAAUCCCCACUACAAGAUGGUGGCAGCAAGAUCUCUCACUACACUGUGGAAAAGAGAGAAACAAGCAGACUAGUCUGGACUGUUGUUGACCCAAAAGUGGAGAAUACUUGUCUAAAGGUUACAAAACUUCUGGAAGGAAAUGAAUACAUCUUUAGAGUCUGUGCACUAAACCAGUUUGGAGCAGGGGCACCACUUGAAUCUGCUACCGUGAUAAUCAAAGAUCCAUAUGUGCCCCCUGGUUCACCUAAGAACAUAGAGGUUUCAGACAUUAAAAAAGAUUCAAUGGUUCUUACCUGGGAGUCUCCAUCUGAAGAUGGAGGCAGUCCUGUGAUUGGAUAUGUAAUUGAGAAACAUGACAAAGAGGGUGUAAGAUGGACCAGAUGCAACCGGCAAAUUGUCACUGACUUCACUUUUAAAGUGUCUGGACUCCUGGAAAGCCAUAUUUAUGAAUUCAGAGUGGCUGCUGAGAACGCUGUUGGCAUUGGAAACCCAAGCACUCCAACUGUCUUCUACAAAGCUCUUGAUCCCAUCUUCAGGCCUGGACCACCACAUAAUCCAAGAGUUACUGACACAACAAAAGCAUCAGUAUUUCUGUCAUGGGGAAAGCCAGCCUGUGAUGGAGGCUGUAAAAUUCAGGGUUACAUUGUUGAGUGCUGCACUACUAUAGUGUCACCUGAACCUCCAGCUGCAGAUGCACCUGCAGAAGAAUGGAUAAUCUGCACACCACCACCAGGUGUCAAAAAAAACAAGUUUGAAGUUACAAACCUGAAGGAGAAUCAGUCAUACAAGUUCAGAGUAUGUGCUAUCAAUAAAGUUGGAGUUGGUGAACAUGCUGAUGUCCCUGGGGUUGUUGUUGCCCAGGAAAGGGCAGAAGAGCCAGACCUUGAUAUUGACCCAGAACUGAGAAAGAUUGUAACUAUUAAAGCUGGAACUUCGCUUCGCCUGUUCAUCCCUGUUAAAGGAAAGCCUACUCCUAUCAUCAAGUGGAACAAAGAUGAAGCUGCCCUUAAAGAGAGUGCUCAAGUUGAGGUGACAAGCAGUUACACAUCCCUUGUGAUUGACAAAAUGGAUAGAAAUGACAGUGGGAAAUAUGCUGUUACUGCAGAAAACCCCAGUGGGAGCAAAUGUGCAGUUGUUGUCGUUCGUGUUCUUGACACACCUGAUGCUCCAGUCAAGCUUAAGGUGAAAGAAAUUACAAACCAGUCAGUAACACUUGCAUGGGAGCCACCUUUGUUGGAUGGCGGAUCCAAGAUUAAGAACUACAUUGUUGAAAAGAGAGAAAGUACGCGCAAAACUUAUGCAGCUGUUGUAACAAACUGCCAUGCCCUUUUAUGGAAAAUUGAACCACUCCAGGAGGGUUGCAGUUACUAUUUUCGAGUCUUUGCUGAGAAUGCACAUGGUGUUGGCUUACCUGCUGCCACUGUUGACCCUAUUAAGGCCUCAGAAGUGCCACAGUCUCCAAAGAGCUUAAUUGUGACAGACCAAACCAAAACGAGUAUUUCUUUGGCAUGGGAGAAACCUGACUAUGAUGGUGGUAGCAGGGUCAUGCAGUAUCUACUUGAGGUGCAGCUUAAGGGUCAAACAAAAUGGUCCAAUGUUAAUACAUACAAGACAAUAGAAGCCACUGUUUCCAAUCUCAACCCAGGAGAAGAGUAUCUGUUCAGAAUCACAGCAGUCAAUGAUAAAGGAAAAAGUGACCCCAAAGUUCUCACUGGUCCAGUAAUGACCAAGGACUUGAUCUUUGAGCCAGAUGUUCGACCAGCAUUCAGCAGCUACAGUGUCAAUGUGGGAAAAGACCUAAAAAUUGACAUUCCUAUCUUUGGACGUCCUAAGCCAACAGUCACAUGGUCCAAAGAUGGAGCUCCUUUGAAGUUUACUACAAGAGUCAACAUCAUUGAUGUACUAACACAUACAACACUUAGCAUUAAGGAUGCAGCCGGUGAUGACGGUGGCAUGUACAGCAUAAGUGUUGCUAACUCAGCUGGAAAGAAGGACACAACAGUUGAAAUCAUUGUACUUGACAAGCCUGGCCCUCCAUCUGGCCCCGUGAGGUUUGAUGAAAUCACAACACAAACUGUUACUAUUUCAUGGGACCCACCUAAACACAAUGGUGGCUGCCAGAUUUCAAACUAUAUUGUGCAGAAGAGAGAUACCACAACAACAACAUGGGAAAAUGUGAGCAUCAACUGUGCCAGAACUACCAUCAAAGUGCCAAGACUUAAGACUGGAGCAGAGUAUCAGUUCAGGAUCAUUGCUCAGAAUCGCUAUGGCAAGAGUCAUGGUUUGGAUUCAUCUUCUGUGGUUGCUCAGUACCCAUACAGGGAACCAGGUCCCCCAGGCACUCCUUUCAUCUCGUCUCUCUCUAGAGGCCACCAAAUUGUUGAGUGGCAUGAACCUGUCACAGAUGGAGGCAGCCCUGUUCUUGGCUACCAUCUGGAAAGGAAGGAAAGGAAUAGUAUUCUUUGGGUUAAAAUCAACAAGGCUCUUAUUCAUGAGACCAGUUUCAAGUCACAACCCUUGGAGGAAGGUGUUGAGUAUGAGUACAAGGUUUAUGCCGAAAAUAUUGUUGGGAUUGGCCGAUGCAGUAAAGUUUCAGAGGGCUGUGUUGCACGUGACCCUUGUGACCCCCCUGGCACACCAGAGGCCAUCCAUGUUAAUAAAGACACCAUUGUCAUUCAGUGGACUAAACCAGAGUAUGACGGUGGCAGUAAUAUUACUGGCUAUAUUGUGGAGAAGCGUGACCUGCCUGAGGGAAGGUGGGUAAGGGCAAACUUUACCAAUGUGACCGAGACUCAGUUUACUGUUACUGGUCUGACUGAGAAUGCACAGUAUGACUUCAGAGUCAUUGCUAAAAAUGCUGUCGGGACCAUAAGCAAGCCAUCCUACAACAGUGGACCUAUCACUGCAAGUGAUAUAAUUGAGGCACCGAAAUUUUCUAUUGACCCCGCAUUGACCAAGACAAUUGUAAUUAAUGCUGGAGAGACAUUCAAGCUAGAUGCUGAUCUUCGUGGAAAACCUAUUCCUACAAUCCAGUGGUUCAAGGAUGAUAAACCGUUAGAGAACACACUUAGAAUAGAGAUCAAAAACACAGAAAAUCAUGCCAUGGUCGUCAUUAAGGACUCUGUCAGGAUUGAUGGUGGAAUGUACACACUUCUGGUGGAAAAUGAGGCUGGCAGUGAAACUGUUCCUUUCAACGUUGUGGUCCUGGACAGGCCUAGCCCAUGUGAAGGACCUCUACACAUCACUGGUGUAGCUGAAGAUAGAUGCACAUUGGUAUGGCGAGCUCCUAUACAUGAUGGAGGUAGUCCUAUAACGCAUUAUGUCAUUGAAAGAAGAGAGACAAGUCGUCUUGCUUGGACUGUUGUUUCUAACAGUUGUGAGGCUAUUUGCUACAAAGUCACCAAAUUACUAGAAGGCAAUGAGUAUAUGUUCCGUGUUUUUGCAGUUAACAGUUAUGGUAUUAGUGAGCCACUGGAAUCCAGUGGAGUGAUUAUGAAGACCCCAUUUGUGUUUCCUGGUGCACCCCAUAUUCAGGAUGUAUACAACAUUACCCAUGAUGGAAUGACUAUUACAUGGUCUGCACCUGAAAGCGAUGGUGGAAGUGAGAUUAUCAAUUACAUUAUUGAAAAGAAGGACAGAAGUGGAAUAAAAUGGACAAGAUGCAAUAGACAAAGUGUAACUGACCUCUCCUUCAGAGUCACAGGCCUAACCACUGGUCAUGAGUAUGAGUUCCGAGUGGCUGCUGAAAAUUUAGUUGGUAUGGGAGAGCCAAGUCUUCCAAGUUCAUACUAUAAGGCUUGCGAUCCUAAAUACAAACCUGGUUCUCCAGCAUAUGUGAGUUUGAUUGACUCUACAAAAAGUUCUAUUACACUGUCAUGGGGCAAGCCACUGUCUGAUGGUGGAAGCGCAAUUCAGGGAUAUAUUGUUGAAGUCUGCAAGGCUGAGGAGGAGGAAUGGAGCAUGGUUACACCCCCAACUGGCUUGCGGGUCAACAAAUAUGAAAUUACCAAGCUUACUGAGGGCCAGGAAUACAAGAUUCGAGUGUGUGCUCUAAACAAACUCGGAGUUGGUGAAGCAGCAGCUCUCUCUGGAUCAGCUAAGACAGAAGAAAGACUGGACACACCACAAAUCCAACUUGACUCUGAGCUGAGAAAAGGCAUAACAGUCAAAGCUGGUGCAUCUGUUAGAAUUCAUAUUCCGUUUAAGGGCAGGCCAGCACCUGAGAUUAAGUGGACUAAGGAUGAGGGUAUUCUGACUGAAAAGGCAGUAGUUGAGAAAGCUCUUAACUUCACACAGCUGUCCAUUGACUCGUGUGACAGAAGUGAUUCGGGAAAAUACACACUGAGCUUGACAAACUCCAGUGGCUCUGUAUCGGACUUUGUUGCUGUUAAAGUACUGGAUACACCAGGGGCUCCACAGAACCUUGUGGUUCAGGAUAUCAGAAAAGACUCUGUCACACUUGUCUGGGAUGCCCCACUGAUCGAUGGAGGUUCCAAAAUCAAGAACUAUGUGAUUGACAAACGUGAAUCAACCAGAAAGGCAUAUGCUAAUGUGUCCACUAAAUGCACAAAGACAACAUUCAAAGUUGAGAACUUGAUUGAAGGUGCUAUGUAUUAUUUCAGAAUUAUGGCUGAAAAUGACUAUGGAGUUGGCCAAGCUAUUGAAACUAAAACCGCUUCCAAGGCCUCUGAGGUACCACUACCUGUUGGAAAAGUUGUUCUCACUGAUGUCACCAAGACCACUGCCUCACUGGCCUGGGAGAAACCUCAACAUGAUGGAGGCAGUAAAAUUGGUGGCUACCUAAUCGAGAUGCAGCCUAAGGGUACAGACAAGUGGGGAAUUGCAGGCAAUACAAAGACUUGUGAGGGCACUGUCACAGGGCUCACUGUUGGAACUGAAUAUCUAUUUCGUAUCAUUGCUUUCAAUGAGAAGGGUAAGAGUGAACCAAUGGCACUUGCUGCACCUGUUAUUGCCAGUGACUUGACCAUAGAGCCAAGCAUCUCAAAGCAAUUCAACACUUACAGUGUAUUAGCUGGCAAAGAUCUAAGGUUGGAGUUCCCUGUGCUUGGCAGGCCCAAACCUAAAGUCACCUGGGCAAAGGAUGGGCAACCUUUAAAGGUGACAUCCAGAGUGAAUGUAGUAAACACACCUGCAACAACUGGAAUUCAAAUUACUGAGGCUUGCAAGGAGGAUUUUGGUAAAUAUUCAAUUACAGCUACGAAUACUGCCGGCACAGUCAUUGAGAAAGUGGCUGUCAUUAUCCUCGACAAACCUGGCGCACCAGUAGGUCCUGUAAAGGUAGUUGAAGUGAGUAACACUUUGGUCCAUCUCUCUUGGGAGCCCCCAGAGUACACAGGUGGAUGCCAGAUAAAGAACUAUAUUGUGGAAAAGAGAGACACCACCACCACAACGUGGCAGUCAGUUAUCACACAACUUGCUAGAACUGCUUUUAAAGUCACCAAGCUGAAGACUGGUGCAGAAUAUCAGUUUAGAAUAAUAGCUGAAAAUAGAUAUGGAAAGGGUGUCCCGUUGGAAUCCAAGGCCAUUGUUGUACAGUAUCCAUACAAACCACCAGGGCCUCCAGGGACGCCAUAUGUGAAAUCUGCUACAAAGGAAAUGAUGAUCAUUGAAUGGAAUGAGCCAGUCAGUGAUGGUGGAAGUGCAGUCAUUGGUUACCAUCUUGAAAGCAAGGAGAGAAGUAGCAUCCUUUGGAACAAACUGAACAAGACUCUGAUCACUGAUACUCAGUUCAAGAUCUCCAAUCUUGAGGAGGGUGUUGGAUAUGAAUUUAGAGCUUAUGCUGAAAAUAUUGUUGGCAUAGGGAGAUGCAGCAAAGUGUCAGAGUCUUUUGUUGCUCGGGACCCAUGUGAUGCUCCAGGUGCACCUGAAGCUGUGUCUAUUUCUAAGAAUCUAAUAAAAAUCCAGUGGACUAAACCUCAGUAUGAUGGUGGCAGCAAAGUGACUGGAUAUAUUGUAGAAAAGAAAGAUCUUUCCUCCCCUGAUAUCCGUUGGGUGCGAGCUAACUUCACAAACAUCAUUGACACUAAAUAUACUGUAACCGGUCUGACAGACAAUGAGCAAUAUGAAUUCAGAGUUAUUGCAAGAAAUGCAGCUGGUGUAUUCAGUGGGCCAUCUGACAGCUCAGGACCUAUUACUGCUACUGAUGAAAUUGAACCCCCACGGGCCUCAAUGGACCCAAAAUACAAGGAUGUAAUUGUUGUAAAUGCUGGAGAAUAUCUGCUUCUUGAUGCAGAUAUUCAUGGGAAACCAAUUCCUGAUGUUAUCUGGCUAAAAGAGGGCAAAGAAAUGGAAAAGGCCCUUCGUAUUGAAGAGAGAACUACACACAAACGUGCAGCCAUAACCAUUAAAGAUGUAACCAUACUUGACAGCGGCCACUAUGAACUUGUCCUCAAAAAUAUAGGUGGUACAAAAGCCUUUCCAAUUACUGUCAAAGUCCUUGACAAACCAGGUCCACCUACUGGACCCUUGAAGGUGACAGGAGUCAUGGCUGACAGGUGCAUCCUUACGUGGUCUGAACCAAAGCUAGAUGGGGGAGCUAAUAUUACUCACUAUGUCUUGGAGAAGAGAGAGACCAGUAGACUUUCUUGGACUUUGGCUGCAUCAGAUAUCAAGAGUCUGUACCACAAACUAACAAACUUGCUCCCUGGAGAUGAAUAUAUUUUUAGAGUCAGGGGAGUCAACAAGUAUGGAAAGGGCGAUUAUCUUGAGAGCGAACCUAUCAUUGCACGCAAUCCUUUCAAGCCACCUACUGCUCCUGGAAGUCCAGAAGCAAGUCAGAUUACUAAGGACUCCAUGGUUCUGUCAUGGACUGUUCCAGAACAGACUGGUGGAGCUGACAUUACAGGCUACCACCUUGAGAAACGUGACAAAGACAGUGUAAGGUGGACAAAAUGUAACAGACAAAAGCUGAUGGACACCCACUUCAAGGUCACUGGUCUAAUGACGGAUCACUUUUAUGAAUUCCGUGUUGCAGCUGAGAAUGAAGCUGGAAUAAGUGACCUCAGUGAACUGUCCUUAUUCUAUAGAGCCUGUGAUGCCACAACACCACCUGGACCUCCACACCACCCAAAGGUGACAGAUUACACAAAGUCAUCUGUGUCACUGUCCUGGGGAAAGCCUGCCUUUGAUGGUGGUGCUUAUGUCAAGUGCUACAUUGUUGAAAUGCGGGAGUAUACACCUGUGUCUGAAUCAACCAUGGGGGCAGAAGUAGCACCAGCAGUAGAGGCAAUAGUUGAAAAAGAAUGGACCAUGUGCACACCACCCACUGGAAUUCAAGCCACAAAACUCACAAUCACAGACCUGAAGGAGGGCACAGAGUACCAGUUUCGUGUCUGUGCAAUGAACUCUGAGGGAGUGGGUGAGGCAGCUAAUGUUCAUGGCACUAUAGUUACAUCUGACAGGGUAGAAGUACCAGAGAUUGAGCUAGAUGCUGAUCUCAGAAAGGUAGUAUCAGUCCGAGCUGGUGGAACUUUGCGUUUGUUUGUCAGCAUCAGAGGACGGCCCCAACCAGCUGUAAAAUGGGAGAAAGUUGAGGGUACUCUCACAGAUCGUGCAGUGAUUGACUCCACUAGUUCAUACACCAUGCUUGUCAUUGACAAUGUCAACCGCUUUGACAGUGGUAAAUAUUCACUGACUUUAAAUAACAACAGUGGAAGAAAAUCAGCAAUUAUUGCUGUGAGAAUUUUAGAUACACCAAGUGCACCCCAAAAUUUUGCUUUGAAGGAGAUUAAGAAGGAUUCAGUGACUCUUUCAUGGGACAGACCACUCACCGAUGGUGGUUCUAAAAUCACAAACUACAUAGUAGAGAAGAGGGAAUCAGUCAGGAAAGCCUACACAACUGUCACCAGCAAUUGCACAUCCAACACAUUCAAAAUUGAAGAUCUGCCUGAAGGUGGCAUCUUCUACUUCAGAGUCUGUGCUGUUAAUCAAUAUGGCCCAGGACAGAUGGUUGAAACCAAAGAAGUCAAAGUAUCUGAAGUACCUCUACCACCAAACAAAGUUAUGCUUGUAGAUUUGACAAAGACCAGUGUGUCACUGGCAUGGGAAAAAUCUGCUCAUGAUGGUGGAAGCAAAGUAAUGUGCUACAAUGUAGAGUUUAGGCCUAAGAAUGGGGACAAGUGGGGCACAGCAUGCACAGUCAAGGUGCCUGAAGCAACGAUUCCCAAUCUUACACCUAAUGAAGCAUAUUUAUUCAGAGUUGUUGCAAUCAAUGAAAAAGGAAAGAGUGAGCCAAAGGAUCUUGGCUUGCCGGUGGUUGCAAAAGAUGUUGCAAUAGAACCAUCUGUUAAUUUACUGUUUACUACAUACAGUGUAAAGGCAGGAGAUGACCUCACUAUUGAGGUUCCAACAAGAGGCAGGCCAAAACCUGUUGUGUCCUGGAAGAAGGAUAGUCUUCCUUUGAAGCAAACAUCAUCACUGACCAUCCUAAACACUGAAAACUCAGCAAAAAUAAUGAUUAAAGAGGCUAAAAAAGAACACGUUGGCAAGUAUGAGAUUACACUAGCCAACACAGGAGGAACUGUCAGGGCAGAAAUUGCUGUUGUUGUUCUUGACAAACCGGGCCCACCUAAAGCUAUCAAAGUAGAUGCAGUCACCUCAGACAGUAUAACACUGUCGUGGUCACUACCCGAGUAUGAUGGUGGCUGUUCCAUUAGUAACUAUAUUGUAGAAAAGCGGGAUACAAACACCCAAGAAUGGCAGAUUGUAGCUAGUAACGUUGCCAGGACAUGCUUUAAAGCAAGCCGUCUGACACAUGGAGCAGAGUACCAGUUCCGCGUUUAUGCAGUCAACCGCUAUGGAAAGAGUACGUAUCUGGAUUCAACUGGAAUUACGGCUCAGUAUAACUUCAAACAGCCUGGACCUCCUUCCACACCCAUAGUGAAGUUGGCCACUAAGUCUUACAUGUUGGUAACUUGGAAUGAGCCAGUUAGCGAUGGUGGUAGUCCAGUUUUGGGCUAUCAUCUGGAAAGAAAGGAACGUUCUAGCAUUCUGUGGACGAAGAUUAACAGGACAAUGAUCAAAGAUACCGAAUACAAAGUCACAGGACUUGAAGCGGGCAUGAUGUAUGAAUACCGCCUCUAUGCUGAAAAUAUUGCUGGUAUUGGAAAAUGCAGCAAAGCUUGUGAACCUGUAGCAGCAAGGGAUCCAUGUGAUUCACCUGGUGUACCAGUGGUUAGUGCUGUUACCAGAACAUCUGUGUCACUGUCUUGGGACAAACCCGAGUAUGAUGGUGGGGCUAAGGUUUCUGGCUACAUUAUUGAAUGCAGGGACCUUCCUGAAGGACGCUGGACAAGGUGCAACUUCUCCAAUGUGCCUGAAACACACUAUGACGUUACUGGGCUCACCGAAAAUAACCAGUAUGACUUCCGUGUCAUUGCCAAGAAUGCGGUCGGGUUGUUCAGUGAACCAUCAGACAAUACUGGUCCCAUUACUGUCAAGGAAGAUGUGGAUCCACCACGUAUCAUGAUGGAUGUCAAAUUUAGAGAGACAGUGUUUGUAAAAGCAGGUGAAACUCUGAAAAUUAACGCUGAUCUUGCUGGACGUCCUGUCCCUGUCAUUUCCUGGACCAAGGAUGGCAAAGAUAUUGAAUUGAGAGCUAGAAUUCAGAUUGUUUCAUCUGAUACCAGCACUUCUGUUAUAGUCAAGGACUGCAUCAGAAAAGAUUCUGGACAAUAUGUCCUGAUGCUACAGAACAUUGCUGGCACAGUUACCAUGCCAAUAAAUUGUGUGAUUCUAGAUAAGCCAGGACCCUCAGCAGGACCUCUGCAGAUCACAGAUCUCACAGCUGAGGAGUGCACUCUUUCAUGGGGCCCUCCUCAGGAGAUGGGUGGUGCUAAAAUCACACAUUAUGUUGUUGAGAAGCGGGAGACCAGCUGCUUGGCAUGGACGUUGGUGAAGGGAGAUGUUACAAAGACAUCCUUCAAGGUUACAGGAUUGAUAAAAGCCAAUGAAUAUGUCUUCAGGGUUUUGGCUGUCAGCAAGCAUGGCCUUGGUGAAGCUCUGGAAAGUAAUGCUGUAAAAGUUACAGAUCCAUUUACUUUUGCCACUGCACCAACAAGUGUUGAUGUCACUACUAUAACCGGAGACUCAAUGACCCUUGCCUGGUGCAAGCCAGCCAAUGAUGGAGGCAGUCCCAUCACUGGAUACAUAAUUGAGCGUCGUGAGAAGACGGGUAUGCGCUGGUUACGUGUAAACAGAGAUCCUGUUCUUGAAUGUACUACAAUAGCAACAAAACUACGAAAGGGUUGUGAGUAUGACUUCAGAGUCUAUGCUGAAAAUGCUGCUGGUCUAAGUCCCCCAAGUGACCCAUCAGCAACAUUCAGAGCAUUGGAUCCUCUAGUUAUGCCUUCUCGUCCAACCAAGCCAAAGAUUGUCAGUUCAACCAAAGACAGUGUGUCCAUUGUCUGGAAGCCACCGAUAUUCGAUGGUGGUGCUCCCAUCCUUGGCUAUAGCAUAGAAUACAGAGACUAUAUACGCAAACCAGAGCAAGAGGUUGAGGGAGAAGAGGAAGAAUAUGAGGAGGAAGAUGUAUUAGAAUCAACUGAAGAAUUGGCAAGAUGGAUUGAGGCUAUCCCUCUUACCAAGAGCUUGGAAUUUACAAUCACUGGACUAAAGACAGAUGCAGAAUAUGAAUUCUGUGUCAAAGCAAUAAAUAAAAUCGGCAGCAGUGUACGUAGCCCAUACUCAGUUCCGACUGCAGCAGCAGACAGGACUGCAGCCCCAUCAUUUGAUUAUGACACUGACAUGCGUAAAGUACUUAUAGUCAAGCAUGGCACAGCAUUUACUCUCAAUGUACCAUUCAAAGGCAAUCCUGUUCCAUCAGUGGCAUGGGCCAAGGAAGGUAUUGACCUAAAAUUUAGAGGAACCACUGAAUCAACAGAGUCCAGCACGUCACUGACUAUUGAGAAGUCAACAAGAUAUGAUUCAGGAGAGUACUCUGUCACUAUUGAAUCACCCCUAGGGAAUGCAACAUUGCCCAUUGUUGUCAAAGUCCUUGACUCUCCUGGACCCCCUGUAAAUGUCAAAGUUUCUGAAGUGACUAUGGAUACUGCAACCAUCACUUGGGAAGCUCCCGAAAAUGAUGGAGGUGAUCCAGUCAAAGCUUAUCAUGUUGAAAAACGUGAGGCUAGUAAGAAGGCAUGGGUGUCUGUGACCAGCAACUGCCAUGUACUCACAUACAAAGUAGAAGAUUUGCAGGAGGGUGCCAUCUAUUAUUUUCGAGUUAUUGGAGAAAAUGAGUAUGGCGUGGGUGUCCCUCAGGAGGCAAAGGGCGGAACCAAGAUUACAGAGGUACCAAGUGUACCUACGAAACUAGGAGUUGUGAAUGUUACCAAGGACAGCAUUAGCAUUGCCUGGACAAGACCAGAAUAUGAUGGAGGUAGUAGAGUCACAGGAUAUCUCAUUGAUGCCCUGGAGAAGGGACAGACAAAGUGGGUAAAGUGUGCCACAGUGAGAACCCUGACCCACACAAUCAAGAGCCUAAGGGAGGGUGCUGAGUACUUUUUCAGAGUCCGUGCUGAGAACCAUGCUGGACUUAGUGAGCCAAAAGAGAUGAUAGUCCCUGUUAUCGUCAAGGAAAUUCACGAGGCUCCAGAAUUCAAUUUGAAGAACUUCCCCAAGAAAACAGUUUAUGUAAAAGCAGGAUCUGACUUGACCUUUGAAAUUCCUCUGACUGGCCGGCCAAUGCCUAAGGUCACUAUGUCCAAGAACAACGUUGUCAUUAAGGGAUCUCAGAAGCUGCUGACUGAAGUAACACCAGACAGCUUAAUUAUCGCUCUAAAGGAAAGCAGUUCAACUGAUGCUGGCAAAUAUGAAGUCACGGCUUCAAAUGCUGGAGGUACCACCAAGAUCUUUAUUGUCUUUGUUGUUCUGGACAGACCUGGUCCUCCAGUUGGCCCAGUUGAAAUAGGCGAGGUUGGUGAAACCACAGUGUGUCUUAAAUGGGCUCCUCCAGAGUAUGAUGGUGGUAGUCCUGUUACCAAUUACAUUGUUCUGAAACGUGAAACAAGCACUCCUACCUGGGCAGAAGUUUCAACAACCAUUGCCAGAAACUCAAUCAAAGUGACAAAGCUGACCAAGGGAGAGGAGUACCAAUUCAGAGUCAAGGCUGAAAAUCGUUAUGGUGUCAGCGAUCACGUUGACAGCAAACCUGUCACUAUAAAGCUUCCAUACACUAUUCCUGGACCUCCAUCAACACCAUGGAUCAGCUAUGUAUCUAGAGAGAGCCUGACAGUCUGCUGGAAUGAGCCUGUAAAUGACGGUGGGAACCCUGUAAUUGGAUAUCAUCUUCAGAUGAAGGAAAGGAGCAGCAUCCUUUGGCAGAAGGUCAAUAAAACAGCAAUCCCAGGAAACCAGUGGCGAGUCACAAACAUCUGUGCAGGCCUUAUCUAUGAAUUUAAGGUGGCAGCUGAAAAUGCUGCAGGUAUUGGAAAGAUGAGCAAGACAUCUGAAGAGGUGCUUGCUAUUGAUGCCUGUGAGCCUCCAGCAAAUGUCCAUAUCACAGAAGUCACUAAGAACUCAGUCAGCCUGGCCUGGCAGAGACCCCCAUUCGAUGGUGGCAGCAAAAUUACUGGCUACAGUGUCGAAAGGAGGGAAGCUCCCACUGGAAGAUGGGUGAAGGCCAACUUCACAAAUAUAAUUGAUCUGGGCUUUACUGUAUCUGGACUGAGUCAAGAUGAGUCUUAUGAAUUCAGAGUGUUUGCGAAGAAUGCAGUUGGGUCGGUUAGCAAUCCAUCUAUUGUUGCCGGUCCGGUCACUUGUGUCGAUGCAUGUGGAACCCCAGCCAUUGACCUUCCUCCUGAGUAUCUGGAUGUGGUUCAAUACAAGGCUGGAGCUUCAGUAAAGCUCAGAGUUGGACUCAUUGCCAAGCCGCUACCAACCACUGAGUGGCUCAAAGAUGGAAAAGAGUUGGUGGCGUCUUCUACUGUCUCUGUUGAAAGCACAACAGACUCUUCCGCUGUUAUAAUCAAGGAUGCAACCCGAUUUGACACAGGCUCAUAUGAGCUUAAGCUCAGGAAUGUUUUUGGAUCAGCCUCUGCAACCAUCAGGAUUGAAAUCCUAGACAAACCUGGGCCCCCAGCUGGCAUCAUAAACUUUAACUCCGUUACAGCAGAUAGAAUCAUCCUAAAUUGGGAACCUGUGCCGGAGUCUGACCAAGGAGGCUCCAAAGUGACCCAUUACAUUGUUGAGAGGCGUGAGACCAGCCGUAUGGUUUGGUCAACAGUAUCCGACAAGCAGGAGCAAACCCACAUCACUGUUGGGAAGCUUGUGCGUGGAAAUGAAUAUGUGUUCCGUGUCAUGGGAGUUAAUAAGUAUGGAGUUGGCGAGCCACUGGAAUCAGAGCCUGUUAUUGCAAAGAAUGCCUUUGUAACCCCUGGCCAGCCUCGCACUCCUGAGGUAAAUAUCAUCACUAAGUCCACUAUGGUGGUGGAAUGGGACAAACCAGGUGUAGAUGGGGGUAGCACUGUGACUGGUUACUACCUGGAAAGACGUGACAAGAAGAGUUUGCGCUGGAUAAGAGUGUACAAAGACCCUGUCACUGACAUAAAACACACCGUCUACCACCUAACAGAAGGAAACGAGUACCAAUAUCGUGUCUGUGCAAUUAACAAGGCUGGAGAGGGGCCAUUUUCUGACUCAUCGGACUUUUACAAAGCUGCUGACCCAGUUGAUCCACCAUAUGAGCCUUGCAAGCUAAAGAUAGUGGAUUCCACAAAGACUUCCAUUACCUUGGGUUGGUCCAAACCCGAAUGGGAUGGAGGCAGUGAGGUCACCAGCUACAUGGUGGAGAAGCUUGUUGAAGGAGAGAAGGACUGGGCUAUGGUUACCUCCAAGGGAGAGGUCAAGACAACAGAGUACACGGUCCAUGAUUUGAAACCAAAUGUCAACUAUUUCUUCAGAGUCUCAGCUGUGAACUGUGCUGGCCGUGGGGAGCAUUUGGAGAUGACUGAGCCUGUGCAGGCUAAGGAUAUUUUGGAGGAGGCCCAGAUUGACUCAGAUGUAGCCAUGAGAACUCAUUACAUUGUGAAGGCCGGAAAAGAUGUGGAGCUAUCUGUACCUAUGAAGGGCAGACCUGUUCCGACUGCUUCUUGGAGCAAGGGAGAAGAAUGCAUUGAUUGUAACAACAAGUAUGAGUUCCACCACUCAGACACGACCACAGCUCUUGUAAUGCGUGAUGUGACCAGGCUUGAUACUGGAAAAUAUACAGUUAGGAUUGACAAUGGAGUUGGAGAACCCAAGACACUGACCCUGUCAGUUAAGGUUCAAGACACUCCAGCUCAGUGCAGGAACCUGGUGUUUAAAGAUGUGACCCGUGGAAAGGUUACUCUCAGCUGGGACCCUCCACUUCUUGAUGGUGGUGCAGAGAUCACAAACUAUGUUGUUGAGAAAAGGGACUCCUCCAAGAGGUCCUACUCUGCAGUGACAACCAAGUGCACAAACACAACAUACACUGCUGAAGAUCUCUCAGAAAAGACAUCCUUCUUUUUCCGCGUGUUAGCAGAGAAUGAGAAUGGUAUUGGUGAUCCAUGUGAGACACUUGAGCCUGUGAAGGCAACAGAAACUCCAGGGCCAGUCAAGGAAGUCUCUAUGAAGGAUUCAUCCAAAACAUCCGUCACAUUGCAGUGGCUUAAGCCUGAUUAUGAUGGUGGCAGUGUAAUCUCUGACUACAUUAUUGAGAAGAAGCUCAAAAAUGAGGACUGGUCGAUGGGAGGAACUAGCCGCCAGUGUGAGUUUGAGAUCAAGAAACUUAAAGAGCACUCAGAGAUGUUUUUCCGAGUUGCUGCCAGAAAUGAGAAGGGACAUAGUGACUUUGUCGAGAUUGGGCCAAUCAAAGUCAUUGACUAUAUCAUCACACCCGAGGCAAACCUGGCAGAAUAUUCAAAUGGCUGCAUCAGUGUUCGCCUGGGUCACAAUGUGCACAUUGAGCUGCCAUACAUAGGUAAACCAAGACCUUCUAUUCUGUGGCUGAAGGACAACUUGCCUUUAAAAGAGAGUGACCAAAUACGUUUCAAAAAAACUGAAAACAAAGCCACACUAACAAUUAAGAAUGUGAAGAAGGAAAAUGAAGGCAAAUACACCUUGACCCUUGACAAUAAAGUCAACAGGAGAUCCUUCCACAUCAAUGUCAUUGCACUUGGACCUCCAUCAAAACCCACUGGACCUAUCCGACUUGAUGAAGUGAGAGCCGAGAGCAUCAUGAUCUCAUGGGAUGAACCCGAUGACUAUGGCGGUGGAGAUAUCUCUUGCUACACUGUGGAAAAGCGUGAUACCUCCCAGUCUGACUGGAAGAUGGCCUGCUCCAGUGUGGAAGGUACUCAAUUUAAAAUCAUCAACCUCAUCAAAGGUGUCCAGUACCAGUUCAGAGUGUGUGCUGAAAACAGAUAUGGUGUCAGUGAGCCUCUGGUCUCGCAGAUGGUCAUUGCCAAGCACCAAUUCAGACCACCUGGCCCACCAGGAAAGCCUGUGGUGUACAAUGUCACCAAUGAUGGCAUGACCAUUCAGUGGGAAAAACCCAUCUAUGACGGCGGCACCCCUAUUCAGGGUUACCAUGUACAGAAGAAGGAAAAGAACAGCAUCAUGUGGCAAAAGGUGAACAUCGUGCUGAUCAAGGAAAUGGAGUACAGGAUUCUGGAGCUCAUUGAAGGUCUUGAGUACUCUUUUAGAGUCUAUGCACAAAAUGAUGCUGGAUUUAGCCGAAUGAGUGAUGAGAGCAAGUCCACUAUGGCCGUUAGUCCUGUUGAUCCUCCUGGACAGCCCGAUUAUAUCGAUGUAACUAGUGACUCUGUGAUACUAAAAUGGGAGGCACCCAAACGUGAUGGCGGUAGCAAGAUUACUGGCUACAACAUUGAGAAGCGGCAAGGACACGGACGCUGGUUUAAGGCCAACUUGACUGAUGUACAUGAGUGCCAGUAUAGAGUUACUGGAUUGGCAACAAAUGAACGUUAUGAGUUCAGAAUCAUUGCCAGAAAUGCCAUUGGUGUUGUUAGUCCCCCAUCCAACUCCUCUGGAAUGAUUGCAAUCAGAAGUGAAAAUGCUACUCCAAAUAUCGAGUUUGGACCAGAAUAUUUUGAGGGUUUGACAGUCAAGGCAGGAGACAACAUUAGGUUAAAGGCGACUAUCACAGGACGUCCAGUUCCCAAGGUUACAUGGUACAGAGAUGGUGUGCAAAUAACCAAAAAGAUGAUGGAUGUCAUCAGCGUAGCUGGGUCCAGCACUCUCUUUGUUAGGGAUGCUGACCGCACACACCGUGGCCUUUAUACUGUGGAGGCUACCAACAGCUCCGGGAGCAAAAAGGAGGACAUUGUUGUUCAGGUUCAAGACACACCUGGGGAGCCAGUAGGACCCAUCACUUUCAGCAACAUUUCAGAGGGCAAAUGCACUCUGUCCUGGAACCCUCCAGAGAAUGAUGGCUGCUCUGGAAUCUCACAUUAUAUAAUUGAGAAACGUGAGACUGCCAAGAUUUCCUGGGCCUUGGUUACUGAUGAAUGUAAAGUGUGUACUUUCAGUGCAACAAAACUCAUCAAGACCAAUGAGUACCAGUUUAGGGUCUCUGCUGUUAACAAGUUUGGAGUUGGUAGACAUUUGGAAUCUAGCCCCAUCAUUGCUCAGAUGCAAUAUACUACUCCUGAUGCUCCAGGCACGCCGGAAGCCACUGAAUUGACGGGAGAGAGCAUCACCCUGUCCUGGACUCCUCCAAUAUCUGAUGGAGGAAAUCCGAUUCAGUACUACAUCUUGGAAAAACGAGAGAAAAAGACUGUACGGUUCUACAAGGUCACCACUAAGAAACCCAUUGUGGAAUGUGCUCACAAGGUGCUGCACCUGACAGAGAAUAUGGAAUACGAAUUCCGUGUCAUAGCUGUAAAUGAUGCUGGUGUUGGAGCUCCCAGCAACAUCUCCAUACCUAUUAAGGCCGCUGAACCAAAGGAUAUUCCUUGUGCUCCAUCUGUGGUGUGUGUGUCUGACUCCACCAACACCUCCAUGAGCCUGGAAUGGAGCAGGCCAGCAGAUGAUGGUGGCAUGGAAAUCCUGGGCUACAUUAUUGAGAUGGUGAAGGAAGAGGAGAAGGAAUGGAUGAGAGUAAACCAAGAGCUGGUGGCAGAAACAAAUUAUGUAGUGACUGGUCUACAGACAGGAGCCAAGUACAAGUUCCGUGUAGCAGCUGUAAAUCAUGUGGGCAGAGGCGAAGGCAAGGAGACUGAAGAGCCUGCUCAGGCCCUAGACAGGCUAACAGCGCCUCAGGUGGAUAUUGAUGCCACUUUCAAGCAGACACACAUUGUCAAGGCAGGAGAUUCUGUGUGCCUAGGAAUCCACUUCAGAGGAAAGCCUACUCCUGCUGUCACCUGGGUGAAGGAAGAACGAGAACUAAGUGUCAUGUCAGAGAUCACAAGUACAGAUGGUUACAGUUCCCUAAGCAUUGAGAACUGCUCCAGAAAUGAUACAGGCAAAUAUACUGUUAGUUUAGAGAAUCCCAGUGGUAGCAAGGCCAUUACAUUCACCGUAAAGGUUAUGGACACUCCUGGGCCUCCACAGAGUGUUACCUUUAAGGAAGUGUGCAGAGGAUCAGUCACACUUAUUUGGGAGCCUCCAGUCAAUGAUGGCGGUGCCCGGAUCCAUCACUAUAUUGUUGAAAGGCGUGAGGCUAGCCGUCGUACUUGGCAGCAGUCUGGUGGCAAGUGCACACAACACAGUAUGAAGAUUCAGGACUUGCUGGAGGGAGUGCCAUACUUCUUCAGGGUCUCAGCAGAGAACCAACACGGUGUUGGUGAGGCAUUCGAGCUGCCUGAGCCUGUCACCGCCACUGCAGAGCCAGCAUCUCCGAAGCGAAUGGACAUCCUAGACACUACAGACAAUUCAGUGUCACUGGGCUGGCUGAAACCUGAGCAUGAUGGUGGCAGCCGUAUCCAGUGCUAUGUACUAGAGGCUAGACCAAAUGGCACAGAUAAAUGGGUUGUUGUUGGAAACACCAAAAAUCUUACUUAUGUGGUUGAAAAUCUCAACAAGGGCGACGAGUACGACUUCCGUGUAAAAGCUAAGAACGAAGCUGGCUACAGCAAGCCCAGGGAAACUCUGGCUCCGGUGCUGGUAAAGGAACCUCACAUUGAACCUGCCGCUGACCUCAGCGAGAUCACCAACCAGUUGGUCACAUGUAGAUCUGGUAGCACCUUCGUCAUCGAUGUACCCAUCAGUGGCAGGCCUGGUCCUAAAGUCACCUGGAAGCUAGAAGAAAUGAGGCUGAAGAGCUCAGACAGAGUAUCUAUCAAAGUAUCUAAGGAUAGGACCAGCAUCUCAGUUAAGGAAGCGAUGAGAGGUGAUGGCGGUAAAUAUUACCUGACACUGGAGAAUGUGGCAGGAACCAAGACCUUCACUAUUGAAGUCAAUGUUAUAGGUAGACCCAGUCCUCCAACUGGACCUGUCAAAAUCUCCUCUAUUACCUCUGAGUCCUGUGUCAUAAACUGGGAACCACCAGAGGAUGAUGGUGGCACUGACAUCACCAACUAUAUUGUGGAAAAGCGUGAGUCUGGCUCCACUGCUUGGCAACUGAUCAACUCUAGCGUGAAGCGCACAUCUCUUUAUGUUGGUCACCUGACCAAAUAUAUGCAGUACACAUUCAGGGUGUCUGCCGAGAAUAGAUUUGGUGUCAGCAAGCCCACUGAGUCGGAGACAAUUGUUGCAGAGCAUCCUUUCACACCUCCUGGCCCUCCAACAAAGCCUUCUGUCUUCAACAUCACUGCUAAUACACUGACGAUUAAAUGGGAGGAGCCUUACCAUGAUGGUGGAAGCAAGGUGACAGGCUACUGGAUAGAAAAGAAGGAGAGGAACAAUAUUCUGUGGGUGAGAGAGAAUACAAUUCCUUGCUUUGAGUGCUACUACAAGGUGGAAGGUCUGGUUGAGGGCCUGGAGUACCAGUUUAGGGUGUACGCCAUGAACAGUGCUGGGCUGAGCAAAGCCAGUGAGGCCUCCAAAGGAGCAGUUGCUCAAAACCCAGUUGACCCACCAAGUAAACCAGAAGUCACAAAUGUUACAAGAACCACUGUCUCCCUCAAAUGGUCUGCUCCACUGAAUGAUGGUGGCAGUCCUAUUGUGGGUUACAUCAUUGAACGCAAGCCAUACACUUUGACUGGAGAGGGACGCUGGCUCAAGUGUAAUUACACUAACGUGACAGACACAUUCUACACUGUCACUGCCCUGGGAGAGGGGGAGCCCUACGAGUUCAGAGUCAUUGCCAAGAACACCAACCAAGUCUUCAGCAAGCCCUCUGAGUCCACUGGGUCCGUGCAGUGCAAGACUGACUUUGAGCCUCCAAAGGCACAACUGGACAGUAAACUCCUGUCGGAAACUGUGACAGUAAGAGCUGGUUCAGACCUGGUUCUUGAUGCUGCAGUAGGAGGUAGGCCUGACCCAAAGGUUUGCUGGUCCAAGGGUGACAAGGAACUGGACUUUUGUGAAAAGUACCAUCUGCAGUACACUUCAACCAGGGCUAUGGCAAUCAUCAAGUUCUGUGACAGAGACGACACUGGAAAGUACAUUCUUACAGUCAGGAAUGUAAGUGGAACCAAGACUGCUGAGGUCAACGUCAAAGUGCUAGAUACUCCCGGAGUGUGUGAAGGCAGUAUUGACAUUAGCAAGAUCACUGACGAAUCAUGCACACUUAGCUGGAAGCCUCCUCUGGAGGAUGGUGGUGAUGACAUCUCACACUACAUUGUGGAGCGGCGUGACACUAACCGCCUCAACUGGGUCAUCAUGCAUGCGGAGUGCAAGGAGAUGACAUGUACCAUCACUGGACUGUUUAAGAACACGGAGUACCUAUUCAGAGUCCGGGGUGUCAACAAAUAUGGAGUUGGAGUGCCCCUACAAUCAGGGCCUAUGGUUGCCAGAAACACUUUCACUGUGCCAAGUCCCCCAGGUCCUCCUGAGAUCCUGGUUUCAGGAAAAGAUUUUGCUACCAUCCAGUGGCUGAAGCCAGAGAGUGAUGGUGGCAGUCCAUUGAUCCAUUACCUGGUGGAAAGACGUGAGAGAAAGAGUGCUCGCUGGGUAAAGGUGAAUAGGGAUGGCACUUACUUGGACACCACGCUGAAGGUGUCAGCUUUGACAGAAGGUAACAUCUACCAGUUCAGAGUGACAGCAAUCAACAAAGCUGGGGAGAGUGAACCCAGUGAGGUUUCUUUGUAUGUUGUCUGCAGAGUGCCAACAUGCACCCCAGCUGCUCCAUCUAUCCCCCGUAUCACUGAUACCAACGCUGACAGGAUCAGUCUAGCCUGGUCCCGCCCUGUGGAGGAUGGAGGAGCCGAUGUGAUUGGCUAUGUCUUGGAGAUGAAGGAGGCCAAAGCUGAGGAAUGGAAGAGGGUCCAUGAAAAGACCCUCCGUACUGCAGAAUCUGUGGUAACUGGGCUUUCUGCAGGCAAAAAGUACUGCUUCAGAGUGGCUGCAAUCAACAUCAAUGGCACCGGUGACUUCAGUGAACCCUGUGCUGAGACAGAGCCAGUAGAAAGAAUUGAAACUCCCGACUUUGAGCUCCAUGAUGAUCUGAAGAAGACGAUUUGUCUCCGUGCUGGAGGCUGUCUGCGUCUUUUUGUCAACAUCACUGGUCGCCCCACUCCUGCCAUCACUUGGAGCAAGCCUGGUGUGGACCUCCACAACAGAGGGUUCAUUGAAAUCACCAACAAAUCUACCACACUCAUCAUAGAUAAAGUUAAUCGCUAUGAUGCUGGCAAAUACACACUGGUGGCUGAAAACCCUGCUGGAAAACAGGAAGUAAACAUUUUGGUCAAAGUCUAUGAUACACCUGGACCAGCUGGGCCAAUCAAAAUAAAGGAGCUGACAAAAGAAUCUGCCACCAUCUCCUGGGAGGCUCCCACUGUUGAUGGUGGUGCUCCUGUCAACAACUUUAUCAUUGAGAGGCGUGAGGCCUCCAUGAGAGCUUACAAGACCGUUACCUCUAAGUGCAGCAAGACAUCAUACAAGAUUGAUGGCCUAAUGGAGGGAAUGCUGUACUACUUCCGGGUCCUCCCCGAAAACAUUUAUGGCAUAGGAGAGCCCUGCGAGACGCCUGACGUUGUACUUGUCUGCCAGGUGCCUUUGUCCCCGCACAAACUGGAGGUGAUUGACGUUACCAAGAGCACUGUUACCUUGAGUUGGGAAAAGCCAGAGCAUGAUGGCGGCAGCAGACUGACAGGCUACGUCAUUGAGGCCUGCAAGUUUGGCACUGACAAAUGGAUGAAGGUUGCCACAUUAAAACUCACAGAUGUUGUACACACUAUUGAAAAGCUGAAUGAGAAUGAGCAGUACCUGUUCAGAAUCAAAGCAAUCAACAGCAGAGGUGCCAGUGAGCCCAAAGAACUCGUUACAGGUGUCACUGUACAAGAACAGAGAGUGAUGCCCACAGUGGAUUUCUCCAGUAUUCCCCAGAAACUUGUGAACGUCUUGGCCGGCAAGACUCUGGAGCUGGACUUUCCCAUUAUCGGUAGACCCCCUCCCGUCUGCUCCUGGUACUUUAGUGACAACAAAAUGAAAGUCACAGACCGUGUAAAGAUCAAGAGCACUGGCAAGUUCUCCAAACUGACAGUAUCUGACACGACUAUCGACGACACUGGUGACUACACACUGGAAUUAAAGAAUGCUGUUGGUGCUAUCAGCGAGGUCGUCAAGGUCAUCGUUCUCUCUAAACCUGAUGUACCAAAGGGACCCAUCAGGUUUGACGAGGUUGAUGCAACUACUGUAACAUGCAGCUGGGAUCCCCCAGUCAGAGAUGGAGGCGCUCCAAUCAGUGGCUAUGUGGUGGAGCAGCGUGAUGCUCAUAGACCAGGCUGGAUGCCUGUCUGUGACUCUGUUAGCCGACCAACUUUCAAGUUUGACAAUCUAAUUGAGGGAGAUGAGUAUGUCUUCCGAGCAGCUGCCACGAAUCGCUACGGCACUGGAGAAUUCCUGCAGUCGGAUAUUAUUACUUGCAGGAGCUUGAAGAAUGUGCCUGGACCUCCUGGCCGCCCAACAAUAUUUGAUGUUUCUCGAGAUGGCAUGACUGUGGUAUGGCAUCCUCCAGAUGAAGACGGUGGACUUGAGGUUUCUGGAUACAUCAUUGAGCGCAAGGAAGUUAGGUCUGAUAGAUGGGUCCGUGCCAACAAGAACCCUAUCACAAUGACCAGAUACAGAUCAACAGAGCUCAUUGAGGGCCUGGAAUAUGAACAUAGAAUCAUUGCUGUCAAUGCUAGAGGAAUUAGCAAAGCAAGUCUGCCUUCCCUUCCAGCAGUGGCCACAGAUCCAAUUGAUCCACCUGGCUGUCCUCAGAACCCAAGAAUUACAGAUACCACCAAAUCCACUGUAUCACUGGCUUGGAGUCCUCCCGAUGAAGAGGGAGACGCACGGGUGGAUGGUUACCUGAUUGAGAUGCAGAAGGUAGGCAGUAUGGCCUGGAUCAAGUGCAAUACUACCCCAUCUUUGAUCUGUGAGUACACACUUACCAACAUGCCACAAGGAGAGGAAUUCAAAUUCCAUGUGAUGGCCUGCAAUGCUGGUGGUUCUGGAGAGCCUGCUGAAGUGCCAGGAACCAUCAGAGUAACUGAGAUGCUUGAAUCUCCGGACUAUGAUCUAGAGGUGAAAUACAAAGAUGUGUACGUGGUCCGCCAAGGAGGAGUCAUAAGACUUUCUGUGCCCAUUAAGGGUAAACCCCAUCCAAUCUGCAAGUGGUCAAAAGAUGGAGGUAAUGUGUCCUCCAAAGCCAUGAUUGCUUCCAGUGAGGAUGCUACUGAGCUAGUGAUCAAGGGAGGCGAGAGAAGUGACUCUGGUGUGUACGACCUCCUACUUGAGAACAAAGUUGGCAAGAAGAGAGCCCAAAUCAAGGUAAAAGUUAUCGGCCGUCCAAGUGCUCCAGGAGGACCAAUGAUCUUUGAGGAGGUCCAGGCUAACUCUGUCAAGGUGUCCUGGAAUUCACCCACUGAUGACGGUGGCUCAGAGAUCCUGGGUUACAUUGUUGAAAGGCGCGAGGCAUCCAGAAAUGCAUGGUUCACUGUAGACUCUAGAGUAACUGACACUCAGCUGGUUGUCAAGGGCCUGAAGGAGGGAACACAAUACCUUUUCAAGGUCACAGCUGAAAACACCUUUGGAAUAAGUGCCUCUCUAAAGUCAGAUCAGCCACUGGUGCCCAAGACUCCUUUAUGUCCUCCCGAGCCUUCUAGUACCCCACCAGAGGUAAUGGACGUCACCAAAAGUUCUGUGGCCUUAGCCUGGUCCAGACCAAAGGAUGAUGGGGGUUCUGUCAUUACUGGCUACUUUGUUGAGUACAAGGUUGUGACUGAUGAGACAUGGUCCCGCCACCACACUAAGGUCCUCUCUACCAUGUUUACACUGCACGGACUCACCCCUGACACAGAGUACCAGUUUCGCAUCAUUGCUGUCAAUGACAUAGGCGAGAGUGAGGCCGGUCCUCUGUCUGAUCCAGUCACAUGCAAAGAUCCAUUUGACAAGCCAAGUCAGCCAGGUGAGAUCGAUACAGUGAAUGUGACAAACAACUAUAUUACCAUCCGCUGGCAAGCUCCAGAGUGUGACGGUGGAAAAGAGGUACUGGGCUACUGGCUGGAGUGCAGGAAAUCCACUGAAAGCACUUGGAAAAAAUGCAACAAGCAGAGACUUAAGGAAAUAGAGUUCACCAUGCCAGGACUGGCUGAGGCCACAGAAUAUGAGUUUAGAGUAUUUGCUGAAAAUGAAACAGGAAUGAGUCGCCCUCGUAGAACUGCUGCGUGCAUCAAGACCAAACUAAGCGUGGAAGCUAAGCCAAGCCUGAGAAAGGAAAUGGAUGAAGUAACUGCUAAGCUUGGUCAGCCUGCCGUCAUGAAGUGCCAGAUUAUCGGCAGACCAGUUCCUGAAAUCAAGUGGUAUCAUGCGGGCAAGGAGAUUGUUCAGGCUCGAAAGUAUGAAAUGAGCUCUGAUGGUCGUAACCACUCACUGUCCAUCAUGACUGACCAGCAGGAGGAUGAAGGCGAGUACACGUGUAAGGCUAUUAAUGAUGCUGGAGAAGCUGAAACCACAGGGACCCUGGUCUUGGAAGCUGCUCCAUCCUUCCACCCUAACUACCCUCUGAAGGACACCUACUAUGCUGGUUUGGGAACCACUCUGCGCAUCCACGCCGUCUACAUCAGCCGCCCUGAACCAAAGAUUAUGUGGCUGCAUGAGGCAAAGACUCUGGAGAACACAGAGGAGAUCAGCAUUGAGACCACUGAGCACUAUACACAUCUGGUCAUCAAGAAUGUGCAGCGCAGAAUACAUGGAGGCAAAUACAGGAUUAGACUACACAACCACUUUGGCAGAGCUGACACAGCAUUCACCGUUGAAAUCUAUGACAAGCCUGACAUGCCUCAGGGUCCCAUUGUCUUGGAUGCUCUCCUGAAGAACUCUGUCAUCAUCAGCUGGAAGCCCCCCAAGGAUGAUGGAGGCUGCAUGAUCACAAACUAUAUAGUGGAGAAGCGUGAAGACAAGGAGGGAGCAGAGUGGGAGCUGGUGUCAUCCUCCAUCAAUGGAACAUCUUGCCGUGUUCCCAACCUUGUUGACAGUGCUGGUUACUUCUUCCAAGUGUACGCUCAGAAUCGCUAUGGCAGCAGUGAACCACUGAGGCUCACGUCACCUAUUCUCAUCAAGAGUCAACUAGAAAAACCAUCGCCGCCUCUGUCACCAGUUGUUUCUGGAAUCACCAAAGAUUCUUGCGUGGUAUCCUGGAAACCUCCACUCAGUGAUGGUGGCUCCAAGAUCAAGAGCUAUUGCCUCGAGAAGAAGCAAAAGAAAGACAAGAAGGAAUGGGCCAACUGGACUCCAGUGACCACAGACGAGAUUAAGCAAACUGUGUACUCUGUGAAGCGCCUGACCGAGGGCGCUGAAUGCAUCUUCCGUGUGAAAUGUGAGAAUCUGGGAGGAGAAAGUGACUACAGUGAUGAGACUGCUCCCAUUGUCCCAGCAACAUCUGUUGAGAUCCGUGCUCCUGCCUUUAAAGAGGAGCUGAGAAACAUGAGUGUGAAAUACAAAAGCAACGCUACCCUUGUCUGCAAGAUCAUAGGACAACCCAAGCCUGUGAUCAAAUGGUUCAGACGAGGAAAGGAGAUCCAUUCUGAUGGACAGAAGAUCAAGAUACAGGAGUUUAAGGGAGGUUAUCACCAGUUGGUCAUCACUGAGGCAGAUGAGGAAGACUCCACCGUUUACCAGAUCAGAGCCACUAACCAGGGAGGCUCUAUCUGUGCUACAGUGUCUCUGGAUGUUGAAAUCCCUGCUAAGAUCCACCUGUCAAAGAACCUUAAGGACAAAGAGGCCAUCCCUGCCCUGCGUGGAGAAGUGGUUAACAUCAAAAUUCCUUUCAGUGGCAAACCAGAUCCUGUCAUUACAUGGCAGAAAGGACAAGAUCUCAUUGACAGCAAUGGUCACUACCAGGUCAUUGUCACCAGAUCAUUCACUUCUUUGGUAUUCCCCAAUGGAGUGGAGAAGAAGGAUGCUGGCUUUUACAUUGUCUGUGCCAAGAACAGAUUUGGUAUUGACCAGCAGACAGUGGAGCUGGAUGUUGCUGAUGUUCCUGAUCCUCCACGUGGUGUCAAAGCCAGUGAUGUUUCACGAGACUGUGUGUCACUGAACUGGGUGGCUCCAGCAAAUGAUGGUGGCAGCAGAGUCAUUAGCUAUAUUAUUGAAAAGUGCCCCACCACUGCCGAAAGGUGGCAGCGAGUUGCCCAGUCUCGUGACACCCACUACACUGUUGUCAAUCUUUUUGGAGGAACCAGCUAUCAGUUCAGGGUCAUUGCAGAGAACAAGUUUGGACAGAGUGCUCCAUCUGAGACCAGCGGACCUGUAAUGACAAAGGAGGACAAAUCCAGGGUUCUUCUAUAUGACAGGGAGGUUGAAGAUACGGGACGUGUACCAAAGGGCAAGGCUCCACACUCAGAUGCUAAGAAUCUACACAACAAAUAUACCAUUGCAGAAGAGUUGGGUAGAGGUCAGUUUGGCAUUGUUCACCGCUGUGUUGACAUCAGCUCUGAAAACACUUUCAUGGCCAAAUUUGUCAAAGUAAGAGGUUCUGAUCAAGCAAUAGUCAAAAAAGAAAUUGCAACACUGAACUUGGCAAAACACACCAAUUACCUCCUUCUCCAUGAGUCAUUUGACAGCCCAGAGGAACUGGUUAUGAUCUAUGACUUUAUAUCUGGUGCUGACAUCUUUGAGCGUCUAACCACAGCUGAGUUUGAGUUUAAUGAGCGUGAGAUUGCCAACUACAUAAGGCAGAUUUGCUCAGCUCUUGAGUUCCUGCAUGCUCAGAGCUAUGGGCACCUUGAUAUCAGACCAGAAAACAUUGUUUACACUACUAGAACUAGCUCUAAUGUCAAGAUUAUUGAGUUAGGCCAGGCCAGGCAUCUAACUCCUGGAGAUCAGAUCAAGAUUCAGUAUACCACUGCAGAAUAUGCGGCCCCUGAGAUUCACCAAUGUGACAUGGUAAGCACAGUCACUGACAUGUGGUCUGUUGGUGUACUUGCCUAUGUACUCCUCAGUGGACUCAAUCCCUUUACAGCUGAAACCAAUCAACAAAUGAUUGAUAAUAUUUCCACUGCAGCUUACAGCUACGAUGACGAGUCCUUUAAGCAGGUUAGUGUUGAGGCUUUAGACUUCACGGACCGGCUAAUGACAAAGGAACGCAAGCAUCGUAUGACAGCUGCCGAGGCUCUGGCACAUCCUUGGCUGACCAAGCCUACAGAGGAUAUCAGCACCAGAGCAAUCCCAACAGGCAGACAUAAGCGAUACUACCAGGCCAUGAUUAGGAAAGAGUGGAACACUGUUGUCUCUGCAGCUCGUGUGGCCAGUGGAGGUGCCAUCAGAUCCCAGCGUGGUGUUUUUGUUGCAAAAGUGAAGAUUGCGCCAUUUGAGCAUGGUCCUGUUGCAGGUCAAAUUGCUCAUGCAGUUGCGAAUGAGGGAGACGAUGUCAAAUUCAUCUGCAAUGUUGACAACUAUGAUAGUACUACUGAAGUUACUUGGUACUGUGGCGUAAGGCAACUUGAAGUGGGUGACAAAUAUGAAUGCGAGUAUGAGGAUGGUCUGGCUUUAGUCACCAUUCACAAAGUCACAAGAGCAGAUGAUGGCACUUACAGAUGCAAGGUUGUGAAUGAGUACGGGGAGGACAGCGCCUAUGCAGAGCUGUUUCUCAACAGUGUCCGGUCAUACCGUGACUUCUUCACCACACGUGUGGUCAAGAAAACAAAGCGCAGAGUGGACACUGCUAGGAUGCUUCAGAAACCACCAGAGUUCACCCUCCCACUGGUCAACUGCAUCGCCUACAUAGGUGAAAAUGUGCGCCUUGCUGUCACCAUCACUGUUCACCCUGAGCCUCGUGUCAUCUGGCAUAAAUCUGGACAGAAGCUUAUCCCUGGACAGGAUGAUAGAAAAUACACCUUCAUCAGUGACAAGGGUCUGUACCAGAUGAUAAUCCACAACCUGGAAAAAGACGAUGAUGCUGAAUACAGUGUUGUUGCCCGCAACAGGUAUGGCGAUGAUACCUGCAAGGCUCGUCUCACUGUUGUUCCUCGCCCUAAACCAGCAGACCUCACUUUAAGGCCCAUGUUCAAACGCUUGCUUGCUAAUGUCGAGUGCAGAGAAGGCCAGAAUGUACGCUUUGAGUUUCGAGUAUCUGGCCAUCCCUCCUUGAAGUGGGAAAAAGAUGGCACACCUUUAGCCUUUGGACCAUCUAUAGAACUUGUUCGUGAAGGUCUGGAUUACUUCAUCCUUCAUGUUAAAGACACACUCCCUGAGGACUCUGGUGUAUACAGAGUUACCGCUACUAACUCUGCUGGAUCUGCCAGUUGCCAGGCUACACUCAAAGUAGAGCGUGUCACUCAUGUGAAGAAGGAAUAUGAGAGUGAAAAAGAGAAGGACAGAGUUUCUGGAAAAGAAGAAUUAGACAAAAAGGUGAGGCUCUCCCAGAUUAUGGCCGGCACUGUUGUUACACCUUUACCACCUACGGCAGUACAAGCCAUCAGAGAGGCAGCAACCAUGUUCAAACCUGCUGUGAUAAGCAAGAAGGGCGAAAAGACUGCAGCUGAGAUACAGAAAGAACAGGAGGAAAAGAAGAAGCGUGCAGAUGAGAAGAGACUACGUAUGCCCUAUGUCGUACCCACGCCUCGUGUCAUUAACCCAGCUGCUCUUCAGGAGGAUGUGGAGAUAAAGCACUUUAAGCCACUUUCAGACAUGAAAUGGUACAAAAAGCUGCGAGAUCAGUAUGAGUUCCCAGAGCCUAUGGAAAGAAUAAAGCAGAAACGAUUGAAACGUAUUCGCCUCUCAAGGUGGGAGCAGUUCUAUGAGGUGCCUAUCAGAAUCAAGGACCAGUAUAAGCCAAAGUGGCGCAUUUCGUCCAUGACACAGGAUGACCUGGAGACUGUGAGGCCUGCAAGGCACCGCACUCCAUCGCCAGAGAUGGACGCCUACCACAGGAUGAGGAGGAGGUCCCUGGGUGAUCUAUCAGAUGAGGAACUGCUGCUCCCUGUGAAUGAGUACCUGUCCAUGAAGCGAACUGAAGAGGAGAGGCUUCGUCUAGAGCAAGAGCUGGAGCUUGGCUACUCAGCCUCUCCACCGAGCCUCAGCCCAGUUCGCUUUGAGCUGUCUUCCCUUCGUACCUCAUCCCCUAGAAAAGUCCAAGCUCAUGAUGAAGAAGGAGAAGGCGUCCACAAAUACGAUUUCUACCGAAUUCCUUCUAAAUUUGAAGCUGGCCCAAGUUUUGUUGAUCUCCGCCAGCGUCAUGACAAAGCCACAUACAACCCCCCAAGACAGAAGCAGAGAGUGUAUGAAGAGAAGGAAGACCAGGAGCUGCUGCAGCCACACACAACUGCUCAGAGAAUCACUUCCUACAAGAGUGAACUCAAACGCAUGGAAUUUGAGGAGAAAAUGCGAACCUCAAAAAAGGAAACAACAGUCGCUGUUGCAACAAUAUCUGAGGAAAUUGAAUCUGAGCUUUUAACAACUUUUACCUCAGAAUAUUUUCCUAAACCUAUCAAAAAAGUACCAAUGACUGAUCCACGGAUAUCACCUACCCCUGUAAAACCUGUGAAGACAGACGUGGUCCUUCCUAAAAUUGACUUUGCAUCUAGGUAUGAAGAGAGGAAACAGGCUCUGAGAUCAGAGAGAAGAUCAGUGGAGACAAGGCUGGAGGUGGUGACAAAGGCUGCCUUCAGCCUUGAUUGUGCCCCACGCAUCACUAUCAGGAUGCGAUCUCAUCGUGUCCCCUAUGGUUCCAACACAAAAUUUACCCUGAAUGUCCAAGCCAAGCCUGAGGCUGAAGUCACAUGGACACACAAUGGGAAAGAGAUUUAUCAGAGCAGCAAAUACCUUAUGACCAACAUCAGUGGAGUUUUGACACUUGCGAUUAACGACUGUGUGACGGAAGAUGCUGGAACUUAUCGUGUGUUCUGUAAGAAUGACAAAGGCGAGACAUCGGACUAUGCCACACUGGAUGUAACUGGAGCAGAAUAUGCUGCUUUACCUUCACUCCGCAGGGACGAGGAGCCCCCAUCCUGUCAUGUACCAGAAAUGACCAGAACGGAGGUAUAUCAUGUCUCCUCCUCUAAAACUGGAGCUGAGCUAGAUACAGAGACCACCACUGCCAUUGUUCCUGCUAAGAUUGUUACCAAACCACAGUCCCUGACUGUAAAGGAAGGAGAUCUUGCCAGAUUUGGAUGCGAUGUGGAUGGUGAACCAACACCUUCCAUCAUCUGGAUGCAUGAAGGAGCAGUUGUUGGUUCUUCUGCUCGUCACCACAUCGUUUCUACUCAGUACAGCUCCUCUUUUGAAAUCUCUGCAGUAGAAAUGUCAGAUGCAGGCAGCUACACUCUGCUUGUAGAAAAUGCUGGAGGCAAACAGGAAGCUCAUUUUACUCUGACCAUCUGCAAGGGUGACAUUUUGGAAAAGUUAAUCCCCCCUGCCAGAGUCACCUCCCCAGAGGCAAAGUCUCCUGAACCAGUCAAAUCCCCACAGAGAGUGAAAUCGCCUGUGCUGAUCAAGUCCCCUCAGAGAGUCAAGUCUCCAGUCUCACCAAAAUCACCAACACCAAAGUCUCCUACUCUCAAAUCUCCAACUGUAUCUGAGAAAGAUCACAUUACUAAAUCACCAAAGAGAGUCAUUUCUCCAACUGAUGAAAAGAAGCCUUCCUUCUCUGUUAAUCUGAGCGAUGUCAGUUUAACCACUGACUCUAUUGUCAAGCUGUCAGUUAAGGUAACAGGAGAACCCAAACCCACAAUUUCGUGGAUGAAGGAUGGAAAGGAACUUUCUCAGGGUGGGAGGUAUGAAAUCUUUGAGGAGGACGGGUCAGCUCAUCUGGAGAUCUAUGAAUCAGGCGUGUCUGACUCUGGUGUGUACCGGUGCACUGCUACCAACAGUGUCGGAACAGUGUCAACAAUUUGCACUGUCACUGUACGAGACACAAGUCCCAAAGCACAAGAUCCGUUCUCUGCGGAAGUUCUUAAACAGGAAGUGGUUUCUGGAACCUCAUCCUUCAACGUCCUCACUCUUGUUGAAGAACCAAACAAACUGAUUAUGUUGGGGCAAAGGGCUCCUACUGAUGCUGCUGCUGUCAUGCAGAAAGGUUUCUCAGCCUCAUCGGUUCGCAUGGAGGCCAGCAGUUACAGCAGCAGCUCCCGAUCUGAUGCUGGCAAGUUUCAGCUUGAGAGCAUGUCUGUGACUAGCAUGUCUGCAAUGAAGGCUGAGUCACUGGUUUCUAUGAGCUCCAGCAGCCAAAUGAUGGAAAUGUCUGCUCACUCGCAUGCUGAGACCUCCUCCUUGCUCACCACAGGGCGAAGAAGAGGCAAACCACCAAAGAUUGAAACUCUUCCGCAAGAUGUCAGCAUUGAACCAGGGAAGUCCCUGACUGUGGCAGGGGUGUUCUCCGGAGAUCCUCCUCCCACUGUGCAGUGGAUUCACUCCGGACAAACUCUACUCAACGGGGAUGGGCGGUACCAUGUGAAAAACACGACUGACCUCUCCACCCUCCUGAUCUCCGCAGUGAAGGAGGACGAUGCUGGAGCAUAUACCCUACGAUUGUCCAACGAGUUUGGCAUUGACUCUGCCACUGUCUGUGUUCACAUUCGGUCUAUGUAAAAAAGAGAGAAGUCCAGUUCUAAUUCUCAUUUCCCUCAUCCAGAACCUUUUUAUUUAGUGAAUUAGCUUCAAUAAUUUACAUGGUAAGCAACUGAUUUCUGUUCUUGUAAAUAUGAACUAUUUUUGUACCAAACUUGACAUUAAUUUAUGCCAAACUACACUCAAGUCUGAAGUUGUUAUAAAAUGUGCCAUAUUGGACUUAGGAACCACUUUUCUGUGACAUGUACAUAAUGUAUAUAGCCGAACUGAACGGUUAUGGGAAAUUUUAUGAAUUGUUAUUUAUGACGAUAAUAAUAACUGAAAACUAAAUGAAACUAAAUGUGGUUUAACAGGAGAAAGUUCUGUUAGAAACGAAUACCCUGUUAAACCCAGAAACUAAACUCUGUGCCUCAACCAUGUGUUGAAGUCUUAAGAUUGCCUCAGCAGGUAGAGAGGCUCCCUGCUGACGUCACCAACCAUAAACCGAAAGACAAAGAACUUUUGUGGACACAUAUGCGUGUCAUAUUACGGUUUCCUGCGAGUUGUACCAUGAGAACAAGGCCCUGAGUGCUGCGUGCAUCACCCUCAUGUAAGCAGCAUGAACUGGCCUUGUACUCAGACUGACUGCGUCAUACCACUGCGAUUUGAUGACCUGAGUGCAAGCGGCCUGCGCUCUCAGCAUUUAGAUCAUUUACACAAGGAGCGCUGGAUCUGCACAUGAUGACCCACUUGGCUUUUAGAAAUGAACAUCUCCUGGCCUAAGAACCAAGUCAAGGCUGGCUCUGCUGUGCAGACACAGCGCCAUCUCUUGGAGGUUAGUUAGAUAACGCGUUUGUAUUUGAGUGUUUGUAGCUUUUAGUCCUUUCACCUUGUCACUAGUCAGGGACUAGAUUAAGCACAGAGACUCCUGUGAAUGGUUUCCCUGCACUUUGAUGUGAUUGAUCUGCUGCUGUAGAACUAUAUUUGAUCCUCCUUGAGUUUAUGCAUUACUGACUUAAUAAAGCAUGAUUUCAGCACUACAA